GCCUCAGCAUCUCACAACCACCAGCAGCAUUGACAGUGAGCGAAGAGACUCUGUUUUCACACACGGCACGGAGUAGAGCCAGCUCUGACGCACAAACACAUCAAAACACACACACAUAUACACACACACACACAUGCACAAGAGGAAAACGGGAGAUAGACGCAGGCUCCAGCUGUAGCAUGUCCAUCGGCUGCAGUCAGACAUGUAGGAGGAGGAGGAGGAGGUGCUCUGAUCGCUGUUCCAUGUCCGUUUCACUCCUCUAAGCACCUCCCAUCCCCCCCGAACACUCGCUCCCUGGCUCUGCGGCUGCCGAGGGGUUGGCUGGAAUGACCCGCGAGAGUGGGAGACACAAGGAGAUGCGCUAGACAGGGCUGCCAGCCAGGAGGACUCUCUGAUCCCUGGUCUCCUCUCCUCUUCUCCAGGCUGAUAUACAAGGCAGACCUCUGAUCUGCCCCACAGAUGCAUGCCCAUAUAGGAGGGCAUUGCUGUGCAGACCGAGGGUCUCCAUCAAUCACAGCCACAGAUAAGAGGACCACCACAGAGACACACAGGUAAGAGGCUCCACAGCUGGGCUGGAAUACCACUUAUAUCGAUUUCACAUGGUGUGAAGAAAUCGGCUAUGUGUCGACUGAGGUGAACAUGAUUUUCCUUCUUUAAACCACUGCCAUGUCCAUCUUUUGGUUUCAAUAUGUUGGGACUACUAUGCUGUGUGUGCCUUAUUUGCGCUUGCCUGCUGUACUGCUGUGCUGCAUGGUCAUUGAUUAAAGAGAGAUGGGUCUGUGGAUGAACACUGUGGCAGCAUGAUAAUGGAAUAUGUCUCCUGGAGGACAUGGUCCGAUAUCCAUCAGAUGUCUGGGGAAUGUCGAAGCGGAUAAAAAAGGUUCAAGAGGGAGGUAUCAAGAGCAAAGAGAGGGGGGGAAAGGCAGAUAGAGGGACUGAAAGUAAUUGGCAUUUCACAUAAUUCAUGUGAGAGCCAUAUUCAGUGAGCUCCGGCUGUUUUCCUACUAUUCAGUGUUGCUUUUCCCCUGUGCUUCAUUUGAAAUUCAUACAUUCACCCCACACUCCACAAUUGGCCAGUUUUUAAAUGAGAGUCUUUAGGCUGUUUUUCACCGGGUGUCAGGAUAGCUGAGAGGGUUUGUGUUAAAGAAAUGCGAUGGCGGAGUUUGAAAAAAAAAAAAAAAAGGGUGCAUACUGGAGAGCAGGAAGAGCCCAUGGGGGUAAGGGUUGGUGCUCUCCCAAUCAAAGCAGGAUGGAAGUUGGGGUGGAAGCCCUGGAAAAGAGAGGGAGCUGUGACCCGAGCGAAAGAUUCAGAGUGUCAGCCAGAAAAAUGAAGGUUGGAGCUGUGGGAUGUUUGGAUGAUGUGGGUGAAAUUGAACAUUGACAAUCUAGAGAUGAAAUGUUGCUGUUAUUUCAGGGGCUGAGACUUUUCUGAAAAAAAGUGGAGAGGCCUGUUUUUAGGCACAGAAAUUCAAGUUAACCCACUCCAAUCUGCAAGUCCAUUGGUUAUCAUUUGACAACACGCUUUUUGAAGUUAUGGUCAACUUUUGAGGUCUUCCAGCGUCGUCUAAAGAAAGUCCUACAUGAUUCUUAGCUAUGUUGUUUACAAUGUGACUGGCUGCUCAAUAUGCUUUUCUGCAGUUUUCAAUUUAUCGACAUGCAUUAGAGCUAAAUUGAUGUUAGAUGGCUGACAUUUAGGUUUCAACUGUUUUGAGCUACAGACUCACUGUGUUCUCGCACACAGCCAAAGCUCACCACAAAUUCUGACUGACAAAACAACUAAUACUACCAAUGGCAACAACAAGAUUUCGUAUACCAAAUCCUGGCCCCUGCUGACAUGUUAUAUGCAGAAACUGUAAGCAGAAAUGACGUUAAAGCCUCAGUACAUGACUCUAAUCUGGUCACAGUAGCCUUUCUUUUUUGUUGAUGUCAAUGGCAGUUGCAGCAGAGAGAUUGGCCUGUGGUGGAUGUGCUUAUUCAGAGGUGCCUGUGGCUGAGAGAGAUGAGCUGUCUGGUGCCGUUGCAUGGAGCAUACAUCACUGAAGCCAGAGCUGUGGACCCAGGAGGAAUCAACAGAAGGAGAGCCAUUACUAAGAUGACCAAGCUUCUCUGAUCUGAUCAUAUGAACGAGCAAGUUAUGGAGACACUGGACAGGAGGCAAAUUGAGGGGAUGAGACAGGUGGAGCACAGAGAGCCAGGCCAGGCAGUCAGACAAGGAGAGAGAGCACUCUCUUCAAAGCCGUGAUUAAUUCUAGAGGCGGUGCAUUCAGCAUAUGCCAGAAAAUAUCAAUAUUUUCCAUUAUACGGCGUGUAUGAGAGUGGAUGCCGGCUGAUUUAGAGGUUGAUUUUAAAAGCAUUCUGCAGCAUCCACAGUAUGUGGAUGCCACUCAGUGUGACAGUAGUUGGGAUGCUGGUUGAUGGAGUGGAGGUCUGUGGUUGAUUGGGUGUUUUUUUGCUGAAAAUUCAUGUGUAGGUUGACUGUGGGAGUUUUCAUGGCACAAAGUGUACCCACAGUCAUCCCUGGGCUGAAUAAAAAAGUUUUCAGCUAACUUUAACUCUUGGAAAGACAUUUGGUCAUAGUUAUUUCAGUUUUCUAAAUAUCUGAAGUGCAAUUAAGAGCCCAAUACAGUCCUAAAUUUGUUAUCUUGUCCAUUAUUUAUUUAUUUAUUUUACACACAGCUGCGAUUUUACCCUCUCUGUCAACUUCUGCUUAGUCAUUAGAGAGAGCACAACAGCCUCAAGGAUGCAGGGUAAAACAAAUUAACACAACUCAUGGUGCAGCUCAUACCCAAGUACACCAUCAGAUAGAGACAAUCACAAUAUGGCCAAAAAUGAGACGUUCAACAAGGCAACCACAGGGACAAAGGAGCAGGCCUGGACAUGCCUUUAAAAUCCAAUCAACACCCCAGUACCGAGGUCUGACAUACAUGGAAGGAGGGGUGCUUGGCACAUGAUUGCAGCUCUGCAGAGGAACAUAAAAGCACAUCGUAACAACAGACUUGGCACUCGAUGAAGCAUUCAGAUUGCAUUAUUACAAUGGAGAAUAUUUAAACAAAAUGAAACAAUGAACAUUAUUUCAGCGGCUCUAUGAGCUGGAGUCUAAAAAUAAAACUUUUUCAUCUUCCUUAAAUUUCAUUCUUACAAGCAAAUCAGCUGCUUAAUCAGUGCUGACCUGACAAGACAUGUACUUAACUGGACCAGCUUAUGCGUACUACAGUAUCUGGCCUUUCGACACCAGCAAGAGUUCCCUCUAGUUCUGUAAAUAGGGGGUUGGACCCUCCAUGGAUCAGACUUGGUUGUCCAGCACAUCUCAGAAAUGCUUGAUUCAAGGGACUUUGGAGAUCAGGCCAUUUUCUUCCAUUACUUCAUUGUCUAGUUCACAUGCUCAUGUGUGCCCAUUUUAGACUCUUUCAGUGGACAGGAGUUAGCAUUGACAUCUUGACUAGACUGUGAAGCCCCUCUAUUCAUGAAACUGCGACAGACUAUGUGCUAUGACACCUUCCUGUCAGCAUUAAAAAGCAUUAGCUCUCACAGCCAUUUGAACUCCAGAAGCUCUUUUGUUGAGCUCAUGCCCACCUUGUACAUCGGUGAGCCACUCGACAGCUCUUAAUGAUCCGAGUCCCUAUCGAGUCUUUUCUGUUGUUUGGGGUUUUCACACUUAAGAACUGUCAGUGUAUACGCUUCUUUUUUUGUUGUUUGUUUGUUUUGUUAUUGGGGAAUAGAUUACUGUAUUUAGAACAAAUGCUGUAUUUUUUCAAUACUGGCUUGUUGGAAAAUGUUGGUUUGAAUAGUGUAUAAUGAGAUGUUUAACAGGUGGUAAUUCCAUCUGUACUAUGCACUUUAUAUUGCUGUACGAACAGAAACAAGGAAAUUAUACACAUUUUGGGGCCUAAAAACAUAUUUCUUGUUUCUGGACAGACAUUGGAACAAAUCAUGAGAACAUUAUUUACCUUCUUUUAAUUCUUGUUUCAAUGACUCGACCUUGAACACCUCACUUUGUGGUCGUAUACCAGCUUAGUUAUUGGUUAACUAGCUUUUAUGCUGCUGGUUUCAAUAUAUACUUUAAUGUUGAACUUUGGAUUCUGAUAUUUGAGGAAAGGAACUUAAUAUGAUGCAUAAUGUUGAUGUGCUUGGCUGUAGAGGUUGUGGUUUCCCCCUUCAAGAAAUUGUUUAGCAACAUAAAUUGCAUUAUGCUUCAUCCCUUUCUUAUUUUAAUUAUGAUAAUUAUGAUUAUAUGUAGCCACACUUUGGACCUCUUUAUAUGGUCAGCCAUCUUUGCAAGCACAUUGAGGCUUAAAUAAUGGUAUAUUUAUACACCAUUAUUUCAUAAGUCCCUCAAGACUUGACAACAAACUCAAUGAGGUCAAACAUGACCAAUUUAAAGGUUUUAAAAACAUGCAGAACAAGGUUUAACUGGAAAAGAGUCUUUAUGUCCAUCCCUAUAAAUCACUGCAGACCAAGAGCUACUGUUUCAGAGACUGUGUCAAUUGGUUCUUGGUCUAGUCAAAGCUGUUCAUAUCCUUACUUUCAGCCAUUUUCCUGCUUCAACUUGAGGGAAAAAUGUUGACCUGCUGUGUAUCAUAUUCAAUCUACUUAGAGGUGCCAAAGGAUAAUCAAUGAUAUCUGCUUCACUGAACAGUAGUUAUGACUUUAUGACAGAUCAGUGUACAUUAAGACCAUUUACAUCUAAAAACCAUCACACACAUUUUUAUAAAUAUUACUUUAACAUCAUGGUCAUACAAUAUUGAACUUCAAUAGCUAUACCAAGUAGAAAUCAUUUUCUCUCUUGUAGAGUAAUAGCUGAAAUCAAUGUUGGCAUGGAAAGAGGUGGAAUAUGAACUUUGAUUUUAUCGCAGUAAAAUGAACAUGCGAUCCCACCCUCUUACAUGACAGGGAAAUUGCCCUCUUGAUGAGCACGAUGUUGCUAAAAUUGGUGGCUAAAGACAGAAGACUUUUGUCAACUGACAACCAUAGGCCACAAUAUAUAAAAAACUUUAUUGAGUUACCAUGGAAACAGUGACAAUAGCAGCGGAUAGAUGGACAGACAGACAGACAGACAGACAGACAGACAGACAGACAGACAGACAGACAGACAGACAGACAGACAGACAGAUAGAUAGAUAGAUAGAUAGAUAGAUAGAUAGAUAGAUAGAUAGAUUCUAUCUAAGUAGUAUUUUAUAACACAUAUGAACUCACAGAACAUUUCAACAAUACCCUCUUAGAAAACUGUAGCCGAGAUCUCUCUUUCUCUCUCCCUCUCCAUCUUGUGGUCACCCCUGACAACCAGUUGUUUCUGCUGCUGUAUGUAGAGGCCUACCUGGCUAAGCUGAAGGCCAUACCUAACAUGCAAAUGAGAGGGGGAAAAAAACAAAACACAACAACAAAUCCCUCCCAGGACAACGGCGCAGUAAUAAACUGGCAGUGUUACUGGGGCGAUAAAUAUCUGAGUAACAACAUGCAUAUUAAUUGGUCUUUUGUGCCAGCCCAUUUCGGAGAAUCGCGUUAGAGCUUUGCAGAGGAGCAGUGCAGUGUGAAGUCAUCUCCUAAGUUGGCGGGCAUCCCAAACUAUCAGCUGGGAAAAAGAAGACAAAACACUUUCAGGAAAUGUAAAAAUAAAACCUCAAUUCUAACACUGGAUUAUAACAUACUAUGGUGGUGUUGUGACUUACAUACAUUUGUUACUCUACAGAGGAAGUUUGUUCCCAGAAUCUUUUAAGCUGCAUAGCAGAAUGACAUUUUGGCUUAAGAGCGAAGUCAGCCCAGAGGCUUGUGGACAUAAGGUGCUAUUUAAUUGAAAUAGUAUGUCCCUUAGGAGAUGGACUGCAAUGCCAUGGUUCCUUGACUUUCUAUUUACUGUCACUCCAAAAUUUCUACUUUGUACAAAUGAUGUUGGGCUGAAAAACCACACCAAUUCAAGCUAUACUAAAGGUUUUGACAAAUGUUGGCGUGUCAAAAAGAGAUGCAUGGCAGAUAUCAUACUUCAAAACUGCUAUUAGUUUUGUUUCAUUGUUGUUGGCAUGUAAGCUUGCCAACAUCCUUUGACUCCCACAUCCAACAAACCUCCAGAGCUGUUUUUUUUUUUUUUUUUUUUUUCACCUGCGCUAUAGAGCAAAAAUCUGACACGUCCUGUCUCAGAACCACACAGAAAAUCUAGUCCAUGCAUUUGUCACCUCCAGGUUGCAUUACUGUUAAUCUCUUUUCAUCAGGCUGCCCUAACAAGUUUUAAAGACUCCUCAGUGUAUCUCUCCUGUAUUAGCCUCUCUACGCCGGCUUCCUAUUAAAUUAAGGGUAGAAUUUAAAAUUCUUCCCCAGACCUGAAACAGACAGUAACAAACUAAUGUGGGUGAUAGUUAACACACUUAACAUUUCACUGAGGUUUAUAACUUUAGAUAACUUUUGAACUCUGGAUAGUUAUCACUCAGUAAUUGGUAGUGGAUUUUUUUUUUUUCAGAAGGGCAAAAUGUUUUGGAGCAAAGGUGAGAGCUGAAUGUUUUCAAAAGGUGGGAUUUUUUUGUUGUUGUUUUGUUCGCUGUUAUUAAUAUUCUUCACAUUGUGGCAUUUGGAGCUAAAUGAAACAAACUGUUCCAAUUGCUGUCUGCUCUGGCUGCUAAUCUCUAAUACAGCUUCUUCUGCAAAAGCUUGCCACACCUGUAGGUCAACAAGAUUAAGCUUCUUGGUAAACUCUUUGUCUCCUUGGACAAGCAGCAUUAUUUACGUGAUUAACAUUGUGAUGUUAAAGUAGAUAACAGUAGAUAUAUGGAAUAUAUGUUACAAAGUUAGUUUGAUUGCAUUACACAGCUUACUGGAUGGCAUGCAUGUGGUUACUUUUUGGGAUACUGCUGAGGCAUAUUUAGAGUUUGCCCAAAUUCUGUGUACUUGAAUAUAUGCUUGAUGUUGGUCUCACAUACUGAAAAGAGAAUCUUUACUUUGAUCACUAAGGCCAUAGGUUUAAGUUCCUUUGAUAUAUCUUGCCUGUAAUCAUUUGCGUUCUCUGAUAUAUAUAUAUAUAUAUAUAUAUAUAUAUAUAUAUAUAUAUAUAUAUUUUUUUUUUUAUUUUUUUUUAAAUAAUUAUUAUUUUUAUUAUUUUUUUCAUUUUGGGCUAAAAAUACUUUAUCAUCCCACGUUAAGGGUGCAUACACACACAGAAGGUAAUGUUUGAAUAAAUUAACUUCAACAGCCAUGAAAUGAGGUCUCUUUAGAACUUUUAGAAGUUUUAAGGCCAAAAAACACUGGCUCCACAGCGACAGUUAUGAAAAUGCUUGGGGUCAUGCGUCAUUUGGGAAAUGUGUACAGUCUUAAGGGAGGGUAUUUGCAUUUUUUAUCUCACACGCACGUUUAUAAUUUUGCACAUGAAUAUGUAUACUUAACACAUCUAAAUACAUAGAGAUUCACAGAGUAAAAUCACAAUCAUUAAUGGUUGGAUGAUGUUGAUGACUUUUAUGUUUGUUUCAAAGGGAACAAACUUAGCCAAGAGCUACAAAGCUAAUUACAUUAUUAACCCUUUAUUGCAUGUUCUCUCUGUCGCUGUUGUGCUUCAUUGGCUGUUUUAAAAGUACAAAGCAUAUUAUGUGCUGGCAAAAAACACCCUAAUCUGGUUUAUCUGAGAGUACGUGUUUGCAGCCACGUAGGAAACAGAUGCCUGCGAUGUUAGAGUACAUUCAUGCGGCACCACAUUUCUCUUUCCUUAGGAUAAGGGGUAAUUUGGUGGGUUUUUCAGGUUCUCAUUUCUCAACAGCAAAAAAACAAGGACAUUUAAUGUGCAAUAGAUUUGUGUGGCAUUGCAAAAACUCCAUUCUCCAGGUGAGGACAGUUUUAGAAAAAUAGCCAAGGGGUAGAGAGCUGCACAGAGAGGUAGAAACGGUGGGCAGAGAUGUUGCUGCAGCAGGAGGAGUGAGGUAGACCAAACUGAAGUGCUAUCAGGAGUUUUUCUUCAUGUCCACACGUGAGAAAACCCAGAAUGAAGUAAAUCUUUCAGUACAGUAGGUCUUUCACAGAGGACAGGGAAGGGUAUUUGAAAACAGAAAGAGAUAUUUACUCAAUAUUUCAAAAGAAUUUAAUGGAUUUCUCUUACUCCCUCUCUCACCCUGACCCUCCACCUCUCUCUUUUUCUGGUCCUGCUCUGUGGUUUUUCUCUCUUUCUCUAAGGUUCAUAUGAAGAACAAAUACAGCGAAAAAAAAUAAUCUAUUAUAAGCCUGCAUUUUACCAUAGGUGUCAAAAUGAAUGUAUUCCCUUAAUCCUUUUUGGUGAUAAUUUUCCUUAUAAUUAUUCUUUAUUGAAUUUACUUCCAGGAGUUUUGAAGCCCAUGAUGACUUUUGACUUGAAGAUGUAGGUCUUUACCCAUAAGCCACUUUGCAGCUACAAUCUUUUAUGCUGUGAGAUUUAAUGGAAAACCUGUUAUCUUUUCCCAUUUAUACCUCCAUCCCCCAUUACCGAGUGCCCAUUUCAGAUCUACUUUGGACAAAAAGUGAGCCACCUGUCUUGGGAUGAAAUGCAGAAAAUGAAAAAGAGUCUGAUCAAGAUGAAAAAUAAGCGAUAUAUUCCAGCAGUCUGACGCAAGUCAGAGAAACAGAUAGAGACAGGAAAAGAGACACAUGUAAAGAUUUGGAGUUUAAGAUGAUUGAUUCCUCCUCUCUGCAAAGAAAACAAUCUGCCAGAAGUUUCUGGACGUACAUUUUGACAGUUUAUUUUAAGCAUUUUGAGAGGAGGUUUAGAAACGGAAUAAAUAUCUUUCACUGACAUCCAACACAAAUACAAAUCAAAUUUACUCAUUUCACGCAAGAUUUCUUCAGGUGAUUUUUCACUUGUCUCACAGGUGGCAGCUCAGCACCAAGAAUGCGCAUAAGUGAGUGUUAACAACCUGUCACUAGAUGAAUAGUUUCACUCCUGAAUCUGAUCCGGUUCUAUGAAGUGGAAACACCACAUCAGCACCUUUUUCAUGUAUCUUUAAACGGCGGCCCUCAUCGUUACCGGCCCUUGCCGGCCCGUCUGCUUGACUCACAAGGCAUCACUUUUAAUAAAUUUUCAGAAGUCUGGAGUAAAAAUAAAAAACAAGAUUUUCUGUCUGGUUUGGUAGCUCAAUACUGUUGGUCUUUGAGCUGUUCAUGAGAUAGAGAUCAGUGUGGAGGAGAUCAAACAGAUACAGUAUCUGUUACAUAAACAGCAGCAGCAGCGUGCAGAAAGAUGAGCAGAGGAGUUUCGCAGCAGAUAGUGUUCUAAAUUUAAACAAUACAACCCGCUGCUCUCAGACAAAAUUGAACCAUUUAAAGUGUAAUACCCGAUAAUGUGUACAAACACUGCGACUGCUUAAUCUUAUUUUUCAUACACUGAGAUAACAUUUCAUUAAUUUCAGUGCAGAACAAUUGAUCAUAGCAUCACACACUCUUAUCUUCAAACUGUGCCCUGCACUGUGGACCGAUUGACUUCAUAGAUCCUAAAUAGUGUUAUUUUCAAACUACCAUGCAGAUUUCCUGUGAUUCACAAAAAGUGGAAAAACAGAAUCAAAUAUGAUAAUGUUCAGCUGUUAGUAUUCAUGUGGCAUACUCCCAGUAGAGACUGAGUUUAGGGAACAAAAUCGAUUUCUCAAAUAGCUCAAAGGUAGUUAGCACCCAAUUUCACAUUAUAUUGCACAACUGCCCUUGAUUAAUGGGGAUUUGAACACAAUGCAUUAGCUCCUAGUACCGUAAAUUAGCCAGGCCAACAUGCUGGGUUCAAAGAUGUGCUUGUUAUUUCAUUAUAUCUUUAUUUUUUUAUCUUUUAUUCAUGCCCACAUUUGUAACAAAUAAAAACUUUGUACGCAAGACCCCAACAAUACCAGUGAGAUUAUCCUCACAAAAGCCAGACUGACUUCCUGUGUGCAUUCACUUGCAUCAUACAUCGCAAGUCUAGACUUGAUGAGAGUGACAUUCAAUCUUUCACACUUUUUUUUUCAUUUUUAUCAGAACGAUACAAAUAAUAAGGGAAAUAUGUAAUAAUGAUAGUUCCUUUAGUAUCAGGUAUUACCUUGCUUUCUUAUCCAUCACCCUUGACUCUGAUUGGUCGAAACCCUUGAACAACAGUUGUUUAUUCUAAAUAGCAAAAGCAAUGCCAGGGACAUCUAGAUCAUUUUACUAUUUCUUUGUAGUCUUAUUUUAAAUUUUGAUGCAGUCCAUCUAACUGUUAAAAUAAAAAGAAAGGGACAAAAGCAGAUUCAUGGACACUUUUACUGAAAUAAUGAGAGGUACUGUUUUGUCCACAGGAUGUGCAAAAAUGAGCAAAACCAAAAGAUCUGCAUAGUAGCUUUAAAGAAUUGGGGGGAAAAAAAAGGCUUUUAAGACUUUUGUCAAGUAUAUAUAUAUAUAUAUAUAUAUAUAUAUAUAUAUAUAUAUAUAUAUAUUUACGAGACUGAAGUCAUAAUAAAAAAAAUAAGAGCAUAAAGUCACAGUAAAUAUUACAAGAAUAAAGUCCUAAGAAAAUAAAGCUUAAAUGUUAUGAGCUUGAAGUCACAUUCUAAUUAAGUCUUAGCUUUGGUUCACAGUGAGCAGUCAGCUGCCUCUACCAAAAUGAGGAACAUGGAGUGUCUCGGUAAAUUGUACUUCAUGUUUUGGUUCAUCUGCAACAAAUUGUUUCAUGUAUCAGGACCCUGAAAAAAAAAAAACUGCACAAAAAGCUGAGACAUGUGGCAUCCUCUGCAAAGCAGCAUUAUGUUACUUAUUGUUGACUAAAUUUGAGACGUGAUCCUGAUGUUAAUCUUGUUAUGUAACAUUACAACUUAAUUCUGAUAAUAAAAUGACUUUGAAAAAGUGUCCUCUAAAUGUCUGUAAUGUCAGCAUGUCUGUAAAAUUUCAUAGCAUUUCUUCAGCUUCUUGAUUCUGAUAAAAAAAGAGUGGAACCUACAAUAAUUGCUGCUAACUUAACAACAUGUUGAGAAUUCUGCCCUCUUAUGAAGUACAACAUUGCCUUAAAAAAAGAGCAGCUAAUAAAAGGGAGGACUUGGGAAAUCUCUCCUGGUAUAUAUAAUUUCUUGGAGUAAAUAAGUUUGAGGAUUUAUCUCCAUCUCCUGUUUCUGUCUUUCUGUGGAGAUUUGCAAAGGGAUCUGAUGUUCUUUGAUGUGCACGCUGCUCCCCCCUGAAGCAGUGCAAACCAAAGUAGAAAAAAAAUCCCUUUCUUAUAAUACAGGGUUUGACUUCAAAAGGUUUAAGAAAAAUGAAACUCUUUGACAUACAGCCAGUGUUUACAGGCGCUGUGUGAGUGUGUAUGGCUGAAAUGCUGCACAAAAACAGCUGUGUAAACCCACUUUGAAUGCAAUUAUUUGAAAUGUUACUAAAAUAAGGAAACAGAUGAAUUAAGUCAAAUUUUCAAACCUGUCAGAUUGGUGCUAAACAAUCACAUUGCAUUUAUUAUUAUUUUUAUUUAUCUUUAUUUUUUUUAAUCAAAACUAGUGGUCGUAGUCUUUCACUGAUUCAAUCUUCAAAAGUAUUUGUGUAUCUAUCUGUGUUAGAUUAUAGAAUCUACAUUUACAGUUUGGACAAUCAUCUACACUACAGUGUGAUUAACUUUCACACUGAUACAGAAUCAAAUAUUUAUGAUGAAUUAUUCAAAUCUGUAAACAGAAUAAAUUAAUUACAUUAGUUUCAUGCUUUAUACACAGAGAGUCAUAGUAUACUGUAGAUUAUGAGUUGCCUGACUGAUGAAAAAUGGACAAAGAAAAGACUAUCAGAAAACCUGCUCUGUGUGGAUUUAAGAGUGAGAUUCAAGGCAGGGAAGCAAGACAUGAUGCUGAAAAGACAAUUCAGACAUUACCAUGUACUGUUUACCACAUAAUCAAGAUGGCAGGUGAAGCAGACUCUGACUUUCCAAGACAGCCUUUGUCUUCAUGACAACACUCCAUGUAUUCAGAAUAAAAAUGAAAGUCCAGAGAGGAACACAAAGUAGUUUUGUUUCAUGCAUGAAAAUUGCAACGGUUAACAUAACCCCUGCAGACCCUUUCAGAGUGAACUCUCCUGAAUAAUAAUUGCUGUGUUUAUGUGCUGUCUCACCCUGACUUUGUGUAGAGAUUAUAUAGGGGGCUAGAGGCAGAGUUCACAUCAGGAAGUCCCAGGAGUUUGGUGCAUGUGUGCAUUUUUUUUUCAAUCAGUCUUUGCCAGCUGUUGAUUAAAAAAACAUGUUUCAGCCUCCUCACAUUAUCUGCAUUGCUACAUGUAUGCAAUAUUUAUUCAUGUGGCUACAGAGCUCUACUGAGUCAAACACGAAUACGAAUUCAAUUUUCUGCUAAUUUAUCUAGCAAAGGCUGUGUAAUUCCCCUACAGAUGAUGGGGCAUUCUUGCAGAAAGCCCCUCUAGAUCCUGCUGUCAACACAACAUAUCUGUACAAACACAAGUUACGACUCGGACAAAGAGCUUAGAUUAACGGCUGAAUGUUACUCUGUCAGUUUGGGUUUGAGUCACAGAGCCCUCUCAUAUUGCUAAAUUGUUUUGAAAACCACACACACAAACACAGAUGCACAACACACACAUAGGGUUUGUAUUCGUACUUAGACUGUUUCAAGGGUUGUAGCUCUCAGCCUACAGGUCUGUUCGCACACAUGCUGUGUGCAUGUGCUUAAAUGUGUGUAAUCAUACAUGAGCAUUCACAGCUAGAGCAACCUACGACUAGUUUAAAGUGAAUGUUCCUUACCCCCUCUCAUGCAUGCUGACAAACAUGCAAACACACUGUGAUUGCGUGGGGGUACAUUCGAUCUCUUCAGAGAGACCUGAUUUGAAUUUUUAAUGGAUUUAGACUCUUUGAGGAAAAAAAAGAGAAAAGAAGUGGCUACACUGAAAGCAUACAACCUCUUUUUCCUGCAAAUUUCUGCAACCCCAGGGGAAAGAUGCAGUCCAAUAUGAACAUUUAAUGUAAUUGGACGCACUAAACCUGGUAUUUUGUAGAACAUGCCACGCAUGAAUGACUCAUUUUGUCUGAAACCAAAGCAAGCUCUUAGUUAUUCCUCCCCAAACUUUUAGCAUGCUAUCUCAUUCAGAGCUCAAACAGUAGUCUAAGUCAACAAAGAGAUGGUUUGGGCUACUUUUUCCAUUACUGACCUCAGAGUUUUAACAAAGGUCCUUUACAAUAUGAUACAGUUAGAUACCUAUAAGCAGGUAAAGUACUGCAGUGAUUGUUAAACCGUGAGGAUCAUUAAACUGCAAAUCAGAGUUGCAAACUAAAAAAUUGAUAUGAAUAAAAACGAGGAGAACAGGAUUUAACAAGAAUGUUUGCUUGCUGAAUUACAAGAGAAGAUAAAAUAUGAGGAGACACUCAGUGCCAUAUAAAUCUGAAUAAAUAACACAUCAACAUUAUUUUAAAAAAGGCCAUUACGCCAUUGUAGUGUAAGUGCCAUUAUACUGGACUUAUUUCUACACUUCAUUUUUGUAAAGUUGAAAUGAAAACCUUGACAGAAGAGUGGAGAAGUAUUCCUCCCCUCCUCAGACUGCCCAUAAAAUAGGCUAUAUCUUAAAGAUGAUUCUCUAUUAUAUAUGAUUUCCCUUUCAUGUACAUGCAGGUCACAAAGGAUCCUCAAAAUGAUGCUGAAGUUUUAGUAAAUUAAAGUCUUCUUAUUACCACUAUUUUUUGAUAUGUCAGUCAACUCAGCGGUGGGUGACAGUACUGCCGACUGAUGAAAACCCUUUUAAUUCCUGUGUUUAUCUUUUUGGACUAGAAACUUGGUGCAGAGUUGACAUCAUGUAGCUUCUAUUACCCAACAUUAGUCAGUCAGCCACAGGCCGCAGAAAGCAACAUCUUCUUUUCUGUGAUGUUGCGAGUCACUGAAAGAACAAAGAUGAGCUCAAAGACCACAGACACGAAAACGAAAGAGCAAAUGCAACCUUUUUAUAAAAGAAACAACAUUCAGAUGAGAACAAAACCAUCUGAAAGGAGCCGGCUCAGAUCCGUGGCUUGAUUGUCCCUUAAGGUCUAAAAAUACUCCUACAGUUACAGCCUACUGAGAGAAAAACUUAGCUCCACAUCUUAACAGGAUGAACAAGGAGAAGGAAAGAUUUUUUGCUGACAUUCAUACCAGUAUCUUGAUACUGCUGUGAUAAAUGAUGUUACGACUCCAAUGCCAUUAUCUGUUAAACCAAAGUUUACACCUCUUGAAAGCCACCCCUCACUGAUGACAGUAUUUUUUUAUAUGGGAUAGAAUUUGCUGGAGUUAUGAGCUAGACUUUGGUAUGGGAAGUGUUGUUUCCAGUUGUAGUGCAAGGAGCAAUAUCACCUAGACUUUAAAGAAAAGUUGUCUUUAUUCAGCUGAGCAGUUUUUGGUAAGAAAGGGGCAGAACCAUAGACUGUAUAUAGUAUGGACAACGUGGUUCCACCUCCUGUCAUUGUACGAAUUUGAAGCUUUCUGUAAUUCCAGGAUUUUCUCCAUGCCCAAAAAAGGCAUUUGUGCUGCAGUGUUCAGCAGAACAGUCCCAGAGGUGACACUCUGUCGAAACAGCAUGGCUCCCAGAUGUCCUACACAAUCUUUAUACGCCCAUGGGCUGUAUCAAGUGUCAGUCAUAGAAAACAUAAACCCCUAAUAACUUUUAAAAAUGGAGCUGCACUGAAAAAAGAGGACUUGAGCACUAACCAGUCUGAGAGUAACUACAUGUCAAUCAGGGCUGGGCAAUAUGGCCUCAAAUCAAUAUCACGAUAUAUUCAGCAGUUCACCUUGAUAAUGAUAAAUGGAUGAUAACAACUUCACAAGCUGCACUGGAUGGGGUGGAGUCACGUCUCUGAUGUAGGACAGCAUCUUAAAGGGACAUGAGAACAUAGCCUACCUACACACAUCCAAAACCAACUUUGAUUUUAUCAUUUUUUAACACCAAAUAUCCCAAUAUGGGCACAAUGACGUCGGUUAUUGUUGUAAAUUGCUGUAUCGGUAAAUUUUCGGUUAUAUGUGGCAACCAGGAGAGAGAAAAAUGUAAAUAAGGUGUGAUUCAUUUUUGAAGUUUGUCCACAGCUCUAUUUAUUUUGCUGUUGGAGGCAGGGUUUAUGACAUGUACUGCAACCAGUCACCAGAGGGUGCUGUUCUUGCAGAAGCUUCUCACAGCGAGGAGGCAGAUGACGUCCAUAUUAUAUACAGUCUAUGAUGAGAAAGGGGCAGAACACAAUCAGAUGUAAUGCAAUCGUCAAACACAUCAGCAACCACCUAAAGAUGCUAAAGAUUUAAAUGGACAUCUGCUUUCACAUGCAUCUUACAACCAGCUGUUGCCUGAAGAUGUCACUGACUCACACAAAGGGUGUACAUGAGAGCUGACAUCUCAACCAGGAGCUCUUUAAGUUCACCAGAAGUCCCAUGAAACAGCCUAGAGCAUAUUGAUUUCAGAUGAUCAACAAUGAAGUCCAUGGAUGGCUUAUGUGAGGUACAAGCCUCAAAUUCACACACAAAUAAUGGUAUAUGAUGAAUAAAUGCAACUGCUAGAAAACUUGGCUUCAUAUACUGCAAUAAAGAUGCACACGAACACGAGAGUCUAACAGUGUGUCUAACAGGUUUAAGGGCAAUCCUCUCUUGAUACUUUCAAACCCCUGACAUUAGCUGCCCGUUGUGUCCCAGCUGGAUGUCUUUAUGUUGGUAUUUAAAGAUACAGAGUCAUUGAUCUUGCUCAGAAAUCUAAUGCUCCCAACUGAUUGUGGUCCGCACAGCUGAGGGCCAAUCCUGAGAUGAAACUCUUGUCCGGUUAAUUAAUGGUCUGCAGGUAAUGUGGGCGACCCGGUCUCCAGAAGGACUGGAGUGCAUUCUCCUGAGAUAGAUUGUCGUGUAAUAAAGGGCACUUAGACCACCUGCCAGGAGACCAGAUCCAUGAUUAAAAAUCACUAAGAGUUCCUUGGUUUCAUCACAAACAUGUGAUCGAAGUACAUUUGCAUCCAAAUGGAGUGAAAACAAGGAUAUGUUGAAUCACAGGGAAGGACAUGUUUGCUUAUGAUCUCAGUGCUGAUGAUGAGGUGUCGUCCUGUGUGAAGGGCAGCAGUGAUAAAGUUUGCUUUGCCUGGCAUAUUUUCAUUCAGUGGUGGUCUCUGAGGUGAAAAGCUGGGAUUCAGACAAAUCCUUUGCUAAUGGCCUGUCAUUCCUCUUGGGAACAAAAAACCCUGGCUCGGUAAAUUACACUGCAUGUCUCCCUAACAAACAUGCUGACAACACACCAUACGACAAAAAAAAAAAAAAUGGAGCAAGAAUAAUGCACGUACUAAUGAGAAAGAGAGGUCGAGAUAAGACAAUUUUCGUGCAAAAGGCCUGUUGGGAUUUGUGCAUAUCGAGCCUCCAUUUGAAUGAGUAAACUAUAAUCAGUUUCCAGUUUGCUGCAGCUACACACAGAUGAAUGCCCCACCAUUUAAUUUUUGGCUAAAGUCGUUUCAUCGAGCUGUGGUGCACAAUCACAGCUGCUGAUCUGCAGCUUUUUGUCCUCUUUCCAAGAAACAAAAUGGGAUUUAUUAUAAAUGUUACCAGAGACAGCACUGUGUUGCUGUAAAGCCGUUCUGUAAUGAAAUGGAAACAAAUUAAAAACAGAGAAUAUUCAGAUUCAUCUGAAGGUGAAAACUACAUCGGGGGAAGUUUGGCAAUGGUGAAAUUCUUCACAAUGAACAGUCUUUAGUCUGACAAAUUCACGAAGAUUCUCUGACAUGUAAGUUUGUUUUUGUUUUUGUAACAGUCUGCAGUUCAGUCAACAUCCGAUUAUACAGUAUUUAUAUGUUGAAUGCCUCCCACAUCCGACUGGAAGGAAAAAUAUGUUAAUGUCACCCCAGUUUGUCUGUGAGCUGUUCAGCCUCUGCUCGAGGAAUCUGUUAGAAAUAUGGAGGUGGAGGACAGUAUCAGCCUACAAGGAGAUGGUGAAGGAUACUGUAGGAUGAAGGAUGUAACCUGAUUUACCGCUUUCAUUUUUCUGUUCUGUGGAUUUCUUAUAAAUCAGAAACUUUUAAUAUGCAAAGGUUUAAAUCUAUGUCAUACAUUUAAACUCCCAAUUUAAGCACUAAACAUUACAUUUUAAUUUGGUACAUUGCAUGCCACAUCAUAUGCUAGCCCAUAUAUGCCAGUAAAAAAUAAAUCAGUGAAGAUAAAGCCCUGAUGACACAAAAUCCAAAUGUUUAGUCAUUAUUAUGAAUAAUAGGUCAAUAUCAUCUGUCCAAUAAGUGUGAAAUUUCAGCUGAAUGCAGGUGAUCAAUGGAGAAAUGUUAUUAAGGGGGUGGAAUAUAUUGAAACAAAUAUACUGCAGCUGGUUUUAUGAGAAGUAUUGAAUUACUAUGUUUUGACCGACAACUACAAACUGUAAUAUAAAGGAUUUAAGCCGUCAGCGUGUACUUCUCUUUGGAGCUUCACCUCUCUAACAGCAGAUAAUGCCACCCCCCUCACGCCACCCUUCACAUGCGUCUUUGUACUAGGAGAGGAGAAAGGAGGGUAAAGAGAGGGCAAAAAGAAGAGAAGAUUUGAUCUAAGUUUAUGAGUGUUCAGAGAGGCUGCUCAUACCAAGUAUCAGCACGUGGUUUUCAAGUGAUUACUGAGCUUUGAGUGCAAGUGUUUAUACUUUGCAUCAACCUUGAUCACUUACGAUCUCAAUUUCCCGCUGUACAUGCAAAUCAACGUGAGGCCUCAUUCACUUUUAUUAGAUUUUACCAAACACUGAAUGAUGAUAAAUGUUUUUGCCAACUCAGGUUGAAGGCUGCACUCGCAUGCUGCUUAGUCAGCAGAGAGAAGCGUGGGAUCACAAUCUGGAGUGAUGGUAAAUUUCAGGUCUUACAUUUCUUUGGUUUAUCUUUGAAUUGAGUGUCUGAAAACAUCCACAUGUAUGCCCAGCAUUAAUAACCUCUAGUUACUGCUUAUUGUUUAGCUCUCCUCCAAUCAUUUAUAUCACACGGAUGCAUUGGUCAUGUUUUAAACCAGGGUGUGCACUAAAUUAAAGGACACAUCAGUCCAGAGCAGAGCAUGAAAAACAGAUGGAUUAGAUUAAUAUCUGCUUGUCUCCUCUCAUUAAUAUGAAACACACAACUUCUCUUCAGCUCUGCUGCAUAGACUACAUUGCCACAUGUUGAAUUGAAAAAUACAGUAUUUGAUUUACAUUUUCCACAAGAUGUAGUUGAAAAUGAUCAGGGGCUGUGUUUACUGAUGCUGUUUUUUGUCCCUUUUUCUAUUCAAACUAGAUGCAGCUCAGCAUUUCCAGCCUAAAACACAGGGAUAUACUAAAAUCAUUAUACAGGUGUCUUUUAAUGUAUCAACAGGUUAAAAUAAAUGAGUGAUCCAGAGGAGAUUUCAAAAUAAAGAUAUGUAUUGAGUAUCACAAUAGAUCCUAAAAAUAUACUACAGGUAUUAACUAUUGGCGAUAUCGCCCAGCCCUAGAUAUUAUGCUUUCUUAUAAAAGUGUGAAAAAUCUUACCAUAAUAAAUGAGAACACAACAACUAUUUAAUGAAGUAAUGGAGGUAAAGUUGUGAUGUCACUACACUGUCCAUUUAGAUGGAUAUUUUAAUGCUCUCAGUUCAUUUCAGAGAGCUGUAAUAGCGUCUUGGGAUGACGACUGUUGUGAAUUGGCGCUAUAUGAAUAAAAUUUGAUUGAUUGAUUGAUUGAUUGAAUGAUUAAUAGCUGAACAUUCAAAAGGAAAAUCUGAACUGCUGUAGAUACCAUGUUUUAUUGAGUACAACUGAAAGCUCCAGGAUCAAUAUCGUACAGCUUGUGUUGGGAUGUUUUUUUCACCAUUUGUCUUUUCAUUCUGCCAAGUGACCUCUGCUAAAUCCCUCCUACACUGUGAGUGUGCCUGUGUUUUCAACCUGAUCCAUCUGUCUGUCUGUUUGAAUACCUAAGCAGCAACUUCAACCACGUUUGUGUUUUGUUACCAUGACAACAAACUUCCAGUUACAUUGCUGAGGACAUGUCGAUAACAAUUGUUAGUUAUACACCUUCUGUCAUACGAUUGGGCACAGUUGGCUCCAUCUGAGCCAUUCUUGUGUUAAUGAUGUAGUCUGAAAGGAGAUAAUUUGAUGGUCUGGUAACAUCUGAGGUGGGUUUGGACGAUGGUGUCGGGGGUGUUUGGAAAUUGGAAGAUCAUUUCUUGCUCAUGACAAAAACACAUUUACUCCAAAUGUGGAGUUAAAAUGGAAGGGCAGUUCUUUUAUCGGUCAUUGCCAAAACAUUGCUUUGACUGCCCAUCUGCUGUUGUGAUAUUAGAGACAGUCAUUUAAAAUGAAUAUAAUCUAAACAAACUGAUUACAAAUCUCAGUGCAGAAACAGAGCAGGAGGACAUAUGAAACAGGCUAAUCACGGAGCAUGAAAGAACGUAUUAAUCUCUGGUCUAAUAUGUAGAGGUGGCAUAUCUUGUUAAUUGCAUACUACUGGCACUUUUGUAUGCAAUCUAUCAAGUGCCAUCUCUCAUGCUGUAUAAAUCAUUUACUCCAUGUAUCCACAUUACGCUCCCUGUCAAAACACGUCUCCCUAUCCAGACUUUCUUAUUGCAGCUGAUGACUUCAUAAAUCUUUUUGGCAAUUUGACGAGCCAGCAGCACAUGUGGUGAGCCCCUCUUUUGCCAAAUGUCUCACUGGCCAAAGGAGCUCCUUCUGGGUACGGGCUGGAAUCUUUCUCACACUCAGUUAGUGGCCGAGGCUGAUGACUGUCUGUGUUUAAGGGCUCAUCAGGCUGUCAGACAGUAAAUCAGCCCUGCAGGAGGCCUCUGGCGGAGAUACAUGUCACAGACAGCUUAUCAUACUUUAUAUCCUUUCCACAGACUCGCCUCUUGCAGGAUUAGUUUGCAUUAUAAACAUGAGUAUGUGCAUGAAGACAGCUGGGGUUUAUUCUCUGUGUUGUGCUUCUCACAGCAGCUCCUGACAAAAAAAAAAAAAAAAAGUAAUUUUGAUUGCUGAUGGUGUAGGAACACACUGCACACUUUCCAUCCAGGGGGAACACUUUUAGCUCUUCAGAAAAAGGCUGCAUGAUUACUUUGAACGCAGCUCCUCCGGUAGUCUUUUGUCGUAGCAUCGGGGAGAAACUGACACACAUUUCCUUGUGUUUCUGCAGGUUCUGAUGUGUAUUUGCAAUCAGUUUGUGCCUCUGCUUGAAUCCGUGUGUGUGCCUGUGUGCCUGUGUGCUAAGUGGAUUGCUUUCAGAGCAGGAUGCGAGAGCCUGGUAGGACAAAAGCGUGCAGCUUCAGACAGACAGAUGUUCCUCUUCAGAUAGCGAUCUCAGCACAGAACAUGGCUACGAGAACAAAGCUGUCUCCUGCGAUUAUUCUCCCUCUGCAGCCUGAACCUGGGGAAUACUUUGUGCAUGGUACAGUCGAGACCCAGCUGAUUGGAGUUAAAUGAUUAAUGCAUUUAUGACAGUUUCUAUUUUUACAUCCACCACAGAGGAUGUUUGAAGUUGAUGGGGGGAAAAAUCCAAGCAUGCGUACUAUCUUAUUUGCCUUGUUUUUGCUGUGAAUUUCAAAGCACUCUGGGAUAAGAUAGCAGGGAUAUGGCAGCUGGCAGAGUACAAGCUGUUUUUGAACAGAAGAAACUUCAGAGCCACAUUUAAUCUCCACCUUCUUACCGAAACCAUCCCCAGCAGCUGGGAUAGGAGGACCUGAGUGGGUUAUUACCAAAAGCAAGGGGCAAGGAUAUGACUGCAUCUCACAAAGAAGCCAGAGCCCAGUUGUCCUAAAUCUAACUGAAGUGGUACCAGUAUGAAUAAAGUAAACACACACACGCACACAAAAGAGAGCAAACUCACACAGAGAGCUCAGCGUUCAUCAUUCUGUGACUGACAGCUUCAGGGCCUUUAAGAGUAAAAGCUCUUUUUCUGAUAACUUGAAGGGGAAAAGGUGAGGGAUUAAUAUCUUUUUGAGUUCUGCUCAUGAGUGGCUGCCAUGCUCCCAGUGAUGCAUGGUGGAGGUAGUCCUAAUAUGACUAAGAGCCCGAGGUUUGGAGCCCCAGUUGAAGCUGCACGACUAAGCUGUGAUGGAAAUUCUCAGAGCACAGGAAAUCUUAUUGAGUGGGGAAAACACAUUUAUGAGAGAAUGUGCUCAACACGCCAAAACUAAACUAUUGUCCCAAAGAAAAUACCCUGUACACUAGUCUUCGAGGCAGGUUUUAGACAAGAAUACUGACUGUGACUUCCUUUUUAAUCAGAAUAAUCCAAUAUGCACUCAAAACGGAAAUUGGUUUACAAGCUAAUACCAGUAUUUUUUUAUCUGUAUGUCAAGAGGCAAGUGAUACAUCACAGGAGAUAGUGUUUUUAAUUAAAUUCAAUAAAAACGUAAUUUACUUUGGGCUUUUCCCAUUAGCUGGAUGUCCAGUUCUGCCAAUGUCCAUUACAGUUUAGUAAUUGUUCAGGGUGAAAUGUGCAGAGUGGUGUAGUAAAAACCAUCUGAAAGUGUUCAAAGUUUGGAGCAGGUUUCUUGUAGCACAUUCAUCUCAACUGACAACUGAAAGGUUACUUCCAAGGGUGUAUUAUCAAGAAUAUAUUGCACCACAAAUUUGUUAUUAUUUUUGUAAAACUUGCAGUGUUUCUUUGCCAAACUCUGGGUGGAUUUUAUUGACUUUUAUUUGGUUUCUCUUAUUGUCAAAAUACUCAGAAUCAGAAAUAAGAAUGAGAAAAAAAACACGAUUUGACCAGGUGAAGCAAAGUGCAUUUUUCAAGUACAGUGCUGAAGUCAAACUUGCACAUAACUAUGGAAUUUUCACUCAAUGCUGCAAGUUUUUUCAUUAAAUAAAAAACAAAUUUACUUUUAAUUUUGAAGUACAGACCUCAUUCUCAUUCCCCCCCAAUCUCAUAGUCUUACAUCAGUGGCAAUGUGAACCAAGAAAAACACAGAAGAAGUUGAUUUCAGGAUAAUAUUUUCCUCAGCACAGUCACAAAAGCCAAUCAGAGUUUUCCCACUUCCUGAUCUGUGUCAGAAUUGGUCAAUCUGAGCUCCAUUCUGAAAUGACACAUUGCGUGUUUGUCAUGUAGUUUCUGGACCUAAAGAAUCUGAAUGCAGUCAUUUAACAAACCUGCAUAAUGAUGCUAUUUUGUUGUUCUUGUAUAUGACGGUAAAAUAAAAAUCCCAGCAAAACCUGUUUAUUUCUGUCCUGACUGCUGUAAUUAUGGGAUCACAGCAGCUGUGUGACAUGGUAAACUGCCACCCACCAGAGACAGAUGUACCCUCAUGCCACAGCUGACAGUGGACACUGGUUUCCAUCCAAGAAACAUCUGCUGUACACUAGAUUCUCUAAAGAACAAACAAAACUAUAUAAAGAAAAAACCUGUUAGUACAUUCAUACUCUGUUUCUCUUGGGAACCACAAGGUUAAACUAGUAAACUGUAUAUAACAACACCUUAAAGUAACUCCUGCACUAACUGUAACAGAAAAAGGUGCAAGAGGCAUUGAUGAAUCAAUGCUAAUAACUUAAAUCAAAUGUAGUAAGAGGCACAGUGCCUGGUGCUGUGUAAAAAGCACUUGAUUUCUAAAGUGCAUUUUGCUGAUGUACUUCUGUGUUUCUUCAAGGACAAAAUGGGAACAGUACAGAGGAAAGAAGUAAGGACUAUUCCAAGAGCUUUGACUGAUAGGAACCCUCUCUUGUUGUUGAUAUUUCCCUGUCUCUAUGUUCUUCUCACUGUACUUAUUGAGAACUGUUUCUUUAUCCUUUAUUGUUUCAGUGAAAAAGUAAUAUUCAGACAGUCUCUUUUAAAACCUUGGCUAUUUGCUGACUGUUGGUUUGGAAGACAAUGACAAUGCAGGUUUUAAUAUAUUGUCUCAACUUUCUUGGAGAAAGUCAGGAUUCAAGAAAAGAAAGGGGAAGAACAGAAAGAUGGACGUGAGAAAGUAAAGAAAGUCAAUGUGACAGACUUGGUGAGCACCAUUGUGUUUGAUGACACCUUGAUAAUUCAACUUUGAUUAUUAUCAUUAUUAACAUUACUACUGAGGAGACAACUUAUUGUAUUCUUUCAACAAAAAUAUUUCAAACACUGAAAUUAUUUUUCUUCUCAACAAUUCUUAGAUUAAAAAAUACACUCUGUACUUGGUGCUUGAAGUGAAUUGGUUAUGACACUUCUUUUAUUUGAGCAUAAUUUAUGAUUAUUUCAGAUCAUUAUUUAUUCAAUAAUGCAUACCUUAGCUUAACCAGACUUCUAUGAAUUGUUUUCAUUACUUGCUACUUCUGCUUUGGAGUCAUCAGAUGAAUUUUCUUUCCUCCAGCGAUGGGGGAAAGCUGACACCUACCCCCUUUCCUGGGUUUGUGUUGUUUUGCGGGUAGUUUGUUUAGGGAUGUUGUCUUACUGAUACAUGCAGCAUCCCAAUGGUUAAUGGUAGAGCAAAAGCUUAUUAAAUGAAGCUCAAGUUACAAUUUGACUGAGCAACUACACUUGUAUUGGAGUAAUAUUUGACCAAAAAUAUCUUUAUUUUGACUCUAGUACAAAAGUUGUGAAAUUUUUCCACCACUUUAAAUGACAUUACCAGUAGUAGUGAUAGAUUUUAAGUAUUUAAACCAUGUGUUGUCACCAUUAAAAUGUUAUUUUAACUGAAAAAGAUGACAUUGAAGUUGUCCUUCAGCACAUUUCUCAUCAGUCUCUUGAUCAAUCCCUGGUUCAAUGAUGCAAAACUUUAGCGCUCUUUUGUUUUACUCUUUAUAUGACUUCCCCUACCACUGCCUUAGCUGAUUUAGUGCACAUGCCAUUCAUUAAUGUUCUUUCUGUAGUUUAAAGCACACGCUGGUUAAGAACAAUCUACAAUAUCAUGAAAAAUGCUCACUUGACGCAAACCGCACAACCCGAGUGGCACCCUUCAACCACUUGCUGCACACUGUUGCUGAAUGAGACAGCACAUGAACACGCGUGACGGUAAACAAAGAUACGUGUUCGCCGUAGGCUGAAGACGGAUCUGUUAUUAAGAAUAAGUACUAAAUAACAAAUAACAAAGCAUUCAUUGAUAAACAAGCCCGAGUCCUCCGAGUCCCAACACAACCAGAGCAAAAGUCAGAGUCUGGACUCGAGUCAGACUUGAGUCGGAGUCCUGGACUCGAGUACUACAACACUGCGAGAGAUUAGAUAAUCCAUGUAGUGUAUGUUCUAUAUGGGGCUUGGGUGUUUUUUUUCAUGAUAGAUGUCAAAAAAAAGUCUUGAAAAUGUAUGAGCCAAGAUGUCUAUAUUUUUCAUGUUGUCACUUAAGUGUUCCCUUUUAAAGUCAGGUAUAUCAGCUCAGGGAACACAGCACUGACAGGCCAAGAUUUGUAGUCACCACUGGGACUCUGGAGGAAAAGGGCAACUCUGACAUAUUGAUGCAGAGUGAGGGCAUGACCUGUUGUGCUGUCACUAAUCAAUGUUCACCUCAACCUUCAACGUCACCUCAACAGUCAACACCUCCUGCAAAGACAGAUCUCCCGUGUACCAAAACAAUCUGACAGCAUUUCAGCUGGGUGGAAAAUUUCUUACUCUGCCUUCCUCUGUUGAAGGAGAGGUGAUCUUGAGUGCUCCAUUGCAGGCACUCUUUAAUGGGCCGGGUGUUAUUGUGCUACGUAAAGCAUGACGUUAAAGAUGUGUGAAGAGAAUGCUGAGGAGGCAAAAGGAAAUGAUGCACAACUAAACCUCUUCCUCACUACCCAUGAGCCCCUCCCUUUUCUGCACUGUAAAUUUAUGGUUCCUGCUGAAUGCAAGCUGAGCUGUUCUGCAUAUUACCCAUCAUGCCCCUGGAGAGGGCUAUAGAUCACAGGAUUGCUCAUUGGCUUGAGACUAAAUGCACUGUACAGUUAAAAGGAAGAUAAGACGGAGUGGGCUCCAGCGUUAUACAUUUUUUCUACCUGAGGAGGCAAGACAACCUUCGAUAUCUGGUUAGAGUAAAUCAGGGGGAAAAAAAAGUGGAUUAUAAAUUCAUAUCUCACAGCUGAUCAAGGGUUUACUUUAGGCCCCGCAAUGAAAGACAGCUACAAAAAACCUAUUUGAACAUGCUGUGUCAGUAUAUAAUCCAUCACACGUUUGCAUUAGCCUGAUCUGCUGUUUCACUUCAGAAAACUGUGCAAAAGUAGAUUAAAAAAACACUUCGGUCAAAGGCACAGAGAAAGUACACCUACAUUUGGAGAGCAGAAACUUGUUUCCAGUCAAACAUACAGAGCUAAUCUUCUCAUAAAACCUCUGUAACAGUUUUUGACUAAACCAGAGCGACAUACAAAUACAGCUACGGCACAGUGAGGAUUAGAAGUUAUCCCUUAGCGUUAAAUCUGGGCUUCUUUCAAAACUCAUGCUAAUGGUCGGGCUCUCUCACUUGAAACCAUUUCAUUUCUGAUGGAGAGCGGCUCUCUUUGAGUCAUUAAGUCCUCUCAGUAAAUCAGUACAUGAAGAUCUCUUCAGAGUUAUCAGUCAGGAUACAUCAUCUUGUUGAGAUGAGAAUAAUUUUCCUGAAAUGGAACGCAAAGGCGUUUCAGUACAGUGUUGUAUCAGUGCUGUCUUGUAGAUUUCAGUCCUUGCAACAUCUACUUACUUUAUACUUUGUAAUAAAAAUUGUUUUAAGGAUCAUUAGGGAAUUGUUAUUUUAUGUAUUACAUUAACUAAAAUUAUAAAUCAAUAAGCUGUUAACUUUUGUAUUAGGGUAAAGAAUGAAAAAAAGAGAUAAUUGUGUUUCAUCAAGUCAAGUGGUGCUAUUUUUUGUCUUUCCUAGUUCAAGCAUGCCAACAGAAGUAGAUUCUGUCGACAUGAGGGACUGAGAUGAAAGUAUGGUUGGAGAAUAAAGCAAGAGUGCCUCACUGUUUGUUUCAGAGCUUACCACAACAAGCUAUUAUUGGGAUCCCCUUCAGAAACAGCACUUAUGUGUUCCUCACUACCCAGGUGUGUUCAAUACCUCAUUCUGAUUGGUCAAAAUGCCAUUAUUAUAUUGAUUCUCCACAAAAGUAGCAUCAGGGACAACUCGAUCAUACGCUUUGCAUCAAAUCCAUCUGAGGAAGUGAGUUCUGGCACAUUAUACCUUUACUUGUUGGACACUGGAUGGAUAUGUUGAGUGUUUUACACCUAGAUCUUUUCAGGAGCGGUUUCCUUCUUGGCUCUGAUUGUUUGCUAAAGAGGUUGUCUCAGCUCGCUUUCAGACAAACCUCCAGAAGUUUGUUUGCAGGGAAAAUGCAAUCAAACCAUGGCUUUGUGGUUAAAGCCUGCUCCCCGUGUGCAGAACCUGUAGCCCUCAUCACAGAGUUUGCUGUUUCAGCUCCUGCACAACCAUCCCCUGCAUCUUCUCCCCAUCCCUCCUCUCCACACAUCUCCUGUCUCUCUUCAGCUGUCCUAUCAGUUGCAGAUGCUUGACUCCAGUGGUAGGUGAGGAAGUUGAUAUAAAAAUAGCAACAGGCUAAUGCUAUUCACCAUCUCCAUCAAAUUCAACAUGAGCAGAAGGGCUACAUAAGAGGACUCAACAUCAUUUGCAAGUUUAGUCCAGGAAUUAUGUCCAACUUAUCAUAUAAACAAUCCUUCUCGUCACUGGAACCUGCACUUAUCCCAGGCUUGUUUCAUACUUUUACAUGCUGCUGUCUGAGUUUCUUUACUUUCAGGUGACUCUUCAGCAGAGUGAAAGCCCCUCCUAUUCACACAUUGACCCACAUGCCUGUAAACCUCUGUAUGGAGUGGUGUUGAGCAUUUAUAUGUUCAUCAAAUAUGCUCAUCCAUCUAAAUAUCAAUGAGGCAUUUAAUCUCCGCACUGCUUCAAUUUAACCCACAACUCAAUUUCUGGUGGGUUGACUCGUUGGUGUUAGAUGGGAAUCUUGGGUCUAGCUUCCCCAAAGACAAACCCAUAGACGUGGCAUUUGUAUAGCCACACACAGUAAGAAAAGAAGGGUUUGCUAAUGCAAAAGUAGAGACUUGCAGUCAUCUGUGCAUCAACCACUUUGAAAUAAUGCAGUGAACAUAAAACGAGAUCUGACUCCCGAGGGAAAGAUCUAACAGUGUAUCACUUUAUUAUGUAAAUCAGAACAGAGUGAACAAGCUACAGGUGUGAAAGUACUCUUAAAUCCACUUGAAAGUUGGACAACAAUGACAGAUGUGAGAGCGCAUCAAGAAACAUCUCCAAUUGAGGAAACCAAAGAGAGAGGAACUAUUUUUAAGGAUGUAUAAAUAAACCAAUUAAGUCUAAAUAUUAACUUUGGGCCAACUUGUCUUUGACUUUUGUUGAUAGCUAGUUAAUUGACAGAAUAAUGUGAACGGGUGGUUAUGUAAGCAGGAAACCAACAUUUCUCACCUUGUCAGGAUUCUAGAUUACAUUUGCACAUAUUCACUAAAUGUCAUCCCUCUCAUAUAUUUAUCCAGAAUUAUUUUCCUCUGGCAAAUUUUUCUUACACAAAGCAUUUCAAAAUGUUCCCUAACUGUUUUAGAGACCCUCAGUUUUUAAAAGGGAGACUUUUGCAGACUAGAUGGCCUCUGGCUCUCAGUAAGCCUAACCUGUUUCCAUGCUAUGCUUUUUCCAUGUUCCCCUGAGACUUGACUUUUACAGAGUUUACCCGGUGGCCUUUCAGGCAUAAGGUCUUAAGUUCUGGUUUAUGUUACACAGUUAUAAUUGGCUACCUGAUAUUACUCCAGAGAGAUGAACAGUAUGUCAGAGGACUUGUGUUUCCAGUGUGCUGUGAGCCACCCAGAGGUUAUUUGAUUUCAACUACAUUAUUAAUGGUGCAUUCAUGGUCAGUGGAUGGCAGGACUUUGAUGAAUUAAACGUCAAUCAUUGGUUCAUAAGUUCAUCAGUUGAUUGGUUUAAGAACAAAGAAGAGUCAUUAUCAAGCCAAAGUAGAACCGUGUUGUUGCAGACUUGUAAAGUUUCUGCAUCCUCAGCCUCUGUCAUCUGUUUUUCACUGUACUCAGAUUUUGUGAGUCGUUUGGUUAAUUGCUGUGUUUUACGGCUGCUAAUUUAUCAGGUUGUUAAAUGUGGCAUCCUUUGCGAUAUGUAAUUUAUUUUCAGGUCCCAAAUGCUCCUUCAUCUAUUAGGAAACACUUGUCCUACUGUUCUUUUAUUUCAUUCACUUGUUAAUAAAAACUUAAAACUUAAAAACAUGGUACACAUGUAGGAAAGCAAUAUUUCAGCUGCCCAGCUGUGCUGCCUGUCUUACAACAUGGUUCAGGUUUCAGCUAGUACCAACACCUCAGCUAACAAAACCUGAGCUAACACCAUCUAUGGACUACAUAAAAGUUUAGCAAAAGUUGCUUUUGGAUCUGGUCUGUCACUUCUUAAAAUUCCUCCAACCUUUGUUAACUCAGCAGCUGGAUCAGAUUUAGUGGUCUCUUCUGCUUUUAAUUAUACUAGCUGGAUGAAGUGAAUCACAUCAGCAGGGGGGAACUGGGCCCAGACUCUGUGUAAUCUGUGAUCUUUUACUCAUCAAUUGUUUGUCUAUCUGUGACUAUUUGUAAUGUUUCAUUAAAAAGCCAUAACUAUUGUUUAUGACUACAAACAUCACUUAUAUCAGUGUAUGACACACCAGUAACUAGCAUAGGUUCACUGAUUUGAUAGCGUGAUGCUAACUUCAUGGAACUUUGUAUAAGUUUCCUUUUCAGUCAUUCAGAAUGUAACAGAACUGAUCGAUAAUCAGAAAUGACUUCAGCCAUCACCUCCUCUUCUCUUCAACAGUACAUGGAUACUGAUAAAAAAAUAUAUAAAAGAAGGCCUAUGUUUAAAACAUCAGAAACACAGCACUAUAGUGUAUUGAGGUAUGUUGUGUAGAAGUAUCUCUCAUCUAAAAAAAAAAUGCUUUUUUGUGGAGGUGUAAAUUCACCACUUGAUGCUCCUCUGAGGAACUUUCAGUUUGUGUCACCUUGUUGACAAAUAUAUAUAUUUUCUUGUUUCAUUCUGUUGACUUUGAUGGUCAAUGUCAUCAUUUACGGCCAAUAUUUUAUGAGUAAUUUGUUAAUUCAGCUGCUGAGCUGACACCUACCCCCUCGCACCGCUUUUAGGCAUUCAAAACUGCAAUAUAUAAAUAGUCAUUCUUGUUGACAUCAUUAGUAUGAAUUUUAGACAUCAUUAGUAAAUCAGUAAUUUUAGUAAAUUUCAUAACCAUCAAAAAACUCCUCACGGGCCUUUAAACUAUCUAGUAAUUGGCUUUAAGGUCACAUCAGGAAAUCAGAUGGUUAAAUAUUUAUUUGGUAAGUUCAGGGGCAUGUUAAUAAUACGAUUAAAUACGCUUUAAAGGUACACAGUCAUUAAAGUAUUAAUGACUGUCUGGUUAAAGUGAGAGAAAUACUUCAACAUGAUGAAAACUGCUAAAAUAAGGGAGCUGUGUUUUUUACUACAUUAAUAGAGUCAUCUUAGAUUGAUUAAGGAGACAUGUUUUCUGUGUUGCAGACAGAUAAUUGCUUUGACAUAUGGGAUGUAGAGGAAUGAAGAAGAUAACAGUGUCUUUAAGGCAAUUACAGAACAAGAAGUAAAACCUGGGGAAAAUACUGCAAAUGAAACACUCUUAAAAAACGAACAGGAAUUACAUGUUUUACAGUCGAGCAGGUGAGUCCCCCAUCUCAGAACGUACAAAUAUCGCCCCGCAGGUACAGCAGCCUCUAUUACAUAUUUCAUUAAUUCAUACCAUUUUGCACGCUCUCAUCUCUCCAGUAAUAAUAUUGCCUCAUGCUGCAGGGCAGCCAGCGUCCAUCAUGCAUAGUGUCUACACUGAUCUCAGUGUUUCAUGGAACAGCAAGUGCAGUGUGCCCACACACACAUGCAGACACACAAUACAACAAACUCCUCAGAUGUAAUGUGCUGUCCUGGUAAAUUAGGAGCCUUUACCUGUUAAUGAUCUCCUUACAAAACUAUGUACCAUGAACUCAAACAGCCUGAGUAUUAAAACAGCUCAGUAUUAGUCAAACUUAUUAAACCUCACAGUUGAUAUCAUGCAGUAUAAGCAAUGGAGAGAUUAACUUCAUUUUCUGACAGAAUUCCAGUCAUAUGUUUGCAGUAAAAAGCAUUUCUUUGACAAACUUAAGAACAGUGCAUCAGCAGCUGUCUUUCCACACUGUCAGGCUUAGUCGAACACAGUGAAGAACAGGAUGAAUAAUAGUCAUUUUCUCAGCACUGAGUAUUAAAGUGGUGGGGGUGUGGGGGAGUUUUUAGGAUGCUGUUUGACAUUAGAAGAGAAAAGGGGAGAGAAAGACAUGAUUAGUCACAGGUGUUCUGGCUGCUGACGCAAACUCCUCAUGCUGGUCACCGGGUACGUUCAUGUAAAAAAAGGACUCAUUCCAGCGCUGGGAUGAGUGGGCAGUGAAAGAUAGUAUGAUAUAUGCACUUAGGUAAGAGUUGAUUAAAAUAAAAAAUUAACAGUUGUGUUCAGAUUGAAUGGUUCAUGGAGAGUUCCUCUGGCAUUUUCAUUGGGGUUCAUAAACGUGGGGAAUGACUUUGACUCCCUCUCCCUGUAUUUAACCAUGAAAGUGUCUGCUCGGUAUUGAACAUAAUUACAGGUGAAUGUAGCAGGACUCAGUCAGCUGGACAAAAACUACUUCAUAGAGCAAAACAAAAGCAAAGGCCCGUGUUUCUAAAAAUCAAUAAAAGCAAUACCCUUACAGAGUUUUAUUAUAUUAGACCAGGAUUGAUAAUGCAAUGGUCUGAAACAGAAAAAGAACAAGUGCACUUAAACAGGACUGAAUAGUCUGUCUGUGUGAGCGAGCGAUGAGAAAGAACAAGAGCAACCGCAGAGGGUAAUAAUGCAGCUGGAACACAAGUGUUAAAGAAAAUAAUUCAGUUUGCUUUGGAGAGAAAAUGAAGACAUGGUGAUUUUUGCAGGAUUUGUAUCCCUUUUUGGUUGAAUUAGGCUGUAAAAUCUGUCUCAUUUUUCUAACCCAGGUAUGUCACAUCAUUACAAGUUUUUAUAUUUUUAUAUGUUUUUUUUUUUUCUUCCUGAUAACUUUUAAAGCUUGGCAUUUUGGCGUGGCCGUUUAAAGCUUCUCUCUUCCUCUAAACACAUUACAUAAACACAUGUGGAGAAGUGCUUCCUGUGAUACAAUAAGAUAUUAUACGAUAAACUUGUAUUCACCCCAUAGUGGGAAAAUAUGCAGUGUUACAGCAGCAAAGGCAAAAAUAGCAAACAUUUGAGUUAUCUUACCUGAGAAAAAUGUAGGUAUUUGCAACUGUAAAAAAUAUCUAGCCUGUCAGUAUUGCCCAUUUAGGUAGCAUUGAGUUAUUGUCCGUUAGUUGUGCUAAAAUAACUAGACCACUGGGAGCAGGUCUGGUUAAACAGUCUGACAGCAGCAAGAAGGAAGGACUUGCAAUAUCUCUCUGUCUCACACCGUGGGUGAAGAAGACUGUCACUGAAGGAGCUGUCCAGCGCUGUUACAGUGCUCUGCAGGGAGUGGGAAACAUUGUCCAUGAGAGACGAUAGCUUUGCCAUCAACCUCCUGUCCCCCACCACCACUACAGGGUCCAGAGGGCAGCCCAGAACAGAGCUAACCCGUGACCAGUUUGUUCAGUCUGUUCCUGUCUGCAGUUGUGAUGCUACGGCUCCAGCAGACUACUCCAUAGAAGUCAGAUAGAAAUACUGAACUCCUGUUAAACUUGUGGAUGACUUUUUAGUGUUCUUAUUCCUCAGCUCUAAGUCACAAGCACAAAUAAGCUUUCAAUGAUACAUGUUAGAGAAGUUCCUCUUAUACAGAAGCCUGAAGUAGACAUGCAUACACACAUAUCAUAACCACCUAUGACAGCUUUUCUCUGGAGGGUCACAGCUGAAUUCAAAAGUAAAGUGUAAUAACAGAUAGAACAGUAGUGUGCUAAAUUAUUUUAAAAAAAAAUAAAAGGCCAUCUAAAAAAAUUAUAUAUUUAAGGUAGUUUUCAAAAAUAUAUAUAUAUCUUAGUGAAGAUCUGCCAUCCUUGUGAGGAGUGGUGGGGUGGCACUCUAGCGCCCUCUAUUGACUAGCCUUCACCUCUGGUCACUAUGCCACAGUGGCCUACACUAAUGAAGUAACUUAGGUCUAUUUCUGUGGUUGUAUUGUACAUUUAGAAUUCUUGGAGUCAAAGUUAAGACCAAGAUCUGGAUGAGAGGAUGAAAACUCUUCUAAAUUUAUAAUGCAAACAUGUUAUGAUGGAUUGAAUGAUAAAUAAAUAGAUAGAAAGAAUGUAUGAAUGAACUCUUAUUCCUGAUGUAUAGUGCCUCUCUGUAAUGCAGCAGUGGAAGAAUAUUAAGUCUCCACUUAAAUCAAAUACCUGUUGGCUGUGUUUGGCUUUAAUAGAGUAAAAUAUCGUAUAUGCCAUCUUUUAGGAGCAAAACGUGAUUUCACAGGGUUAGUUUACUUGGCUGAAUUCAAGAAGCAGUGAAAUUUGGUUUUAUUACAGAGGGAGACAGUGCUAUAAAGAAAAUAUGGAGCAACAGGGCAGAAGGAGACAAAAAAAGAAGACUGCUGUGUUUCUCCAGGGUUUGAAAACGUCAUUUUUCACGGUCAAAGUCAUGGACAGAACAGAGUACAAACUGCAGCUGAAAGGGACUACAGUAUUAUCAAUCGGAUGUUGUCCAACGGGGCUGAAGAAAGGAGACUAUCAUGGGGAACUGACUGCAAGUUUUGAGAACAUAGAGGGAAAUGCCUUUUCAAGGCAAGCCAGAGUGUAAUACGACGCCAGAAUCUUUCAGAGAAGUUCCGAGAUUUUCAAUCAGAAGUUGCUGCACAUAAAGUUAGAGCACUUUGAAAACUUCUCAUUAUUCCCUGUUGAAAAUGCAGAAUUUAUAACACACGUCACCAGAUACUGUUUGAUGUGAACAUCAUGGUCACAUGCUCCUUUGACUAUGGGACAGUUCCUCAUUGAAGGCAUCUUUCAUCAUUUCAAAGACCCUCACUUGAAACAGCUGCAAUAAUGAAAAACAUUCUGAUCAUAGAUGGCUUUGCAUCGGAUUUCAUCGACCAAAAAUGAAUGUCAGAUCCAAAUAAGCCACAGCCAGAACCCAACACCCACACCUGAAAAUAAUAAUCCAAACUUUUUUUUUGUUUGAUAUCAGGAUACCGUUGGCAAAACUAUGCACACCCCCUGUCUUUUUAAAGUCCAGUUCUCUGGUUUCAUUUUGACAUUUCUCUCAGGACACCAACAAUGGAUGCAGGAUCAGAUAUCAUCCUACAGAUCUAAAAUUUGAAUAUCCAGAGCUCAAAAUAAAGCUGUUUUGCUCCAUUAUGUUUGGAAACAAAAAGCACAUCACAAACUUUAAAUCCCAGGGCGUGCCAGAGACAUCUCUUAUAAAUCACAUUUUAUCCAACUCUGGCAAGGACUCACUUUAAAUCCCCUAAAGCUUGAUUCUGAAGUAGUUUUGAGUCUCAUCAAGCUGCUGGUGGUUGAUUUUAUACGUCUAAAUAAAACAUUCUGCUGAUUAGACAGAAAAACGGCAAGCAGAUUGUUUUUCUCUGUGUAAAAUCAACACUGAUUGUAUGCUUGCUCUUCAAUGGUCGCAUUAAAUAAAGUGUUAAUUUAUUCACAACACAUCUACAGUAGCAGACUAAGCAAAAUACUGAAAGAAGAAUCACACAAAGUUAUCAUGAAGUAAAAUCUGAGCUUAGCUCUAUCCCCGUCAUUUGACUGAAUCCAAAACGGAGCAUGUUGCAGGUGUCUCAAGACAACAGUAAAUUUUGCCAGAUCUCUGAGCAGUGCAGGGAUUUAGAGAUGGGUAAUCGUCCAACAGCAACCUCACCAGCUCCAAAGAGACAGACUGGUUCAUUAUUCUGAGAAAAACUACAUUAAUUAGUUGCCCACCUUCCUGUUGUUCUCCUUAAGGCCUUUUUCCCUCUGUUAUCAUUAGGUAAUCAUGUAUGAUUGUCCUGGGGUGUAAACAUCAAGCUACAAAGUAAAUCAUCAUAAUGAGGCUUGUAAGGUCUGUGCAAUUGGUCCUCCGGGGGAAAGAUUGACUAUAGCUUCUGUAGGAUACUGGUGAGCGGUAUUUGCGUUCUUCUUGAGUGCAUGGUAUUCAAAAGGCUAAUGGAGCUCAUGGUAAGCAGAGAUUACACCAGGGGUGUCCUGUCAGAGCAGCUCAUACAGAGAUCGCUGAGGGCCUCAUCUAAUAUGUGCUGAAGGAGUAGAGAGAAAAACAUGAAAUAUUCUUCCAGCAACUUCGUCAGCUGAGAUGGUAUCUGACAUUUCCUUUUCACAAGGACAUGGGGUUUACAUUUAGUGAUAUUGGAGAGGCUGGGGGCUUUGAAGCUUGUGUGGUGAUCCCAAAAGAGUAACAUCAGUACAUCAUGUCACAAAUGGAGGGAAAAGAUGCCAGAGAUAUAAUUAACUGUUCCCACUUUUUUAUGUAUUACCAUAGACUGUAAAUACUAUGGACAACUUGGUUCCGCGUCCCGCCAGUAUACGGAUUUGAAGCCGAAAAGCCCUCGGUAUUUCCGUGUUUUUCUCCAUUUCCUAAAACCAAAAUUGCGCAGUAGCAUUGUACGCAUUCGGCGGGAGUGUCACCAAGAGUUGCUGUGAUGACGCUCGGCUCAAACAGCGUAUCCCCUGGGUGAGCUACACAAUCUUUGUACACCCAUAGGCUGUAUCAGGUGUCAAUCAUAGAAUAACUUAACUUUUAAAAAUGGAGCUGUACAGAAUAAAAGAUAACUUGAGCACAAACCCGUCUUACUGUAACUACAUGUGAACAUCACAACCAGGGGGAAUCUAUUCUGUUUUUUCUAAAGUUUGUCCACAGCCCCAUAGGGAUUGUUGGAGGAGGCAGGAUUUAUGACCUAUACUGCAGCCCGUCACCACAGGGUGCUGUUCUCAGGGUGGCUUCACCCAGCAAGGAGGCAGACAGCAUCCACUCUAUAUACAGUCUAUGUGUAUUACCUAUUCCUUACAAAGGACUUCUUAAACAUAUACAAUACAAUUUAGAGUAUAAGGCACACUUACCUUUUAAAAUAUUUUGUUCUAGCAUUUUUCCAUCUUAAAAGGAUGCUAUGUCCUAUACAAAAGUGAAACAACUAUAACAGUAUACAAUGCAAAGAGCAUGAUUCUAUUGUCUCGAGGUGUUUUACCCAGAAGAUGGCGCCACACAAGCUUUGUCACAGACAUACACCAAUAUCCCAGUCACCAUAAGUCACUGCAUACUUGACAAGAUUAUGAUUUGUCUCCUUAUUGUAUAUUGCAAGUGCAUUACCUCUGUUAAGUCAUUGAACAGCUGAGACAGAAAGGUUUAAGACACUUUUCUUUUGUUUUCAUAGACAACACCCUGCUCUGAGCACAAACAUGCUUGGACACAGUUAGACAGUUCCCAUGUCGCUGUUGUGACAGAACAAGAUAAACGCCAAAUCAAGUUUAGCUUUGACGGCUGUACUUUUGCUCAAAACUGAUGGUUUGGUCACAAAGUUGCUCCCCCCUCUCCAGCCCUGAUUUAUGUGUGCAAGGACAGAGAGAGAAACAGAGAGAGAGAGAGAUAGUUGUUGCACAAGUGUACACCACUGUGCAAAUGUUUGCUAUUUAUCAUACAGUGACAUUGUGAACAUUAUUGUGAAUUUAUGAGGGCUUCUCCUGCAUAACGGCAACAUUUCAUGACAAUUACUGAAUUGUGUGCAUUGUUGUGCUGAAUUGAUGGACCACCCUCUGUACUGUUAUCAGUCAAAGUGACAGGUGGUCAUCAAAUGUUCCCUCUUUGUUCAAUACAUUUUCUCAAAGGCAGAAAACAUCCUGUUAUUGCAAACUCCGGGGCUGGGCAAGCACACUGAUAGGAUGAGUGUAAUCUGGUAGAUUUAUUUAAGCAUAUUUGCUGACAACAGCUGCCUGCUGCUGGCAAUGAAUUUGAUGGCUGUGAGGAUCUCACCAAAAUGUUUAAGUCGUGAAAAUUCAAAACCAACGCAGUUACCUGCAAGAUGCUGAAACUGUCUUUUUUGAGUUUGGUCAUUAUAUUGUUUUAUUAUGAGGCCCUCUGUCUCAGCCGCAUUUUCAACAAUAAAAGCAAACAUUUAAUCUAUAAAUAUAUAUAUAUACCAAGGACUUUUGAACAAAACACAUGACCACCAGAGGCCAGUCAGCUUAAAUGUCUGCCAUAGUGUAUAUAAUUAUAACCAAGAUGCACAUAAAGCACUUUAAAACACAGGCAUUCAAAUCGAUAUGUUUGCAGCUGAAGCACUGAAGACAUUUAGGGAGUCCUGACAUAAGUAGACUUAAAAAAUACAACAUUUUUAAAGACACUUAAGAGUCAUAUCAAAAAAGCCAAUAAAGUAACAAUAACAAUUUAAAAUAAUUGUUAUUGCAGUGAUAAGGGCUGCUUUAUGCUCCUGUAAUUACUCCUCCAUUAGUUUACAAAAUGUCUCCUACUCCCAAAGCACGAUCCUCUGGAGUGCUUUUCUACUGCCUGUGUGUUCACAACUACAAACCCCUCUCUCUCUCUCCCUCCUUUUUACCCCACAUUUCAUACACACUUGUGGUGCCUGCAAAGCCGUCCACCGCUCCCUCCCACAAUGAGCAAGAGCUGGCUGCAGGACACAAACCCCUGGAGACUAACUAUCUUAAUUAGCCAGUAUUCCUUUUUCCAAAGAGAGGCAUGCCACAGCAGAGGGCACAGUGAGAGAAGGCUGACCCGCUGCUUGUCACUGAAAGCUUAACCGGGUUAGGGGCAAAGUGAGAACAUCUAACAGCGGGGUGAUCAAAGACGGAACACACAAAUCAAUGUGGACUGAACAAGUGAGCACAAACCUUCUCUACAGUACGAGUGUGUAUGUGUGCAGUCACACACAUUAAAAACUCCAGAGCCUGUACCAAAUUGAAACCAUUUAAGCUUGAAAAACAGCUGGACUGCUGAGAUAUCACCUCGUCUGGACACCUCAGCGAGUUUAUUAUGGAUAUCCGAAUUCAAAUAGCUCUUCCUUUUCCUCCCUUCCCAUACUGCUGACAGUUUCAUCGGCCUCGGCCAUGUGUUAUCGAGCAGAAGAAGAAACCAAAGCACCUGAGCCUAUAACCACAGAGCCUUUGAAGGUAUUAGGAUGCAUAUUGACAAUACAGGACCCUGGGCAAUUACAGCCCUUAUCUUCCUGCCUGACAAACAGUCUGCUUCAUUAUGGGCUUUUAGCUGACACCUUACCUCAGCCUUCCCCAUUGAAAUAUCACUGCUAAUGCAAGAAAUGAGACUGCUAAGAGGUUUUGUUAAAUUUAUCUGGAUUGUUUAAGCAUAAUUUUUCUUUUUUAUAAUGCUUUUAAAGCUUCCAUUAGUGAGAGGAUGCAGUAAAUGACAAUUGAAGAAACUGUACGGAGGAUGAGGAGGAGGAGGAUGAAUAGAUAACUACUGAGGGGAAAGCAGGGCGCAUGCUUGUUUGAAUUCUUUCAAGUAGAUAACAAUUGAAAUUACUAAAGAGGACUCAUUUUGCGGCUAAAUUGAGUGAAAGGAAUUAUUCUGAAGCUUACAGUUUUGGUUCUUUAUUAAAUGUUUUAAGAAUACCUUUUGUGUCAAGGGUAAAGGUAAGGGUUGAAUUCGUACCUGGACUGCUGCAUGUUUCUGGUAAAAGGAAACUUUAUCACUGAAGAAAGUAAGUGUGCCUAUUUCCACCUCAGAGCACCCUUUGGGGAUGAUUAUGCUAAUGUUAUCUGUCAUUGUAAGUCAGUUCAGUUUAUGGACAAGUAAAAAUCUAAAAAGUUUCCAUUUUUUACUUCGCUUAUAAGAGAACUCUUCUGGUAAAAUAUAAAGAAAAUGUUGCAUAAGUCUCUAGGUGGAUUCAGCUAAAGUGCAUGGAUAGUUCUCGCAAACAUCAGACUAAGAAUACUCACUGGAUUUAAGUAAAAGGUCCAGAUGCACACGGUAAACUUAAGUCACAUCAUACAGAGCAGACUGGGAAAUGUCCUCAAAGUAGGAGCAACCAUGGAUACCAUUGAAAAUAUACCAUGAGCUGAUCAAAUCCUCGGUCUCCCACCUCUAGAAAAGGCGGGUCGUUGAGUGCAGUAAGUUCAGUGAACUUGCCAAAACUGAUUCGGCAGCAGGAUCCUUCUAUGUGCAGUUCUCAAAUUCUGAUUAAAGGAGCACUAUUUUUGUAUUUCAGCUAGCUGUAGCUACUGCCGCUUCCAUUUCUUCAAUACAUUCUGGUUACAACGAUGACAUUUCAGGUGACUGAUUAGUUGUGAUAAAAUUUGGAGGCUGCCUUUUUUCCUUCCCUCAGAAUACUUGCAACACAUAUGUGGCACAUACUAAUUGUGUUAUCCUCCUCUCAAACUGUGUGACAUUAUUUUUAUUGUAUAAGCUUAUUGAUAUUUAAAACAAGAACAUCUAUCAACUGUUUGAAACAAAAUUUUAACAUUAGAGUACGUGGAACAAUGAAAUAUUCCCAUUAUUAGCUGAUAAAUUACUAGACCCAUUUCUAGGUCUCACUCCGCUAGGUAAGAAAAAAGGACCCCCUGUGCAUCAGCAAAAAAGCUAACACUAAUGCUGAUCAUUUUUAAUCAAAAAAUGUAACAGAAUUCAGUGUAUCCCACAAUGCACCAACACAGCCCACUCUUAUCAGCUGAUGGCAUCAAACUGCUAGUGGACUUCUUCAAAGACAGCUUAUCCUGCAAAAUAGCCCCUUGCUUCCGAUGACAGGACUUAAACUAAUAUGAAAUAUCAAACAACAUCAAAAUAAAUAUCAAAUGUCAAAUUGUUUUAUCAGAGAUUUCACACGGCUGUUUAAAAUGUCAUUAAAACCCCUGCGGAACUGGCACUUGGUCCAAACUGUAUUCGUCUUGGGUAAUGUGCAUAUUUUUGGUUUGGGGAUGCUACAAUUAGUACGACUACAAAAAGAUUCUGCUUUACAUCCUCUAGAUUUUACGUUUCAAUCUUGUGGGAAACUUGAACAUCUGACCGGUUACCAGAAAUUUUCUUUUGUGAUGAAAAAUUGGAAAUUCAGUUCAGAUGACUGACCUUAUAAAUUGGAUGGAGAGUGACAGGCUAUGGGAACUGAGAGUGGGGUUUAUUGGGGUAACCAGUGUUUUGGGUAAUAUGUUGUACUGCGCAAUAAAGAGAGAUUGAUUUAAAAAAAAAUCUGCCAUUUGAAAUAGUAUUGUGUUAAACAUAUAAAUUAUACCCUAAUGUUUGUAGAUGGUGCAGUUUCUUACGUUGAAAGCUGUGUGUUACACUUCUCAGCUCCCAAAGAUGUCAUUUUUUAAAGUCAUCUACUUGUAGCUGUACUACAUUCUUGAUUCUACAUAAUUCAUCUAUCAAUUCAUGAAUGAAUAAGUACUCAUUAAACAAGUGUGUCCCAGUUAGUUCAAAUACACUUCUACAAACACACAUACUAGAGAUGCGCUGUCUAUGGUGCUGAAAUCUCUCAGAAAACCGAGGCACUGAUUUUAGAGCAGAAACUCUAACAUGUCCAGCGUCUCACAGUCUUCUGAUCAUGUGCCUUUUGUGACAGUAACAUAUAAGGGUUUGUUUUGGAAUGGGUCUUUCGGUGCAGUCCUUAAAACCAAUUUCAGUGCUGAUUGAGUGGAAUGUUUCCCCCCCUUUUCUUUCCUCUUUUGAAAAAAAAAGAAAAAAAAUCAAAGUUCAAGCCCAUCAGCUAAUGAGCUCUAAUUACAAAUGGUGUCUUAUUGUACCUGCCAUGUGACAUCUUAUGAUGUUACCUUGGGAACACAGCAGGUGCCAUCCUGCUGUGUCGCUAUAGGGAAACUGUGUACAAUAUGGCCAUUAAUUAAAUUUGUCAAAGCAGCACAUCAAAGAUAGAGGUUUACCCCCUUGCUCAGGGUUUCUGUUGUUUUUUUUUUCCCAGUUUCUGAUAGCUGCUGACUCCAGAGUCUAGUUUGUAUAAAAGAGAUAAAUGGGUAGUUAUGAACCCCCAGUAACCCCAAAAGCAAAGGCCAAGGUUUUUGCUGCAUUAACAUCAAAAUUAAAAUCAACAUUUUAUUCACAGUUAAAUUGUAACAUCCCUUUUCUGCUUAAUUUCACAUUAAACUAAACACCGUUUUACAGUUAUGUUGAAAUAUUUGCAUCUGCAGUUGGCAUGUUGACAUAAUGUAUAAAAUAAGCAUAAAAACCUGUUUUUUAGGGUCUUCUGCUGGGUAUAUUUUUAAACCUGUUGACAUUUUAUUUGCACCUAUCUGAUCCUUUAGCUCUGCUAAAACCCAUACCAUGUUCCUUUGCUCCUGUCUUCAUCAAUCUGGAUUAUAUCUCAUUUUCAUCUGUUAUUUUAACCUCACUCCCUGUUUUUUUUUUUUUUCACUGUUCUUUUCACAGUUUUUCCUUUUACUCUUUUUUUUCUUUGCAGGCGACUGGUCAGACAUUACCAAAAAUGUUUUAUGCUCUUCAAAGAUUAAUUAUCCACCAUGUUGUUUAACGAUUUACAGUUUUGAAGGGAAAUAUAUUUCUGCCACAGUGUCAACAGGCAAAGGCGAACGUGCUGGAACUCCUGAUGUGAUUUGGAGUUACGAAAAAUUAAUCAUGGUUGUUACGAUUUUUGACCAAUCAAAAUCUAUCAUUAAACACACCCAGGUAAUAGAGUUUAACACUUGUACGCGCAAUAAGCAUCAGGUGUGUAUAAUAUAUGAUCAAACUGCUGUAGGGAUCUUUGUUUUCCCCGGGUAAAGAAAUAUCUUCGGUGAAGUGGUCUGAAGGAAGCAGGCAAAGAGGAAAUAGUUCAGACAGACAAUGUUUGCAGAGGACAAAUAAAAAGCCGUACAGAGUGUGCCGAGGGAGAAGAAGAAACUGAGUAGAAACUGCAGAGAUGGCUCAGCAGGAGAGAGGCCUGACUGCAAUGUACACAGAGUCUGCCUCAGUUUGCUGUAAAUAAAAGAAGAAUUCAUAUGAUUAGGUAAACAUUUCAUCACUGUUGCUUUCAUUUUAAAAGUUAAUCUAGGCAUGAAUCAUGUAUGCAAGAAUAAAUCAUUUCCAUCUUUUUAAAUCCGCACACUUAUUUUGAAGAUAACUUCUUCCGAUAAAACAGGCUGAUGCUUAUCCCCUAUUCAUUUUUUUUUCUCCAUCUCACUCUCUCUGCCGCUCUCGGUUUGAAUCUUUAUCAGUGGAUUAGUGACUGUGCCUCGCCUCAGUGUUAAAAUGGGGUCAACUAUUCAAAUUUCCACCAAGCCCCUUUGAGUGAAGCAUUUCCAAACAUAGUUUCCACUGUCCAGCUUUGUGUUGUAUAAGCGCUCUUUUGACACUCAGAGCUAUAAAAGAGCCGCAGUGCCUCCGGACAAACUGAUCAGCUUUAGUGUCCGCAGCAGUUAAAGAGCCUGUACAGGUUGUGAAGCAGGUUCCUGCUAUCUGCAUGCUUAUAAAACAUUUACUAUCACAAGAAGCCUCACUGGGCCUCAUUGGUGCUAAUUAAUAUCCUCCUACUUUUUUUGUCAGAUCGGAUCCUUAUCUCGGAUUCUAUAUUGGAUGUGUAAACAUCCUCCUGGGUCGGUUGUGAGAAGCAGUGGGAGUCUGUUACAUGCAAGUCCUCUAGUUUCCAGAGAGUCUCCAUCUAUCUGCCUCCUGCCAUGAAAACGGCAGGCAGCCCGUCUCUCAAACGUAUCAUUUGUGCAAUUAUAAAAUGGAUGUGGAUUUUCUCCAGCCCAUUAAAACUGGAACUCUGAGCUCCACAAGAGCAGUGAAUUUCAGUCUGCCUGUCUUUAGACAGUGUGAUGAAAUAUUAAAUUGGAGCAGCAUGUUUCAGUGAUUGGAGUGUCAUUAGUUAGUUCAAAAUCAUAUAAUGAGACCUACAUUUGAAUUCAGUUUGGUUUGAGUUUGAUUAUACACCCAAAAACAGCUUAGAAAAGCUAAGAAAAAACAGUGCUGAGGGUAAGAAAACUAAAACUAAAACAUGGAUGAGACAGUACAAUUAAAUUACUGUCGAGCAACACAAGAGAGCACUCAAAGUGUCUGGGUGUCAGUGCAUGGUGCUCUUCAUCACUGUCAUAGCAGCGAUAGGCAGCAGUGCAGGGACGUAAUGUUUCAGUCGCUAUGGACACCGGUUAUCCCUUGCUGCAUGAAGGAAAAAGACACUUCAACCUGGAAGGAUGGUGUUUCUGCCAGGCUGAAGCCUCAACCUGAAAUCUAGACAUUAAAAGGAAAUAAGAAGACUCGCACAAUCAGACUUAUUAGUGUACCCCCUCAUACUAACAACCAGGCAGCAACGUGAAUGAAAAAGUCACACAGAUCAGAAAAAAAUGGAAACAAAUACUAAAAUUGCAUUGGCAAAAAAAACAAACCUCUUAAAUAAUAAAAACAAAAGAUUUGAACAUCUCUAUAUAAAGACAAUGAGUCACCUCUGGUAGCAAAGAGCAACACUUGAAGGCACCAUGGGCUUUUACUGUGGAGCACAGUUUAUUUUUGUUGUGCCAUUUUCUGCUUUGGUAUAGAGAAAGCAGAGAAGACAAAUGUAGCUUAUUACACAUGGAUGCUAACAAUUUAUAUAUUUUUUUUUUUGUUGAUAUGUUGUGGGACAGAAAACCAUGUUACAGCUUACUGGUUAGAUCUGAAAGAUACACAUAGGGCUCUAUUUUUGUGCCUCACCUGCAGCGUGGCGCAAGCAAGGCAUUUGUUUAUGUUGUGAUCUGUAAAUAUCUUGUUAACACCAUCAUGUGACUAUUAACUGGAUAUUGGAUUUAAUGUGGUUUAAUAUGUUCAUUCGGUCAAGCAUGCCAAAUGCGCUCAUCAGAUAAAUUUACAUCAGAAUAUACGGAUAUAGAUAUAAAUGUAUGUGAUGACCAGGUAGUUGCACUUAAUAUUAGUUGUUGUUUAUUAUUUAUUGCACUGAAAUGUGCCUGACACUGUGGAAACCUGCUCAUGAGGCAUUGGUGAUGUGUGCACACCGCUGUGCCUGUCUGCCAAAUCACCACUUGACCAGCUGCGCUCUACCUGCACCGAAAGCUGGCCAUGUUUUCAGCGCACUUUCUGCGCCGCCCGUGGGCACGAAAAUGUCUUUUGGCAUUGAUGACACCUCCCCCUGCUAUAAUGCCACACCUGGAUUGGUGCAUCUCGGUGCACCUCACGCUGCUGGUGGACAUGAAAAUAGAGCCCAUAAUCUGUUUUUUUGUGAAGGAAUAACAAGAACUGUCCUUGAGGCAUAUGGUCGUACAAUUGAUUGAAAGCAUUUCCACCCCGUGGUGUUCUCCUACCUCUAUAUAAUGUAGUGUAGUCAAGGUAGAUGCUUGAGUUCCUUGUUUAAAAAAAAAAAAAAAAAGGAGACGCAAUAACAAAAAAAGUGUUUCACUGAACACAGUAAAUCAGUGCUUUAUCAUUGCGUCUAUAUUGGGAUAUUGGGACUCUGACUUUGACAGCAGGACUCUUUUGCUUUACGAGGUGCAUGACUUUUACCAGGCUGGCCACUGAAGCUGUUCAUUUUUUGACCUGCUGUAUUUUGCUGAGUCAUAGUCACCUGUGUAAUGAUGUUCUGCAUUAAUGUCCUAACACUAAACUGAACACUAAUCUGAUUAUUAAAGUCUUUCUGAUCAUUUAAGAGGUCAAGCACACAGGUUAUGCUUAUUAGCGCCCUCUAAUCUCUUAAAAUGGAGUUACUCCUAAAACUAAUUUGAACCAUGAAAGUAUGCAAACAGCCUGAUAAACAGCAAGAGGGUUAUCAAAGUGAGGGCCGGCAUCCUUAUUAAGAAGUGGGCUUGUGAUCUUAUUUCCAAUUAGAAAAACUUUAAACUUUAAAACACAAAGCAGUAAGAAAAAGCAGCGCCAUCAUCACAGACUGCAGCGCUAGAGGAGAAAUUCAGCAGAUUUUAAUGCCCAGAGUCUUCAUCUUUCAUUUAUUUAUGGGUCAGUCUUCACUUCAUGCAAAGCAGACUGCAUGUCUAUUAAAGCACUAUUUAUGGUAUGGUUUUAAUCAACUGUAAAAUAGGACAUUGGGUUAUUAGCAAUGAAAUUAAAAGAGCAUGAAACAAGGUGCUAUACAAAUUGCUGACACAACAUUAUUAAAGUUGCAAAUUCGUAAAAGAAGCUGCUAGGGAACAACCAAGGGAUUGAGAAUGUCAGCAAACAGCUGUUUUUGAGGAUGCCCCAUUCAGACUUUAAUAUCUCAGAGUUCUGCUGCAUCUAUAAAGUAAUUUUAUUAAACCUGAACUCUGUGGUGAUGCUGCACACUUCAGAAAAUCCAAUUUUCAACUCAUCAAUUCAUGGAUUAAAAAAGUUAUUAUCCUUUUGUUGCUGAUGAGUUUGGAAAUGAAACUUUGGAAACAGUGUUAAGAUGAUUUGAUCUAUCUUACACCUUGUGUUUACUUUUUCAAUAUCUUCAUAUUUUUGUUAUUAAUGAUAUUGAAGAACACAUUCCUGUACGUUUGUAUUUGUUAUCCCUCACAUAUGACCAAUUUCUGUGCCAACAGUAAGCCUGAACAUCUGAGUAAACGUCUGCAUUUCUGUCUCUCAACAGGGACACACGCCACCAACCAGACCCCCAUGUGUGUGUGAGUGUUUGUGGGAGAUUCCUGUUUGAAAAAGAACCUCCUGUCAACCAGUCAGCCUUUAAAGAUUGUAAGUAUUUCUUCUACUUUCCCUUUCUUUCUUGGUUUAAUAUGUAAAAGGCUGCACAUGGUUCCUGACUGAUUCCUGUGUUAGUAUCACACUGUGAGAUUGUUCAUACUGUAUAGAAGUUAAGCCUAAUUUAAAGCUAAAAGGGCGAUUAGGCAGAUCAUGAAUCGUGUAAAAAGAUUUCUCAGUCCUUCCACUUCAGUUUGAUCCAGCAAAAGAAUAUAAAACCUAAUCGUACAAGGAUUUAAAGCAUAAUCCUUUAUCAAUGUGAGCCACAGGCGAAAGAGAAAGUUAAAUUUCGCUUAAACGCAUAACCUCUUUACAACUGACUAAUCAUUCUGCUUCAGCGGGCCUUCCAAAUGAAUCACGCAUAAUUAAUCCCCCUGCUGUACCCCCUAACCUUUCUCGUCUGUCUCUUUCUUCCUGAAGAAACUCAACUUCUUCUCUAUUAGAGGUGGUGAACUCUCUCUCAUGUAAAGCAGCCAGUGUUGUCAUGAGUUGCAGUGACGGUGCAAUCACAGUUUUGCGUGUGUCCUCUGCAGCGUUUGCUAGCAUCUGCAAUUCUACAUUGAAUCUCUGCCAGUGAGUUGGGAGCUAAUGCAGAGUGGUGGCUCCUCUGUUGUAGUCAGGUACAUCAGCCAAUGGCCAUAGCGGGGUGUGUGAGGGAGUUUAAUAAUGCUGCAGACUGAAUGACUGCAGCCAACAAAGUAAUAAAAAAUGGUGCAGUCAUAACCAAUCGUGUGGAAAUGUCCUGUUUGAGCAAUUUAUAAACUUUUCUGAUUAUUCUCUUUUAGUUUAAUUAGAUCACUUCAGACAUUCUUUCAUUUGCAUGAAAAAAACAGCACAAAUGCCAUUUUGUGAAAAAGAAACACUACCCAGGUCAUAGAAAGUUUUCCAUAAUUAGCAUAGGAAACACGACACCCACAAACUUUAAAAACAUGUUGUUUACCCUUGAAGCACUUUGCCAUCAUAAUCAUCUCAUGCCCCCAUAAUGUAUAAAGAGAGAGGUGGCCUCUUAUGCUUACUGAAUCACUACUAUCUAUUCUGUAACUCUUCAUAUAGGUCAGUAUCAGGAACAAAAAUUCUUCCACUUGAGCUGAGAGAGGGUUGCAUGCUGGGAUGACAUUGAAAACAUAUUUUAGAGGUGAUUAAAUUGUAAACUCGCACCCAAGAACUGUCAAAACAGAACAAAGUGAUCAUAUUCCCAGACUAAAUUUUCUGGCUUUUAUAUAUGAAAAUGUCAUCUCUGCUGCAAAAUAAUACAAAACCUUUCAUACUGGCUGGGAUUUUCAAGCACUCUCAAUAAAUAAUAUAGAGUUGGCCUCAGUAGCUAACUUCUGUGAUAAUUUAAAGUACCCCUCCGAUCUUUUUUUUUUUAGUGGUCUAGUUGUAAUGAGGAAGUUUUUAGCCAAAAUUACGUUACCUGUGUCAUUUUCAAGGGCUUUCCUUCUACAGAGCUCCAGUAGCUCAUUAGCAAUUUACCUCUGAGUCGUGGGCGGAGAUAGCGCUGCUCUGCACACUCCUCUUCUCGCUAGCUUGCAGCCUAACAUUGCCAGUACAGCAGAAGCAGCAGGUAACACAGGAGCUAUUCAGUUCUCAGACACUAAUAUCUUUGGGGGUAUGAUGAAAACUAAUUCUGUAGCUUUCUUACAAGCAUUGCAAACCACAGACGCAGAGCUGGCGUAAGCGAACUAAGCGCCUGCUUUGGGCUCUACUGCCAGUACGGGGCCCCCGAGAGUGAUCAAAAAAAAGAUUUAAUUUAUAUUAUUUUUUGCAUACGAGUGAUGCUUUUUGUUUGAUCACAUAUAUUAUUGUAAAAAUAAAAUAAAAAAAUUUAGAGCUGCUGCUGAUGGAGGCCUAUGAUCCUUACUGCCUAUAUGUCAAGGCUCCGCUACUGUUAUGAGCCUCCUGCUGUGUAAUGUGCACAGAGCAUCCUGAAUGUGUUACAUUUUGAGAUUAAAAACCAUAUGUGGCCCCCUAAACAUCAUUCAUCAGUCAUUCAUUGGUAUCAUUUGUAUGUUUGCAUUGGUAUUAUUUAUUUUAUUACCUAGGCCACCCCCCUUAAAUGUGUAAAGACAUGUCAGGCACAUUAAAUCUAUACUGUAGUAGGUGUGUGAAUGAUCAACAAUCAAUAUUAUUGGGCCCCAAAAUCAAUUUUUGCUUAGGGCCCCAUUGAGGCUUGGAAACACACACACACUUAUUUUGACAACAAAUUUUGACUACCCUUGUAUUAAGGCUUAAGUUACUGCACUUGUGUUUCACUUUGUAGAUUUAGUGGUUACUGUUGAUCAUUUGUCUAAUUGCUAGUUUUGCUUGUUUACUGAAGGUCACAAUAUUAGCAUGUGUAUUCUUGUCGGCCCUUGUCGUUGUGCUUCUCCACCGUCAUACAUGAGGCUAUGCACAGUGUUUAUUAUGUUAACUUGGUCUCAGAAAUAAGUCAGCCAGUAAGCAUUAAGUAUAGCAUUAUUAUCACACACAUACACAGAAAGGAACAUAUUGCUGGGGUUACCAUGCUUACAUUUAACGUCAGAGUACAGCUGACUAAGAUGCAAAUAUUUUGGUCAAGACUUACAGGAUGAGGCAAAAGUUUGACCACAUGUAGUUGCAGGUAAAGAUUCCAGUCAAAAUCAUCCUGAGGCAGGUAGAUAUGUUGGUGCUAAACUUCAUUGCACUCAAUCCUCGAGCUAUUGAGACAUUUCAUUGCAGACCAAAGAAACAGACUGACAGGAAGAUUGACAGGCUUACUCCUGUUAGCAUAGUUAAAAAGUUUAGUUUAAAUGACAGGCAAACAAACACAGGAGACUUUUUCCCCCCUUCCUAUCUUGUUUCAAAGCUGCACACUCUCACAUCUCACACUCCUGAAAAUCCCAGCAUUACCACAAGGGAAGAGAGGGGGCAGCGUCCUUCAGCACUUCACAGAGAUUUGAGCAAACCGGCUGAGUGGAGAAGGCCACAGAGGACCCGAUGUGUCGGGGAUAGACAACACAGAUAGAGCAACAAAAAAAAUCCUCUGAUCCGCCGAGGGGAAUAUAAACAACUACUCAAGCAUAUGGAAGGCUUUGCUAUCACAAGCAAGGAGAGACAGGAUUGUUUUUCACCUGCGUCUGCCUCUGAGUGCGUGGUAUGGAAUAGUGAUGCUUCUGUUGGACCGCUCCUGUGUGAACAGUUGGCUGGCUUUUAAUGAACGCUGAAUGUAUGAGAAGAGUAAAGGUGGAAAAAGACCGGCAGGUACAGACUGAUUAAGUCAGAGCUACUGUUACAUCAUAAAAAAAUCUUCAGACAUGACUAAUAGCGUAUAAAGGUCAAUGAUUCUUGGGCUGCCUGGACUAAUUCCUGGAUAAAUGUUGAAAUUACUUGCAAAAACACUGAUUAAAAUGAGGAAGUAGGAGGCAGAAACUUGUACCCCGUAGAGUCAUCGAACUGCCCAGAGGCAGAUUGGAGACCUGCUCAGAGACCAUUUCAAACCUGUUCAAGGUUUUUAUUCAGUGGAGAUGUAUGUAAAUAGAGACAAUAUCCUGCUUUAUGUUCACUUUAAAGUAAAAAAAUAGCAAUCCCCUCCUGUUAAGUGGUUAUUACUCCUUUGAUCUGUCACCAAAACAGGAGCUAAGCUGGUUCGAUAGUCGAAUUGAUCCAGUUGGUUUAAUAACGAUCUGCAGUUUGACUUUUUUUCUCUGUCUGCCAUGCUAAGCAGAAGGCUUUGCCAUGAUAGAUCUCCUAGCUCAAGAAAUCCUGUUAGAAGUUAUCCAAGCCAACAUGAGUGGAGCAAAUCCAUCAAAGGCAAGGCUGGAUAUCCUGGUGGGGAACAUUUACCAGUUCAAAACCAGUUCGCUGAUCUUCUGUCUCUGGUACAUUUGUCUUAUCUCAACACUGUGACCCUUGACUUGCUUUGUUGUGGCCUCAUGGAGCAUCUCCUGCACUCAGCUUUUACUGAUCUUUUCUUACACGGCUCUAUCUCUACUUCUCUCUCUCAGUUCUCUGUAUACAGUGGACAUAAUUUCUUUUUUCUCCGUGUGGAUAAACGGUCUAUGUUGGUGUGGUUACCGCAGCCAUCAAACACUGUGGAUUUUCUUAUCUUUGCACCCUUGAGUCCCCCCCAAGAAGACUUUCUUCUCCUCUUCACAGAUAGAGAGAUGCCAGCUAGUUUGGGGAUGCUGACACAGCUGAGCCUGUGCCAAUGUGUUGUUAUCAACAACUGAAGUAAAAAUUGAGGCGGGCUCUGCUGUUGCUAAUCACAGCUGGCAAUUUUUAAAGAUUGCAAUCAGUCGAUCAGAGGUAGAUGGUCCACUUGAACGCUGACUUAAUUCAGGCCAACUCUCGAACUUUUAUAGAUCUCAGCAGGAUUGCAAAGGUUUGAUAAGGACCUGCAAUGUGUUUUUACUUUCACCUCAUCAACUUUGGCAGCUUCACUGGUGGCCCAAAGUUUCAAAUUGCAAAGAUUAAGGUACCUAUCUGGACUAAGUCUGGCAUGUGUAAGCAGAAAUCCACAAACCAAAUCACAGCAAUAAUAAUCAUACAAGUUCUGAUAAGACUUUAGAAAUAAAGCGGUCAAGUUAGCAAUAAAAACAAGAGCACCAGACAAAAUUUCCAAAACAAAGCUUUUGGUUUGGUCCUGUUUGAUGACUUUUGAAGUGCUUUUUUUUAAAAACAGAAUUUGCUCAAAACUACAAAGCUUAUCUUUUUGGCACUGAAACUACUUACGCUCGUCAAAUAAUUUUUUGAAGCUGCUCUUAAAAUCCUUCACAAUAACAAAAUAAUCUAGUUUAGUUAGGUGACUUUGAAGCUCAACCUAAGAUGAAGGGGGGAAUGUGAAAGGCACGUCAACCAAAGACAAAAACUUUAACUUUUAAUUAUUGGCAUUGGGUCAUACCAAGGUUACAAGUGUAACUCACCUUAGUAAUUGACCAUAUAUAACCUAAAGUGCAUUACUAACAGAUGUUUGUUCAGUUUUCUGGAUGAUUGUAUGUUUGUUAUUCCCAAAGCCAGGAGUUAUUUCUCAGUUUUCCAUUUGUAAAUACCGAGGAGGCAGCAGAAUUGUAAUCGAGUUUAAGGCAAACUUGAAUGAACAAGUAGGUAAAAGUUUUGUGGCAUUCAAAUUAUAUUUGAACGUAUUGUGUAGUGAUAUAGUAUAUAGAAAUAUGGUAUUGUUUUUAAGUAUUGUAAUCACAUUGAUUCAUGUUAUAUUGUAUAACAUUGCAUUAUAAUGCAUCAUAUCAUAUCGUAUCGUGAACAAACUUUUCUGAAUUCAAAUUUAAGGUUAUCUGACUUCAUCACUGGAUCAAAACACUGAGUUUAAGAGAAGCAUCAACUGACUCUGGUUUAGGGUCAUGACCCAUGUCUGUUUUCAUCUUGUCCGGCCACUGCACAAGCUGCAGGUUUUUUCUUCUUUGACAGCUACAGAGAGAGAAAAAGCUGAUAAAUUGAAACACUCGUAACAAUGCUGCUUAUUUGUGUGUGUGUGUCUGUCUAACAAGUGUACAUCAAUGCGUGUGUGAUCAGACUCCAGACUCAUCAGUGGUGCUCGUCUCCUGUCACAACACUGUCUGACAAUGAGCGCCUCUGUCACACUGGGUGACACAGCACUCCAAUUAAUCACAGAAAAGGACCACUAAUGAAGUCGUUAUGUAUUCCGAGAGUUUUAUCUUGACAAUCCACUUUUCCCUCUAAAGAUACAGAAAGACACGUAAAAGGCUUUGAGGCAUUGUGGUAAUGGAUUAGCUGAAAUGGAGUUUGACAAGUGAAAUAUUGCCCUGAUCAGGACAUGGUUGAAGUGUUGAUGUAAUUUUCUUCCUUUUGCUUGUUAAGUUUGGUCUAACCUUAAACAUCCAUUAAGUAAUCUUUUCUUGUGUUCUCUUUUAAUGGGUCUAAGAACAAAGUGCUGGAGUUCAAGUUUCUCCUUGAGCAAACUGUCAAAGUCAAAACUGGGUGUUUUCAUGGGUCAGGUACUCUUGAUUAUGAGGAUGCAGCCAGCUCUUUUAAAGCAUCACUUGUUUUCUUAUGGCUUAGAAAUAAAGUAGGACAUACACCUCUGCAUAAACACUGCCAGACUGAAGGUUGAAAUGAUUCGCUGUAUUCUAGACGGACUUGGAUACCAAUACAGACUCCAUCCUAAGCCACCGUGUCCAGGUGAACCACUUACAAUGUUGACUAACUAUGUCCUUAGUUAUAAAUUCUGAAUUCAGUUAAAAUAGAGGCUUCCCUCUUAUACUAAUACAUGUCACUGUAGUUUCUUGUUCUUUGACUCCAGAUAGUUCAGAGUCACUCCAAAGCUUUUUCUGAGUAACGAGUCAGGAAUAACUACUCACACUAAAAUACUCACAGGAGGUGUAGUAAAGCAUCCUCUCUGCUGCUGUGAAUCAUUGAUUCGCUGUAGGCUACAGUAUGUAUGCACUUUCAUUAGCUUGUCCUAUUUUGGACUGGUUUAAACACACUGCCAUCAAUGUUACAACACUGCUAUGCUGCACUCAUUAUUGCUUUGAUUUAGUCUCUCCCCAGAGAAACAUGCUCACUGUGUAGCCUAUGGGCUGUUUUGUCACUCUCCUAUUAGCACAGCUACUUAGUUAGCCAUGCUGGGUGUGUUUGGACUAACCUGGCCCCCUAUUGGCAAACAUGUCACUUCAUUUGUUGCAUUUUGCUGCAUCUGUGGAUAGUGUGUUCCUCUUUCUUAAUCUCUCCCUCUCUGCUCCACUUUUGCCGUUCUUCCUUUCCAUCUCACCUGACAAUAACACUGUCUUAUGUCAUGGACACUAUGGCCAGAUAGACCCUCAGGCCUCUGGGAAAUGUCCUGGAGCAUUACAGACAAAGACUGUGCCUGCUCUAGGCUGUAUCACAACUUUUUUCUUGCAUAUGUUGAUUAUUUUGUUUCUAAAACGUUUGAUCCAACACUCAUUUCAGACAGUUUGAACCGGCCUGGUCAGUUACGUAACAUAACUCCAGAAACCAUACAUUGUUUCCUCAGAUGGAUUGUUGCAUUGCACUGUUAUAUUGUAUUUGUACAAUACAAUACUGUCUGUUUGCCCUCUUACACACAGGGGGCUUGUGUUUGUAUCUGUUCACAGUUCGUUCUGCCAACAUUUAAGCACCAGAGUUCAGAAUUUUGUGAUAACUAGCUCAAAGGAAAGUACAGAUUAAAGCAAAAUUGCCAUAAACUCUGGGUCAAACGAGACAUAUUCAGCUUCUACAAGCUCGCUCUCUCUCCGCUUUUGUCCGCCACUCUGAAAGUUCAAAGACAGCCAGCUCAGUUCCAGACACAAUGCCUUCCACAGGAAUCUCUCAGGAGGUUUAAAAUAUCUUCUGUUGUGGCUCCAGUCUGCAGUUGUUGCUUUAGGUCAUGAUCUCUUGUGUUGGCCUUUCUGAAGUUUUCGUACAAGGGUGACUGUGAAGAAGAUAAAAUGGAUUUUUUUUUUUCUGUAUUCUAUCGACCUACAUGUAUCAGAACAAGGAUUCAAAAGAAAUAGUUUUUAGAUUUAAUAGUGUAGUCAGUCAAAACAAGAUAACAAAGAUGGUACAUUUUUUGUUUCAAACAUUUUUCUCUCUUGUUGAAACCUGGCACAGAAAGACACUUUAGUUGGAUAUUUGGGUGUUUUGCCCUUCUAGUAGCUGAUAAAGCCUUGCCCUACAAGCUAAAGAAAUUAAGCACUUGCUUCAGAGGUUUGGCAAACAUAUGCCAUUUAACCAUGCACUGUGUAAUACACAGUCUCAGUGGAAGAUGCAAAAGGACUUCAGAGCCAAACAAGGGGAGACUGUUGUUAUGGAAAUGCCGGCUCAACCUAUAGUGACACAGAGAUGGAGUUAAAGCGUGCCUUAAACAUCCUGACAAUCAAACUACAAUAUGCUUACCUAUCAGUCAGCACAGCCACGUUCCUAAAAGUGCAAAUCACUGCCUAAUUCUUCCACUAAAUAUCAUCUAAAUAGACUUUUAUGUUCACUUAUUUGAUUUGACUGGGUGGCUUAAAUGUGGGAUUGAAUAAGAUGUUUAAAUGAGAGCAAGGGAGAUUCAAAGAAUUCAGAAGAUUAUGUUCUGGAUAUAAAACCUCCCACUAUGUUUUGUGUGUACUCCUCUUGGUUCUGUUUACCAGGUAAAUGUUGAAGCAAACAGGAGAAAUACGUGGUUUUCCCAACUGAAAACAAACUAUAACACUACAAUUAUAUUUUUAAUCUCAAUAAAUGGUCUCAUUGGUUUCUUGUUUGUUUGAGUCUUGUCUGGACUAUCUGUGAUGAAGAAAAAACAUACAGUAUUCCCCCUAUGCCGGCAGUUCUUAAAUUAGGCCAAUUAGAUCUUCAUUUCAAAGACUUAAGUGAGAAGAAGAGCGUCUGAUGCAGAGUGCAGGCUGAAUGCAUAAACACUAAAGAAUGAAAUGCAGUUUUGUUUUUACAAAGACUGUUGAUCCAAUAAUCUCUGAAUUUGGCACGCAGUAUAUUUGGAAACUGAAGACCUUAAAGUUAUUACAAGACGGUUGGCACUAGAAGCUGUUUAGCUGCUGUGGGCAAACAAAAACAGUCUGAACUUCUGAAGAAAAGUUUAUUCUUACAAAAAAAGGACAUGAUCGGUUAUUUCAUAAUCCUACUUAUUAGAACUUUCUGUAUAAAUGCCUUUUACCUAUUCAAUAACUCAUCUGUUUUAAUUGCUUUUUUUAUUGAAGUUUGUGCAAAACACAAACAAAGCAAAACACUGCUGAGGUGACCCCAUGGCUCUCAGACCAGCCAAACACUAUUUGUGGUCACAUUUAACUACUUCACACCAUAAGGGGUGUUGUGGUUCAUGUGGCCAUGGCCCCCUUAUUUUCUAAUAGUGCCAACCGUCUUGGCAGCUAUGUGCACUUAAACAUUUACACACAUGUGAGAGGCGUAAAAUCAAGACAAACAGUUUAAUCUGAAGAAGCUGAAGGUCAACAGGCUUGAACGCUGAACUGUGAAUUUCCUGACAUACAGUACUGACUGAUAUUAGGUGUGUGUUGAGAGAAAAAAGAGAAAGACAGAGAAAAGGAAAGAGCAGCAGAGCGAGGGUAUGAUGUGGAGACAGAUCUACAUGUAGAUGGAGUCUCAGGGGUUCCCACCAUGCACCGUCUUACUCAUAACCUCUCCUCGUUCCUUGGCCCUCAGGCUUACAGCUGCUCAGUUGUAGAAAAACAGACCCUGACAAGUUGCUAUGGUGAUCAGAGUCCAGAGGAAGAUAAAGAUUACAGCCUACCAAGUCCACAGGUAUUGUAAUGAAAAUGUGUGAGGCUAUUUCUUCUAGAUUGUGAUAGGAAGUCAUAUGAGAACUUCCUUCAUACGAACACUGGUGUGUCACUACAGUGUGCAUGCAAAGCUUCACCCUUAAAGUGGUGAGCACACAACUUCAAUUUGAUUUCUGUAUCAAAACAGUUAACAAAUUAACUAAGAGAAUAACAAAAGUGAUAAGAAAUUAUGAGUUAUCAGUUUUCUUUGUUUUUAAAUGUUAAUACUUGUUUUUCUAGUGCAGUCUGUGGUUGUUUUCUUACACGAACUUAAUAAGAAAAUCAGAAGAAGAACUGUCCAGUUUCUCUGUCACACAUUGACCUCCCAACUGUUAAGUCUCAGUGUCUGAUUGGUUUUCAACUACUGGAAAUGUGCUUUGUCAAAACAAGAGGUGGUACCUGAGAAAAACCUGUGAGAAAACAAGGAGUGUUCAUUGUUAUGAUGAGCAUUUUUGUGUUGAUAUCAAUAUAACAUGUUUUUGGAUGUCUGAGUAAGACAGGGUCAUGGGAGAACCUCAGUGGGCUGAUCAUGAUGUCACAGUUUUAUCUUACAACCCUAUCAGAGAAUAAAACCACUGAUCCUUUAUUUUUACUCCUCCAUUUGUUCUGAUUUACUCCUCACCUUUUUCUUUUUAUUCUCUUUAUUUUUCUUUCCCCCUCACAACCCCUGGAAGAUGUGUGUGUACAAAACAUUCCCUGCCGUGAUGUUGUCAGUGACUGCAAUAAAGCUUACGUGAAAGAAGUUGACUGCAUUUAAAAUGGUUUUUGCCUUUAAACACGAUAAAUCCACUCCAUUAAAAAAUGAGUAAAAAAGAAAAUACUAGAGAGGAGAAUUGAGAAAAAAGCACCUCACCACCUUUUGAUGUUGGCUUCAUUGGUAACACUUUACUUGACGUCUAUCUCUAUAACACAUUAUAAAUAUAUGUAUAAUGCGUUAUAAUCAUGUUAUAGCACUGUAUAACUAUAGUUAUAAACACUCAUAAAUGAUCAUAAUGCUUCAUAGCAACAAUCAUAACACAUUAUAAAGCAUUUUAUCAUGACUUACAAGGUCAGGUAUUAUAAUUUGUUAUGCUUACUGUUAUAAAGCCUUAUGAUAAUUAAUGAGUGUUUAUAAUGAUAGUUAUACAAGUUUAUAAGCAAAUUAUAACACAUCAUAAAUAUAUGUAUAAUGCGUUAUCUAUGUGGGCAUUGUCAGCAAGUUGUUAACAGUUAUAACACAUUAUAAUACCUGACCUUGUAAGUCAUGAUAAAAUGCUUUAUAAUGUGUUAUGAUUAUUGCUAUAAAGCAUUAUGAUCAUUAAUGCGUGUUUACAACUAUAGUUAUACAGCGCUAUAACGUGAUUUAUAAUGCGUUACAGAGAUAGGCGUCAAGUAAAGUGUUACCGUUUCAUUUUAAUUCCUUUUAGCAGAAUAUAAAAUCACACUUCUUUUACUCAGACAAUCCAAGUCAUAAAGUUACACAUUUAAUAUCUUUUCAUGACUUAAAAUCAUUCACACAUAGUGCAAAUUGACUACCUCUGCUAUACUACAGCAUAUCAUACCAUUAAAUUGUAUCAUGAGUCACCCUGCAUACCCCCCACCCAACAGGAGCAAAGUUAAAAGGGGCCUGUGCUAGUAAACUGUGUUUGUUGGAGCAAACAAGCUCCUCAAAGACAUAUAUUUGGGCUUGCUUGCUUUGAUAGCGCUUGAAAAGUCCCUGAGGUUACAUGAAGAGAAGAAAAUCAGUCCUUGCAAAAGUUCCUUGCAUCAUGGAGAACAAAAAUUUUACCCAUUAAACCAGAAAACUCUCUGUAGAUUCAACACUGUCAAACAUAAUAGGUAGCUGCUAUAGCAUGCGUCUAAAAUAUUAAGUCAGCAUCAAGGCUGUGCUUAGACUAAUGAACCACAUACAAAAAGAUGUCACAUUCAGUUGAUGCUUACACAAGAGUCUACAACAACGAUAAUGAGGCUAUAAGUAAUGAAGCCGUUUGUAAUUUCAUCCUAGUAUCCCACAUGCCUGUAGACUUUUCAUCUGGGAUUCAUUGUUUUGUGCACGUCUCACACACAGACACAGAGACACGCACCCACACAUGCCUGUGCAUUUGGGUGUGAUGUAAAGGUUUUCUGGAGCAUGAAAUAAGCUUUCUUAGGGUACAGUGAGGAGGAGAGCAGCUGAUGUCCCCGGAUAUCUCUUAAUUAAGUACAUACGUGCUCAUCUUAAAAAUCCUAAAUGUCACCUCAGAGCUGCUGGCUCCUCUUCCAGUCCCUCCUUUUGGUUAUGCCUCUUAAGUUAAAUGCUGUCUGAGUAAUGCAGCACUUGGCCAUACUCUUAAUGAGAUAGUGUGAGAGGGAGGCUGUGUCGCUACAGUAGUGGGUCAUCCAUGACUUUGUUAUCUCAAAGAUGAACUCCAGAAUUAAAUUUGUUCGUGUCACAGGAUCAAAAAAAAGCUUCUGCAGAGACUCAACUGUCAUAACACAGACAGCCAUCCCAGGAGUUUAUCCUCCAAGCACAUACACUGGCUCUCUGGUUUCCCCCUCCUCCCUUCCUCUACAUGAUCUGCCACUAAAUCAUACCUGAUGCCGUGUGAUGUGUGUGUGUAAAGGAACGCGUGUGUGCAUGAUGUGCUCCAGACUGUGAUGAGAAGAGAGGAGGCAGCUUUGUGAUAAGAAACAUAUCAGUGCUCUGCACCUGCCCGCCUGCCUCCUCACUGUUUGACAACACUGGUCCAUUGCAUGAGAGUCCCUCUCAUUGUCGCAGCAGAUAUUCCGAAACUAUAAUGAGGAAAUAAAGUAGUGUGCACACUUUAGAGCUUCGCCAAAAUGUGUGUGUGUGUGUCCGUGUAUGAAUAUUAACCACGUCAAACAAAUUUCAGCUGAAAUAGAAUUUUAAUCUUUCAUCGUCAGGACCUUGACAUGUGACACCUCCUGCAGAAAGAUGAGAGUGGUAAAGUUACUGCUUUUAAGAUGAAAAAGCCCCCGAAACAAACUUUUUUGUCCGAACCUUACAGACCUUGGUACAUUUGUCAGUAUGUAAGAGAAAAACUGCAGUAAUGUUGCUGACAGGUUCACUUCUUUCAGAACAGUUUAUGCUUUUAGCUUGUUUUCCAGAGCUUUAAUGACAUGUGCUCCCAACUUAUACUGCUUCUUCCACUAGCUUACUCAAAACUCCUUCUGUCUUUUCUGUUGCACCUGACCCUAUUACCUUGAAUGCUUCAUAUAAGCACAUAAUCCGAUAUCCCACUGUUUGUGCUCUGUUUGGUUUGGCUCAGUAGAGCAGCUUAAUGAAGGCGAUGAAUGUAUUCAGUAUCCAGUAUCACAACUCGCAGCUGUUAAUUAUCUGAAUGCAAUCAGACGUUUGUUUGUCCUGGGUUCGGAGUGAAAAGCUUCGGCAUACACUAGCAUGCCUGCAAACAAACUCUGGCUCCACGCCUCGCUCCCACAGUGUCUAAUUUUAUUCACUUUAGACAGUAUUUCCAACAGAAUUUCUUAUGUUUCUCUGCUGCAUAAACCAAGGUCAUCUCAUUCAUCUGCCCAAUCUAGACUUCCCCGCUGUUCCUUUCUGUCUUCCCCCCCGCAAUCCACCAUACACAUAAACAGAUGCUGGAUUGCGCUAACCUCUCGGCGCCCCUGUCACAACACCACCACUUUGCAAUCAACAGCACUUUCUCAGUCUUCACAUACAUGGCUGAAUAGAUACGAUCGCAUGAUUCUGAGGGAGCGAGGAGCCGAGCUGUGGCCAUUAACUGAGACAGUGCCGGGAGGGGGGGUUUCAAAAGAAAGGCAACCAGCAGCCGCUAUACACCUUAGGCACAUUCAGAACUCCUCUGUAAGUCCUUCACUGUAACAAAGCCAUGAAAAAUCCCAUUAAAUGUUAGAUGAGUCAUUAGCAACUUAUUUUAUGAAGGUUUCUGCACCUUCAUAUUGAAGAGAAAUCCAUUUUAGUGUCUGAGUCUGUCGUCAGAGAGAGAAAAGACAAAUUACAUCUUCAGUCUCCGUACUACAAAUUGGCAACCUAACACAAAAGAGAAUUGUGCUUUUUGACUCUAAUAGACAUAUAUCUGUCCUGGUUUAGCCGUCACCAUCAUGACACAGAUGUUCCCUGAUGUAGUGCACCACUCUCUAUACGACAGAGACCAUUUCACUGAUUGAUUCCUUCAAAUGGUUCUGCAGAAAGUUCAAUAUGACAGACAACCCAGAGCAUUACCUACAAUCUUGUUGAUUAUCUCCACAUUCACAUCGAUUAUCAUGAGGUUGCCUCCCCCCUCAUCUCCAGUUAUCAGUCUGUGGUUGCUGAUACGGAGCUACAUUAUUGAUCAUAGCACAUUAACAGGGAUGAUAGUGCACGGUGCAGCCUGAUUCAUCAUAGCGUAUGAGGGGGCUAGAGCUCAGAGAGUCACCUAUUCUCACAGCAGGAAUAAACAUACAUCUCCAGAUAUUACAGACCAGGUCCCACCUGUGGCCAGCGGUGGCUACAACAACCCAAACAAUCUUUAAAGGAAACAGCCAGUAAUUUCAGAUUUAACACAAGUUUAAAAACACAGAAGUCUGUAUCAAAUGUAACUAAUGAAACAUGCGAUGAAAAGUUUUUUUUAAGUAAUAAACCAAACUUUAUUAAUUCCUCUGCAGCCACUUUGCGACCUGCCCCUCCUAGCUCCUCUUGAUAUGAUGUGUCUGCUCAUCCCAGUGUGACACUGUUGCCAUAAAUCAACAAGUUAGUCCUCCAUUUCUGGUGUUCAACUAACUUGAUGCUUCAUCUUUACUGUUGCUGCCAUGGCUGUGUUUGUUCUGCCUACUUCUUCAGACUUUUUUCAAGAGUGGCCAUUGUUUCAUGUUUGGCUGCACCCCCACAUGACUGGAUAUUGUCUUCAAGUCUUCAAGAUACCAAAGGUUUAUGUGAUAAGAUGAUCUUUAGAGCCAUUAAAAGGUCAACAAUUUGCAGUUUUUGUUGGAAAAAUCGGUCGACUAUCAUGUAUUAGGGGCCCUCUAUAACUCUAUCUAUGCAAAGUUUCCCUGUUAAAACCAUUAACAAUAACAAAAUUGUUAAAAAAAGUGCAUGUUUUAAUGUACUUGCAUCCCCAUACUCAGCUGGAACAACAAACAAACAUUUCUAGGUGAAUCUGUCAAUAGAACUAAAUUAAAUCAAAGCUUAAUACUAAGACAAAUUCAUGGAGUAUAUUCAUUUAGUCUUUGUAAGAAAACAGAGAACUAUUUUUUUUUCCAAAUAUUUAACCCCCAUACUAAUGCUACCAAGCAAAUUACAAUAAAAAUGACAACCGCAACCAGAAUUGUGAGCAGUCAGCGGUUCGGCUUCAAAGCAAUAGUCAAGCUCCUUUGGAUAUGUGCACAUAUUCCUCUUUCCUUUCCUUUGCCCAGGGUGCAUUAAACGGAUUAAAGUACCAAGAGCAGCCAAGCAUAUAUUCAUUUCCUGCACACCAAGGGCCUGAGCUGCACACUGCAUAUUAUAAAGUGUCACAAAGUCCCUGGACCAUCUCACCGAAUCAAAGAUAGAAGAUUAAAAUCUUUAGAGCAGAUACUAUCUUCUUCAUUAAGCGAUGAUGCAGCUUUGUUUGUUUCAGACUCAUAUAGGAGAAAAGAGAUAAAUAAUGAUGUUAAUAAAUAUGAUGGUCAAGUGACUGUGCACAGCAAAAUGAUAGGAGGUCCUUCUUGACAGCUCGGGGCUUGCCGUUAGUGUAAGUGAAAAAAUUAUCAAUAGCUAGAACCAGAGAGUUGUUAAUUUUCCUACAAAUGACAGCAUGAGGUUUACUGUUUUACUCAUUACAGAGUGAUGCACACACAUUGCAAAGCUCAUCUUUUGUUCUCCUGCCACAACCAUUCAGUUAACGUAACAAGAAUAGAGUCUCCUCAUUUAGAUGCACUCCAAAUACAUAUGUAUAUAUAGUGUUGUGACAAAAUAACAUUGAAAGAAGCUCAGAGAGGGGCAGCAUGUGACAGAGGGGAAAACCAGGGAGCAGAUGCAGCAACAGAGGAAAUGAUAAUAUAUUAACACACUACCAGUAUUCUCCCUGUAUUUGGGUGGUAUACACCUUUACAGCUGGCAAAGUGAGAAAGUGUACAGCCUUUUUUUUAAACUGCAUUUUGAAAUUAGUCUUAUUUUGGGAUCUUUCAUGUUGAGUAACUCUCAUAGAUUUCAUAUUCAAUAGCUUUGGAGUAAUCAGUGGUGAUUAAGGUUUGCAAACCAAACUUUAAUAGAAUCAAUAAACUCCUUAUCUGCCAUUGAAGGUCACUGGACUCCCUUGCCUUUAGCUGAUCACAUUAGCAUACAGCCAUUUUGCAUUGGCAGGUGGGGCGAAUCUUAUGGCCUCUGCAAUGCUUGCAAACUUCAUAAAAGUGACACUGGAGACUUUGGUCAGCAGCUUAUCUUCCAACAGUGGUCAGCAUUCAGGCAGUGCCAGUGCACAACAAUUUGAGAGGCUUUUUGUUCAAUAAAAAUCCCUAAUGUGACAUUUGAUUCUUGUAUUUAAAUUUUGUUGGGAUCAUCAGUACGACUGUGAAAUGCUGAGAAUUCAGAAAAGUAGAAAAUCAACUCAUCUAUCAUUUUCUUUAUAAACAUAUGUUUUGCUGCCAAGAACAAAAUCAUUUGCAAGUGAGCAGCUUGGCAAAACUGCAUUUGAAUCCAUUUAAAUAUCAACAUACACAAAGCAGAAUGGAAAUUCAUUAUAAUUAAUGUAACUGUUCAGAUCAUUAAGGAAGAAAAGACCAAUGGACCAGUGGACACACACAGCUGUUGGAUGCCUGAGCAGAUGUAAAGAUGAGAUUUUAGAAAAACAUCAGAGAACAUCAGAGACAACAAAAGCUGCGCAACUGCCGCAGAGUAGUGGACUUGGGUCGAAUCUGUGAUUGGGGAUGAGUGGGUCCUGGCUAAACCUGAGCAGGCAGGCGGCAGAGGCACAGCAGCCCAGCAGGCCAGAUAAUUACAUAGCCACUUGGUAUUCUGUGCACAGCCACUAAAACAUACCAGCACAAGAUAAGUCCGUGGAUGGAGGGAGAGAUAAAGAGGAAAGAAAGGGAGGGAGAGCUGCUACAGAAGCUCUCAGGCAUACCAGACUAAAAACACAGGGCGGCUGGGUUACAAAUCAACCCCAUGCUGUGGUCCGUGAACCCAAAGACAGACUAAACUAACACUCUGCCUUAAAGAGACAGAUCUGAGAUUUAAUUUACAGAUGCAUAACAUUCAAAAUGAGUUAGAUUAACUUAACCUGACAGUAAUCUGGGACUAUGGAGGUGUUUAACUAGGUGUGCAGAACUUGUAUCACAUGUUAAUGAAUGAUAUGUGUUGAACAGUUGUACCAAAUAUUGUCAUAGCAAAGAGCUUUAGUAUUCAUCUUCAGCUUCUUAUUCAGCAGAGCAGAGCUGUGUUUGUUACUUCAAUGAAUAAAUUAAUAUAACAAAUACAUAGUUUGUGGAAAUGUGUCUGACUCAGAAAAUUUGUUUACACGCAAAAGUGAAUAUUAGUCAGGAGAACAGCGACAGAGAAUGAAGACUGUGUGGGAAAAAGGCUGCCUGCUGCAGACUGCAGGAGGACACCACUUCUAUUGGUACACACAAAAGGGCGGAGCUGCGAGGGGGGAGCAAGGGCUUGAUAUCUCAUGGGUGGUAGUGAUAUGAGGCAAGGGAGGAGGAGAGGGAGGGAGGGGAGGCAGCCGUGCUGUAUUUGGUAGAGAAUAAGUGCCACUCUGUGCUGCUCGGCUGUCAGGCGAGCUGCUGAGAGCUGCGUGCUCCACUGAAGGGUGACAGCAGAGAGACAGAGCCGCGCUGCUGGCUGUCACGGCCACUCUGCCUCGCUGUUCUCAGCUGUGGGCAGCCGCCUGGUGUGUAACCUGCUGCUGGCUGGCUGGUGGAUCACGAGUGGCUAAACAUGCCAUUUCCACUUUGUAUGGGAGAGCUGAAGCCAGAGCGAACUUUGAGCAAAUAGUCCCUUUUAAAAGAACAAAGUGCGGAGGAGGCCAGUUUUAAUACUGAAAAGGUCUGAGGUUUCAAAGUAGCCUUUGGUGAUACCCGGGCUGCAUUGCCAAGCUUACCUUUCCAUCUUAUUUACAGCAUUUAUGCAUUCUGAAAGGUUGGCUUCUGUGAAUAAUAAGAAAUCGAUAAGGAAUGAAAGACUGAGCAGGCAGGCAAUCCUUACAGUGCAGAUUCAGAGUCGUGUGGCUGCUUGGUGGACUUCAGGGAGAGAAUAUGCCACACAGGCCUGACUCUUGGCUCCUGACUGAUGAAUCAAAUGUAGUGAAGUGGAACCUCCCCGCUCUGUGAACAUAGAUUUAAAAUAACCAGCUUGGGAAACUGCAGCUCCUUGCUAUCUGGAAGCUAACUCAACUAUUUUCUUUUUCUUCUCUUGGCUCUGCUUUUUUUACUGAGGGAAUAUUCCCCAUUACUUGAUUCCUUGCUUCAUAUUUCAUUUUAUGUUUGGCUCUAUUUGAUUUUAAAGCCCAGUUUCAAUUGCAGUUCCCUUUUCAGCAACACCAAACUUUAUUUCAAUGUUAGAAGGCAAGAAAAAGCCCACUGGCACAGGCAGAAAAUCAAAUUAAUCUGGAGUUAACACAUGUAAGCAUAUUAUUUAAUAAGGGAUUUUUAAAUAAUUCAGCAGUCCUCGUGAAUCUGUCCUUUUCAUUUCUUUUUAAUGCAUGUUCAUUGGACUAACAAGUAAACAUCUAACUCAGUGCAUCCCCCAUGGCAGCUGGGAAAUGGUUCUCUAGGUCUGCGUCUCAUUUAUACUGUAUGUAUUUCAUCAUCAGCAGACCAACAAGUGUGCCUUUCCAUUGAUGGGUUUCAGUGGACCCACAUGGUCGAUUAAGAAGAUUGCAUUUGUGAUAUUUCCAACCCAAAGAGCUAUUAAGGUGCAGAUCUACACUCGAAUGCACCUAACACCCUUAGCUAUCAGGCUGCAGGACUUUAGGGAUCAUGGUUUUCUGCUGUGCGUCACAGAUACGCAAAACUCAUUUGAUUUAAUGUCACAACAUAACUGCAGUGCUUGUGGCCUGGAGCUUGACUCUAUUACUGUAUAUACUGUACGGAUAGAAAGCAGAGAAAAACCAUCAAGAAGAAACAGUUUUUGGCUUUCAAAAGACAGCACCAUCAUGUUUGCUUCAAUAUUUAUGACCUCUACAGGGGUGCUGCAAUCUCUGCACAGCAUUAAAGUUUGCCCCCUGCCCUCAAUAAAAAUGUUCUUUAUUGCACUAGAGUGAGGGGAACUCGUAACAAGCUAUUACAUGGAUGAGCUGCAUUUCUUAACCUCAUCCCCUCUUUUUAUCAACCAGAAUCCUGCUCGCUGACCCGCAGAGAGCCUCACGGCUGAACAUCUGUUUGCCUGUCCUCUACCCAUCUCUCCUCUGCUUAUUCAUCACUGCUGAGUGCCGCUCCUCUCUAUAUGUCUGUCUGUCUGUCUAAGUGCCAGACAAAAAGCCGGGUUAUUGAUCUUAACUAAAUGAAGCAGAGUCAAGGUCUUUAUAGCAGAUCUAUGUUUUAACUGACUCUGGCUGAAGGAGAAACCUGCUGUUUGACAAAGUUUGUCACAGUGGGACAAGCUCAGUGCUGAGCUGCGUCAGCCUCAUGGUUAAUGUUAACAGAGUGGCUCUAUGAAAGGGAACUGUGAUCUGAAUUUAAACUCAAAUCACACACACACAAAAAUCAUUGAUUGGCUGAUGCAGAGCUGGAUGUUUGGUGUUGGUGCAAACUCACAAACACACAGAAACACUCUCAAUAGCUCAGGGAAUGUGCCAAUUAUCAACAACAGCUGGCUUACAGUGGCCUGUGGUGACCAAAUUAGGCAGAAGGUGUUUUAUUACUUAGUGUCGCUGCGUGCCUUUGGGACUCAACAGUUGUGUCUGUUUACAAAGCUGAAGCAUACUAAUUUCAUUUUAAAUUAAUCAGCCAAUUACAGUUGAUUGUUGUUUUUUGUGAGAUACAUCCUGUGAAAUUAAUGUCUGCUACUGACCCACCACCAUCUGAAAAAACAUGAAGAAAUCUCGUUCUUAAUUAGAAAAUUAAAAUACAUAUAUAUCAGCAAGAAUUCAUAUCUUAGAUGUUCGAACACACACAUUUUGUUCACAAAAUGAUUCAACCCUUGAUUGACAGUCACCAGUUAAUAUUUCCAUCAGCCAACUCGUCACUUAUUUUCCCAAUUCUCACAGCUGAGUAAUGUCUAAAGUGACUCAUUUCCUUGUCAUUCCAACAGAAAUUUAAAUUAGGUCCAAACCAACAAGUAUAAAAGGUAAAAAAAAAAGCUCAAGCAGUCAAAAGUGAACAUGAUUCAUGUGAUCACAGAGUAUGCAGGUUGACUGUGUCUUUUUUUUCUCCUAAAGCGUGGCUGCGAUUAGCACCACCAACCUGUAAUUUCCUUUACAGGUGGAACCCUGCAGGUUUUCCAUGUACCUGUGCUUGCUUACACAUUGCUCUAAUUGAGUGCCUGUAUGCCAGUUUGACCACUAACAGCCUUCAUGUAACUUCAUCUCCAUUUACUUUAUCAAGAAACUACCAAACAAUACCUUGCUACAAGAUGCCAUCUUUGUCUGUUGCUGUUUACAUCUGGGCUGUGGAGAACUAGGGUAUUAUGACAAUUGGGCUGUAGCCAUUACCCAUAGCUAUACAUCCCCAGUUUGGACAAAACAAAUAAACAGAAUUAGGAUAGGCCCCAACAUAAUGAAAACACAAAGAAAUUGAUUAGCUGUUUGGUAUUUCCAGAGCCAACAUGUGAGAUUAAAGACUUUAAAUCAGAAACUAAAGGUGCACAUCAAAACUCAAAUCAGUAUUCACUUUAACAAACUUUUACAUACUAUUGAACAGUUGUCAUCAAUCAGUAAGCAACAUAUCAUCUACAUCAUAUCAUCAUGUCUUGAUCCUAAGUCUUUUUUCCACAUACACCUGCCUGAAAUUUUCUGGUUAAGUCCCAAAGUUGCUUGUACACACAUGUCCCACCCUGACAGUAUCAAUUCUUCCCUGUCAGACGAGGGGGGUAGGAGGGUGGGGGCUGAGGGCUGAGAGAUGAGUCGUGACAUGACAUCAAAAACAUGCUGCAGUUGCUCCACUGUGAUGUAUACAGCAUUAUCAAGGACAAAGCAACAGAGUCCUCCCAUAAACAUGGAUGCAGACAAAGAAAGGUAAGAUUAUUUAUAAAGCGCCAGUCGUACACUGACUAACAGAGACAUCAUCUCAGUGACAUCAUCCACUCGUUCCUGAGGGAUAGUUUAAUGUCCAAUGAUGGUGGUUGCUGUGUUGCAAAUGCUGACUCAUCCUUACUUCCUAUCAACCUUGAAGCAGGCAAAGAGAUGAAGCUGAAGUGGGCUUUUAGCCUUCUAUCAGAAGAUUUUUAAUAUGCUAGCUUGUCCAUCAACUCCACACUGUCCCUAGUCAUGCGAAUAUAUGUACAAUUUUGAGUCUUAACAUUAUCUUAAUGGAUGUAUUAUUAAAAUACCCUAAAAUGUACUCAGAAGUGGGAUGUAAACUUGUUUCUUAACUUAGAACUUAACUGAAGGUUCUUGACUGUACUUCCCCAUUAGCAUCAUACUUCACUAUUUGAAGUUGCUACUCAAAUCUUUUGUUAAAGAUACAGGUUUCUGUAUGUCAAUGCUAAGUGUAAAUCCACUGAUGUGCUAACAUCUUCACUGCCUAGGUUUUGAAAAAGACUCUCUUUCUUCAGCCUCUGAGUUUUUUUUAAAUCAUACAACGUUUCUUGUCCAGGGUCCAUACUGGUUGCAUAAUUCUAAAUCCCACCCCUGCCAACUCACUCAGGAUGAAUUAACACAAAUAAUUCAAGCUGCAUUCACAUAUUUGAUCAACCUUUUGGCAGAAUUUUUACAAAGUGGCAGGCCCGAAAGUUCCAGACAAAAUUUAGGGUGAGUAACACUUGUUUUCAUCUGCCUAUGCUUCAGAACUUGUGGGAGUUUCAGGAGUGUGGUGCGUUUGUGCACAAAUUAGAGUAGCUCACUACUUAAAAAUAAAAGGUUCAGUCAUCCCAGGCUCAAAAUGAGUUUGAUUAGUCUGAAGCCUCAAAGAGCUCGCUGUUUGAACACUGGCAGUACCUUUGUAUCUUUAUUGACUGCAAUCAGCAGUUAUUUUUGCCAAAGAAACCUAUUCUAAAAUCUCAACACAACACUUAACUAUCAUUGAAAGUAGAAUAGUAGAAAAUGAGGCAUCUUAUUCCCACGUUUAGAAGCUUGAAUGGUUUGCCUUAAAAGAAGUUGGAACAGUUAAAGUUCCAAUUUAGCUCAAGCAAUUAAUCAACUGAUUGUUUCAGCCCUUAAUAACUUACAACACAACAAACCCUGCCAUGCCAGAGUUGAUAAUUAGAAUGAGAUUGCAAUGGAACAACAACACAAUAACUGCGCCCCUAUCAUCUGAUGCUUCUCACAGACAGAAGCAGGGAUACAGUCAUGCAGUGUAACCUUUGGCUCGGGCAAAGUGAAACUCCUGGCUGACACAAAGGCUCCUCCUAAGCAGAGGGGUUGCAGGGUUACGCUGGUCUGCAGACAGGGCACAUUGGAAGGUGUGGUGCUGAUUUUCAUGCUGUGGCAAAGGUCAUGUGGUGCAAUGGUCACAUUAAUUAUGUAGGAGUGUGUCAGAAGAACAGCUAAGCCUCUGACCAAGAGGUCAGCCAAGAGGUCUCGACUGAAACAAAGGAAGACUUCAAACAUGUGGAGAGGCAGAUGUACUUUUUCAUCAUAUUUUCACAUCAAAAUGUGCCCGAUGAAGGUUUUCCUCAGAGGUAAAACAGGGUUCCCUUCUUUAAAGAUUGAUUGAUGCUAUGCCUGAAUGAUCACAUCAUUUUGGGGGCUCAAAAUCUCAGCACUUGAACUUGUACCCUCAAAACAGAGAUCAAGUUUGUGGGAAUUAAGAACCUAGAGGAGAUUUCCAGACUCUGGCAGUAAAGAAAUGAAGGUGACAUAAAAGUACACAUAAAUUAAGCACUAAUGUGUGACAUACUUGGAUAAAUCUGUUUAUACUGUUCAAAUAACACCAAAGGACAUAGCAUGAUAGAGCCUGUCCACUACCAUUCAUCUUCAUUUGUCUUGGUCGAGGUGCUAACAAAAACAGAGUGACUCAGCGAGGAAAGAGAGAGAGAGGGAGUGUGGAGGGAGUUGAUUUCCCACAAGAACAGUGGGAUGUCGGUGUGUGGAAAAGCCUGUGUGCAGGACUCAAAGGGAUCCAUUGACAAAACAGGCUCAACAAUUUGUAAGUUAAAUUUUGAUGUUGUGUGUUAUCAUCGGAAAACAACAAAUGAAUUCUUUGUAUUCGCCCUUUAUAACUACAGACAGAGCUGAUCAUCCCCCCAAGGGUUUGCAGUGUAGUACCGCCAUCUUCCCAUAAAAGCCAAGUAUGGACAAACCAAUUUUUUUUGUUUGUUUGUUUGUUUUUCAGAGUUUUUUCUGGCUGCUUUUGGUUUCCCUUUAAACUGAUUUAGCUGCAAAUUUAUCUCUGAAUCCUUCAUACUGGUACUUUGACAAGGCUGCAGUCUCUACUGAACCUCAAUUCUAGAGAAGAUUUCAUUUACCAUGUUUGCAUUUGUCCUGAUACUUCAGAAAGGACUGAGAAAUUGGUUGCCGUUCAUUCCUCAAGGUUGUGAAUUCCAUUGUGAAGAAGUCAUAUUCACUCCAAACUGCAUUCGUUUUUCAGAUCUCAUUUCACCUUUCCAUUCCUAUUUCCUAGACAAUUAUACCCUGUCAAGACCUACACUAAACAAAACAUGGUGGGGAAAGUAUAUGUGAUUCUUUCGCAAUGUAACUGUCUCUCUUUCAGAAAUUUUGUCUCAGUCUAAACUAUUCAGAGUUUUCAUCAUGUUUAAGCUUUCUUGCUCUCAAAGUUUCUUGACUGGGGUUUCAGCCAGUGGGCUUGUGUGUGAAGUUUGUCGCUGUCAUUUUAACGAUUACUAAGUGAUUAGUGGUUCAGUGGGAGCCCUGAGGAGCCUCAUCAAGCAAAUUGCACUGAUAAAGAAGUGUUUGUAUCGUAUCUGUUAUUUUAAAUUAAAUCAGAUUAAAAUGUUAUCUGAAAAUAAUCUUGAGAAAUCAGGGCUGAUUGAGUUUUUUUUUUUUUUUCCUGAACUGGCAGCAUCUUUUUUUCUACACAAAACCAAUGCAGUCAUGCAUUUAUUAAUGCUUAGCAUCCUCAGCCCAAAAAGGCCUCCAGAGUUAGCUGGUUUCUCUCACUGUGCUCAUGGUAUUCUCAGUUCAAAGUAGUUUCACUUCAGGACUAAUGACAAACUUGUCAAUGUCUAUACCCAACCCAUCGAUGUCAAAGGGGGAGGGACUUCUUAUAUUAACAUUGUCGACAUCAACGGUAGAGAUAAAGCUAACCAGACUUGUGAAGUUAAAACUGUCCAGGUCUAGAGUUGCAGUUUCGACAAUUUACACCAAUACAAUUCCUUUCUAUUUUUUUAUUACCAUUUACCUUAUUUGCAAAAUGUUCCUAAAUAGAAGCACAUUUAUAAGAAUGCAAAACUAUUUCAAACAGACCUGACUGCUAAGGGAAGCAGAAGUGCUUUGAGAUGAUGUCCUUAUCCUAGAAGCAGUGAGCACCAGCACAAAUGAAGUGCUGUUGGUGGACACAGGCCCUAAAAUAUCGAUGUGAAGAUCUUGAAAUCGCUGCAGCCACUUUUUAGUCUCCUAUUGUCACUGCUUCAUCAGAUUCGAAAACGUUUGUAUUCUUGCCUCUAACAUGAUGACAGACGUUGGAGAAGUGACCACACAGAGGUAUUAAGUAAGGGUGUGUCAAGACUUUUUUUUAACAACACAAAUUGAUGGAUAGCGUUUAAUAUCGUGAAAGUAUCAACAAAUGAAAAUGCCACAAAAUGUAUUGAAGUGAAAGGAAAAGUACAGGCAGCCUGCUUCAACAGAGUGCUCUCAUAGAUGGUUUUCACACAAGACCAGGUGGCCACUGACAGGGCAAACGGCCAAUCAUAGUUCAGGACUUUGGGUUGUCACCUGAAAUGGCCAAUUUCAAUGAGAGCCAUCCCUCCAGACAUAACUCGUGGUAUUAGAGUGUGCUUACUGCCCAAAUCAGUGGUAGUUUCAAGUUGAGAGUGUAUCACUGCGAGUCUGCUGGUCAAGAUUUCUUGAUUCAAAAAUUAAUGUAUGCCGAUAUUUCUACACAAAAAUACCAUAGACAGAGAAUCAUUUAUCAUCCAACAUUCAUUUACCUGUGGAUAGAUGAUUGAGCAUUUUCAACUGUGCAAUAAAACACACUUAAACACACAUCAUUAACCUGCAUAGCCACACAUACACAAAAAGGCUACAAACACACAAACCAGAUAGACAAGGCACAUUUUGGGUGACUAAACCACAACAGGUGCACCUCUGACAUAACAACCUCCCUCCACUGAGUCGUGACUUAAUUAACAGCCUGCUGGCCCAACACUGAACACAGCACAUAAAGAAGAGGCUAAUUGACAAGACAGGGCAGGUAAAACUGAAAGAGCUCAAAUGUCGGAAACAACCUUCUGUGGACAUUUUCAAAUCCCAACCCAAAGAACCAGUGAUCUCUGUCCUUUCUGCAUCAGUCACCACUCCUGCUGUUGUUGCAUUCACCCACAUCCACAAUCCACUUUUAAAUAUGACGUCUGUUUUGGCUUUCAGGUGGCAACAAAGAGAAAGACAAACUAACAGGACACAGACAGAGAGAUUAAAGAAACAAAGAAGCUGCACAAAAGGGCAGGAAGUUCAGACAGUGACAGUGAGAAAGCAGUCAGCAGAGCUUGCUAAAUAGAUACCAUCUGGUCCGGCUUUGAGAGGCCAUUUAUGUAAGGACAGUAUGCAGCCAGCAGAGACAGCCAGGAGGAUGGAUCCUGCAGCUGCCCAAAUCUUUCUGUCUAUAUCUUUAUUUCAUUUGUCAAAAACAACAAGGGGGUGGACUUUGCAGGCAGCCAGCGUGUCAAGUGAGGUUUACAGAAAUUGAAAAUGUAGUGCUUACCUUGCACAUGAAAGGGAAUCACGGUCUGGAGCUUCCUACAAGAGUGAGAAAAUAAGGAAGAGCCAAUUAGAUGUGAGAAAUACUGAGAAGAAUUUAAUGACAGUGUCUGGAUGUGUGCAUGAUCAUCACAUGAUGGAGUAAACAGAUUUAUGGUUACAAGACUAAAUUCAACCAUACAGUAAAUUGAGCUACAUCCAUUUUAGUCUGCUGAACCCACAAGGUUUUACAUAAUCAAAUCCUGUAGAUUAAAGAUACAAUAAAAAGUUCAUCAGUUAGAAAGUCCAGGACUUACUUUUAUAAAUCAGCUGCUCUUUUCCCCACAAUGUGAACUGGCUGAAUUGUCCUGUAGGAUGUUCUGUGCGACUGGCCGGGGCAGCAGCCUGCAGUGACAGAAAGGAUUAGGCCCAGUGCCGAUGGCUUCAUUUGAUUGGCUCUCUCAGUGCAAAGGCCUGUCUAUCACAAACCAAAUCCUUUUAAUAAACAGCAUAAAUAUUUAGCAGAGGUUUUACCACCUCUAGGGAUUGAAAGCAUAUUGAAGACAGUGGUGACCCUGCUGCCAAAAUCCCUUUAAUGUUUGCAGCUUCCUAGAGGCCAGACAUGUGACAGGCACAGUCUCUUUGUCCAGGAUGGCUCAUUUCACAGUGCACUGGGGAGAUUAUUGUGUCAACUCUUUCAUAAUCCUAACAGGAUUUUUGCAGAUUCAAGGAUUUGGAACAUUUGAUAGGAAACGCCGGCAGCUAGCGUUCCAGGGUGACGGGGGAUUUCUCAUUGAUUGAAGAGGAUGUAUAUGCAACUUUGUAUCACAUAUGAGUGUAAAAUUAGACAAAGCCUUUGUCAUUUCAAUUGAAUAAUCUUUUCCGAUGUUUAUGCUCCAAAAUGUUCUAAGCUAUGGUUAAGGCGUGUUUUUUUCAUGGAAGAGAAACACGUGCAAAAAAAAUUGUAAAGCUACUAAAACACUGCGAUCAGUCUGAUCCAUAAUCAUUUUUAUUUCAUUGUCUGAGAUAAAUCCAUAGAAUAUACACAGUGUGUAUUUACUAAACUAUUAUCUGUGCAUGUGACUCACAGUGCGGUGCAGUAUCUGUGUUUUUCACACUUUUAAUCGUCAUUUAAGCCGCAGUGGACUUCUUUUCUCAUGGGAGACUGCAGCUGAUCCAAUGAUGACUUUUACUGGAAUGACUGUGCAAGUCACCCUGCAAUCCCCACUGGCAGAUGAUAUUCUCCAUUUACUGUCUGGCUAUAAUCCAAUUAAAGUAAUUCAUCCCUAAGCCUUUGACCUCACUCAGGCUUUAAAGAAAAUACUAUUGCACUGAUUGAUUGCAGUCUCCAAUUAGACUUUUUACACCUUGUUACCAUUAAGUUAAUAUGACAGGUCUUCUCCUCAUAAAAAAAACUUAAAUGGGCCAAAAAUCUUUAUCUUUUGGGUGUUAUUUUAUCUGCUCUGUGACACAAAUUGUUUGUCACUUUGUUAGACAAAUUUUUGUGUAAGGUGGAGUGAAACUCAAGCGUUUGUCCAGUACACUUUGUUUAAUAGAAAUCUUUAGAAAAUCAGACUGUGCAGCCCAGGCUAGGAGCUCCAUGAUGCUAACUGAGCACCUACCGAGUACACCACUACCAUCAAAUUUAGUACAUAAGGUGCACUUUUGAUUUCUUUUUUUGUUAUCUGAAAAUUGUCUGCAUCCUACACACCGGUGUGACCUUUAUCCAACAAUCGCAUGUGAAUAUAAUUUACUGUUCUGCUGUAUUUUACCAAGAAGAUAACGCUUGAAAUAGCAAGAGGCUGCCUUACUGUGCAAAGGAUGCCGGAUACAAAGCAAGGCAGAGGAAAAGAGAAAAGUUGGUAUAGUGUUAAGGAAUCAAACUUUGUGGAGUGUUGAUGAUUGACAAGACUCCUCAGGUGACCAGCUUGAGUCCUGGGGAAUUGGUAAGCGAGCAGUGUGUCCAUCUUAUAGACUUUUGCAUUCAGAUCGCUGUGAAUCUCUGUUAGACCCAAACAGCAGGCUUAGACACAGUGAGAUUUCCAACAUCACAACAGCAAGCUCCUCCCCUGGAGCCCUGCAAUGCAGGCUAGACUCGAAGAAGUAGAGGAUGGUCGCGGAACAAGCGUGUGUGUUAACAGACCUUGUACGAUUGCAAAGCUCAUAAGAAAGCUAAUUAUGAUAUUAACUUUCAUAAUUUCUCCAAAGACAUUAGUGUCUGAGAGCUGAAUAGCUCCUAUGUUACCUGCCACUUGUACUACACUGUUAGGCUGCAAGCUAGCGUGAAGAGAAGGUUGAAGAGCAGCGCUGUCUCCAUCCAUGAUUCUGAGGCGAAUUGCUAAUGAGCUCCUGCAGCUCUGCAGAAGAAAGGCCCUUGAAAAUAACACAGGUAACGUGAUUUUGACUAAAACUUCAUCACAAUUUAAAGACCACCAAGAACACUUUAAGUUGUAAAAAAAACGGAGUGGGACUUUAACAGAUGGAACAUGGGUCAAACUAUACGAUACAAAAUACAUAUUUCUUUUCUGAGCAUGUGUGAUGUUGUCACAGUGAAUUCUUCAAGUGCAGAAUAGAGGAUGAAUGAUAAGUCCUGAAGUACUUCAUCAGCACAAUAUAUCAGCGCUUCUUGAACUUCUUGAAGAAGCAGUCUUUUGGCUUCACAUUUCACAAAGAAAGGAGCAUGGUGGAUCAGUGUCAGUCAGCUGUCAGCUGCCUGUCGCUUCCUUACGCCUAUCAGCAUUUUUGAUGGCUAAGCUCAACUAUUGUAUCAGUGUAGUUAGUAUAGUAAUGAAAACCAACUCCACUAGAAAGAACUGGAGUACUUUGAUGGUACUGUUAGCAUGCCUACUUAUGCAUAAAGAUAUAGCUAUCAUAAUAACAUUUUGUACAUUAUUACUGUGCUAAGCAUAUUCUUUUCCAAAGCAUAGGAAAAAACUUCAGAAAUUUUUAGCUUGAACGUGAAGCUGAGGCGUGUGUUGAUUUAGUUUUGCAAUUCUUUACUCAUAAAUUAAACUAAAACAAUUUCUGUUAUUUCAAGAGCUGACAGUGCUGGGCGUAAAGUUAGGGAUUUCACGAGACAUUAAGUUUCAGUACAUGAGGACUAUAAAUGCUUCAACAAGACUGUACAGACUUACAGGUACUUCAGUGGCUGACUAACCUCCAUCCUCCUUUAGGAACACUCAGAGCCAUGUCACAAACACCAAUAAAACUUUGAAUACCUUAAAUCCAAAUCUGCCUGUUAAGACUGCUGACAUUCAGCAUUCAGGCCGACAUAAUCAAAAGUAAUAAAAAGUCCAUUCAAAGCAUUUUCUAAUAACACCACAAACUUCACAACAACAGAGCAGUACACAACUGCAGCAGUAACUCCACACAUAAACCAAUAUUAGAUUCAUUAUUAGAUUCACUGCAUUGCCAGCUCUGAUGCAGAUGCAUUUUUGUGGUGGUAAAUAAUUCAGUCAGCUAGAGAAAUGAGCUUGGUCUGUUCAUCUGUCAGUCAUAAAUAAUCCCUGAGAUAGUACUCACCUAUUGUCUAACUUCUCAAGGCACUGAUCCAAUAAAUCCCAGCCACUUAGGCCUCUCCUCAAUUUCCAGCUCAUGCUGCACAAGUCCCAAGUUUCUUCAGUUGAUUCCAUCUCAGAUUCAAAUUAUAAUUCAUACUUCAGCCAUUUACCAGACACAAUUAAUCAGAGAGAUCAACAAUUAGUGCAACAGUGAAAUAAGUGAAAAUUCCUCGAGCAUCAACAGGGUAAGCAGGCAGAUAAUUCAGAGUGCCAUGUGGAAGUGCCAUGGUAAUUGUCACUGGAAUGGACUCUUUAAUUCCUAUUAAACCAUAAUUAGGACUCUGCAUUCUAGAGGCAGCAUCCAAAAGGCUAAGCCACAGCCUCUGCAUAUGGGAAUAUGCUAAACUAAUUGUGUCUGAAUGAUGUCGUACGAGUAGAAUUAAUACUGCAUUAACUUCCUUUAAGUGCAUAAAUUGGAGUUGUCGAGCUCAGUGUCAAGCAUUCUCCUUACGAGUAGAUGUACAUUUAAUCAAGUUUAUAAAAUGUUAUUUACUGAGCAAGAUGUAAACAUUUAGCAGAUAGUUUUUUGUUUGUUUGUUUGUGUUCUGAAAAGUAAUACAUCAUUUCAUAAAAUGUGGUGAGCCAUGUUUCUUAAGGGCUAAUAAGGACGCUUUCUGUAUUGGAGGAUUUUGUGAUUUUCCUUUCAUUAUAGUACCUUAUACCAGUGGCGAUUGCUCUAAGACUGCAAGGGAAGCUCGGCUUCCCUUAAAAUGUCACCCCCCCAAAAAAAGAAAAAGUGGUGAAAUACGUACGGCUGUGUGUACAUUUCAUUAACUAAAUACGCACUAGAAAGCCUUCAACUUUUGUUCAGACACUGUGAUAAGAAGCUGAUAAUCACAGGUGACCGGCAUAACUUCGUUCUCAUUCAUCCUCGCAGCGCCUCGGCGCUUUAAACAGCCGGACGCUGGGCUUCUGCUGACUUCAAUGUGGAAGCUUAAAGUGGGUUGUUCCAGCAGCGAAACUAGACGCUCAUUGGAUAAAUGCUGGGCUUUGUCCCGCCCAAUGGAAGCUAAGCUUCACUGGAGUUCUAUGGCGAGAGGGCGGUCCCGACUUUCUCCCGGACUCCAAGCUUCUGCAUUCAUGAUUGGAUGAGCUGUCUGAGGCGAAAUCCUUUUUUGAUUGACAGCUAAACAAGCGAAUCAGCGAUCUUGAAGAAUAAAACAUCUACCAGAGCAUUUUCCAAGUCAUUCAUUCCGUUGUUCUUAACUGCUCCAGAGACUUUACCGAUCCUCAGCGACUUUUGUCUUUGUUAAAAACGACUGCCGUUGUGUUUGGCGACUCUGUUCUGUUACAUACUAAUAAACAAAUAGAAUUAUGAUGUAGGCCAGAAAAAUGAGCUUCCCCUCCUUGAAAGACCAGCAGCCGCCACUGCCUUAUACCUAUUUAAAACAUUUCUCCUGAUCUUUAUUGGUAGUUACAUAAUUUAAAAGCUGAUGGCUCAGAAGAAUACAUUAUGUAAUCAUGCAGUUCAAUAUCCGGAUUUGUCCCUGAAGUAUCAACAACCAAUGACUAGUUGACUCUCAAAAUAAUCAUUAGCUGUAGCCACAGGCACUAUCCCAUCUAAAAUUCAGUAAAAACCCGUAGAGACACUUUGUUUCCCACAUAAACUGUAUUGAACAUCGGCGUGGUCUUGAUUCUACUUCUUAUUGGUUUCUAAAGAGGCAUUAAGAAUCACAUAUUAACUCCAGUUAGCCUCUGGCUAUAGAAACUGGCAAAGAAGGAGAGCGCAGUCUUGCCACCUGGCAAACAGCUACAAUGAACCCACCUGCCAGUCACAUCAGCUCCAGUCCUGAUUAUGCCUAAUUAUGCGUAACUCUUGGCUUUUUUUUUUUUCAUUUUGUUUCCCUUCUUUUUCAUUCACUUUGAAUGAUUUUUUUUCACUGAGGGCUUUAUACACCUUCAUUAGAGAGGAUAGGACAGAGGAUAGUGUGAGAAAUGGAGGGAAAGAGUGAAGAGUGACAUGUGGGCUGCCUGCUUGGGGAAGCCUCAGCACAUGGGCUGUGCCUUGCACGGCUGGCACCCCUUAACUUUGAGCUUUGGUAUAAUUAGAGUAAGUAGAUUACAUGAAAAUGUCUCCUUGUGCAGCUGUCAUGAACAAAAUGGGAUCUAGAGACAGACACUGCUUCUUUUUUUUUUUUUUUUAGUUUUUCCCCAGGCUGCUCACAUGCUAAAUUUUGUUGUAAAAGGUGGAUUUCAAGAUUGGUCAUGAGGGUUUGGGGGCAGGGCUCAAGUGGACAUACUAGGGACUGCAGUUUUUUUACACGACUACAAGUCCUCAUUUUUUUAUCCAUGUGUUUUCACUUUGUUUCCACAUGGGCUUUGCUUAUUUUAUUGCAUUAAAGAGAGAGCACCCUCCCCCUUUUUUUCAGUUUUUGGGAUUUAGUGCAGCCACAGAGAUAAAAUAUCAUGGUUGAAUGCCUCAUUUUCAAUUUUGAUGUUCUUAUCUCUUAUAUAACCAAGACAUACUAUAGUUAAAUUAUAUAGAUAAAACUUGGCUGUGGGUAUUUAAACAAACAGACAAAGAAAGCAUUUUUCUUUUCGUUUAAGUUACAUCACAAGAAAUGAUUGCUACAUUAAUCCUAAAAUACUUCUUUUUCUACAAGAACAUGUCUCAUUUGUCCCAAGAUAAAUCAGGGAGCUGUUUACUUGCUGUUGCACUUCAGCCUCCAAGUCUUGAUGGAUCAAGUAUUUACAGAUUGCAGGGAGUAAUUAUUUAAAAUAGUCAUAAAACACUAAAAAGUAACUAAAGACAGAAAAGAGCUUUUAGCUUUGGUGUUUUUUUAGCUGUUACGUAAUAAGCCAGAAAACCUCUCAAAGCUUACAUCAUACUCAUUUCUUAUUGCUUUUAAAUACAUCGUGCAACAAAGUUUGAUUCUGGUCAACAACUGCAAACUACAGACCUUAAUGAGAGACAUUCAUCAACACACCUCGGAGUGAAUUUUAAAUCUUAUUCGUCUCCACUGUGGCUGUUUACAAAGGUGUGUGCUGGCUUAUUCACUGACUGAUAACUGAAACUAUUCAACACUGCAGCUGAAUGAAAUGCAGUGUUCCUCCAAGCUAAUGAUAAACCUGUCGGAACGAAAGCCUGAGAAGAAGAUAAGUUAAAGGUCAUUUUUCUCAGACCUGACGACAAAGCAGGGAUGUGGUGCCCCAACUCCUGCAGCCUGAGGAAACACUGGCAUCUGGUGACAGUGUCUGCAGGGUGAUUGGAGAGCGUCUGGCCAUAGUUGUAGCAGCCACAUCACUAUUCUCAUCCACCCACCAUCCCUCCAUCCACCAGAGCCUCAACAAGCUACCGUGAGCAGUAGUCAUAGCAACGAACGGGCUAGCCGGUGCCCUUGGGGAUCAUUUCUUGACAGAAUUCCUCGGCGUCCUCUCUCUGUAAAAGGUCGGCCCCUCUGCUGAAUGGCUGUUUAUCUUUGCAGGCGUGUGAGCCUCGGUGUCCCCCUGGCUAUAGCUCCAUCGCUCUCCCUUCUGUUCACUCCUUCCCCGCCACUUACUUUGACUGCCAAAACCUCAUCUCUAAAUUAAGUGAAGGAUUCAAAGCUGAAAAUUCUGUGUGGUAACCACAGAGCCGCAGGACAAAAACAGUCAGAGGAGGAUGCAUCCCUCUGUUUCUGAUUCAAUGACUAAUAUGUUUGCUCUUGUAAGGACACUGAUGGUGGCUGUGCACAGCUUCAGCUCACUAUUUCACCCUGAUAUCUGCAAAAUGCUCAAGGACUAUCAAGAGUACGAACAGGGCUCAGUGAAUAAUGGACAAGGUGUAAGUGCAGGCUAUUCACAACCAGGAUGUUUAUAUUGUCUCCUCUCUGAGGUCACAAAUCUUGGCUCCUCAGCACUCAAGAGGAGGCGCUUACUGACAUUUUUAAUGACACACCUGAUGAAUGGCGAGUCAGUGGCAGCUCCUUAAAGACCACGACUGAGGGAGUGUCUUUAAAGCUCCUGCAGAGGGGGAUAGAUAGAGGAGGGAGGAGACAUUAGAAGGACAGAAAGAAGGAGAAUAAAUGGGUAGUGAAGUGCACUGUCAGAAUCCAUUGAGGGAAUAAAAGGAGAAAAUAAUCAUUCUCAAUCAAAUGCAUGUAAUCCCUUUUAGAGGCAGAACCAGCUGCUGCAGCAUCAUCUGUCACAGCUGUGCACUUUUGAUACAGACAAAUAAUCUUUUGUAAGUCAGCUGAAUAUUGAAGACCGACAUUUUGAUUCCAAACUAAUCUUUUUAAAUGAUUAGUGUCAUAGGAAUUCAAAGCACAAAUGGCUAAAUGGAUUUUUUGCCAUGGCCUGAGUUCAAUAUGGAGCCUAUCAGCAACAAAUCAAGCCUCAUCUGAUACCACGAUACAAGGUAGAGAUCGGUAAUGCACGAGUGCUAUUGCAAAUGAGCCGUGCUCCCCUGUGAGGCAAUGUUAUCAGAAACAACAAGUGACAAGAAUAUCAAUCUGAACUAUUGACUAACGUGACUCAGCCCUCUGUUUCUGUCAGUUUGUCUCAGCCUGUGGCCCCCUAGAAACAAGUCCGCUCAGCGAAGCCCUGCACAAUAAUACCGAAGAGAGCUGCCAUGCUCUUUAUCGCUCUCUUUUCUUUCUGUUUAAGCCCGUUUCCACAAUCAGUGUCUCAUCUUCCGCCAGCAAUCAUCAGAGUCCCAGAUCACAAAUGUAAGCUUAAAUAUCUGGCUCUCUCCCCUUCACAUAAUCAUUUCCACCCUUUUUUUUCUUUCAGUCGGUUUUCUGCCACAAACACAGAAACCCACGUGUCGCACAUAAUCACACAAAGACACACACAAACACACACUCUUUCAGUAAUCUUGCUUUCACUGCCUCCCACACAGGCAUCUGUAAAAGAGCAUGUGUGGUUCACAGCAGUACCUUGCUUGGUUCACACUGAGAAAAGGUUGGCAGAUUCAGAGACCUUAAUGUGCUACUGACUCGACUCUGUGUGCAUUGUGUUAGAGGUCCCUGAUAAUAGCCGUUUAAGUAAAAGCAGGACACAAAAAUCACUUUUAGCACUUUAGUUUUAAGCAAAAUGCAAUUGACUUCACUUUAGUGUGGCCAAGGAGCCAAGAAAGAGGUGUCAAACAAGAUGUCAAUCCAAUUUAGCCAAAUGAGCCAACUACAACAAAGAAAGAACAUUUACAUUUUAGCUCACAUCUUUUCCACCUCAACUCUGAAAAAAUACAGACUUGAUUGAUUUUUUUUUAACAUUCAGACAAUAGAUAACCAUUUUAUUGGGUUCAAAUGUUUAACUUUGAUCCCAUCUUUUAAUCAAAGUAGAAAAGGGCAACCUUUCCAAUUUUUUGACGUGUUAAGAAUUUUUCUUGAAAUUGCUUUAAAAAUGUAUGUGCUGUGUAUGGGCUAGGCUUCUGGUACAAAAAAGCGCAAAUCUACUAAUUUGGUGAAAAUAUCUUGCAGCAUUGUGGAAUCAAAUAGUGCUUGUUGCAUCAUCUUGCAGUAAAUGAAAUGUGUUGAAGUCUUGUCUGGUUGUACAAGCAUGUUCGACUGUUCUUUACAUGCUUUAAAGAUUGUUCAUAAAAUCUUCAUCACACUCGGCUGUAGUAUUGCUGGAGACUCGUGGGACUGUGGUGUCAAGUGUGAAGUCGAUUGGAUGAGUGGUUCUCAGGAAGGGUGCGGGCAGCUCUACUGCAGUUCUCUACAUGCGCUUCACACUUCUGGGGGGGCAAGCAAUCAACCCUUUGCUCCCAGAGGGCAACCAAUCCCGUCUACCAUGUGCUCUGAACAAGCACCUCGCUACUACUGCAGAGGAGUAUUGUCGCUGUGGAGAAACAGGGAAUGUUUCAUCUUUGUUUGUUUAUAUUUCCUUUCUUUCCUUGUGCAGGUGAAUGAUUGCGAAACAGAGAAGGGUCUUCGCAGUGCGACCUUGUCCCAUGCUGCUCCCUCCUCUCAGGGGAUGGCCAAGGUCCAGGAUGGACACAGUAACGCAUGUGACAGGUAACAUUUUACUAGACAUGUCGUUGAUAGUUUUCUCUGCAAAAAGCAGUCUGUCUUUUCCAAAUGUACAUGAAUGGAUGGAUUUUGGUUUUUGUUCCUUCCAGCCCUGAAAUGUUAGAGGAGAGCCAGGAUGGUAUGGACAGUGGUACCCUAAGUCCUGCCACAGCUCGACAGGUCACCAUCCAGCGCCACCCAACUCAAGGCUUCGGCUUUAUCGCAGGCAGUCAGAGGCCUGUCAUUGUACGCUCCGUCUCUGCCGGUAAUUUGAGAAUGAGAUGCAAAUACAGGGAAAACACAGAGAAUAUCCACUCAUACGGAAUUUGUCUCUUAUUGUUUGUAUGACUUUGUAUGCUGGCUGUGUGUCUCAUCUAACAUGCAGACGGCCCUUCCUUUGGCAAACUUCUCCCGGGAGACCAGAUCUUGGCCAUUAACGAAGAGACGGUGAGCGACGCGCCCCGAGAGAGAGUCAUAGACCUUGUAAGGUAACAUCCUUUACUGUCCCAGGAGGGUGGGAGGGGGAGGGCAGGGGGCCAGGAGGGACCAGCAACAGGGCAAGUGGAGAUAAAAGAGGACACGGGUAAAGAGAGCGGAUCAAAAGGAACAAAGUGUUUCUUAUUCCCGGUGAUGCGUUUCAUCAAUAUGAACCUGUGGAUGAGUCAGUGCUUGAGCAGCUGAAGGACAGUGAGGAAAUGGCAGAUAUAAACCCGCAAAAGCUCUCCAAAUACUGUGCUGUCCGCGGCGUUAUCUAACACACUCCACUCUCUGUUGUCUCUCCACAGACGCUGCAAAGAGACUAUAGUUCUCACUGUGCUGCAGCCCCAUCAGGUAGUAUAAUGGGACACUCACUCUCUUUCAUGUUCUUUCCCUUAGGAUUCACUCUCUCCCUCUUCAUCUGUCUUGACACUUUCCUGUCUCUCUGAAUCAUACAGAAACGCCAAACAGAAAUCUGUUCCAACAGUGCACAAUAGUGCAGUGCAGACAUACAGUACAUUAGUAUUCAUGGCCACGGUCGGGCCUACGCUUCAGAGUAAUUUCUUUUUUCGGUUGCCCCUUUCAGAACAGCUCCAUAUAAAGCACAUCCAAGGCACCUACAUCUGGCCUUUUUAGAGAAAGAUGGUGUACGUCUCUAUCCACAUAACAGGAAGAGAGGAACUUAUUCAGCAGACCAUUCAGCCAGACAUUUUUAGAAGAUGAAAAACAAUUUAGAGAACCUAUUGGAUUUAUACAUAUCAGAUUUGUGGGGAGGGUUCAUCCAGAGCAUAAAACAGUCCUCAUUUUUUGAGUUUCGCAGCAUUUCUGCAGAAGUUGGCCCACAAGUUAACUCUAAAGGUGAACAUUUUUACUGAUCUUUCACUAAGCAGCCUAAAAUUGAUAAGUAUUUUAACUUUUAUCAGGUGAUCCAUGUUUGCUGUGUCGCACUGCGGCAGCAUUAGGCACGUCUCUUUAGCACAGGCAGUCACAGGUGCUUUUUUCUCUCAUUUUGGUCUAUUCUUUCAAGCUAACUCCAGAGCUUCUCUUCUCUCUCUCUCUCUUCUUAUUCUCAGUCACCUAAGUCUGCCUUUAUAAGUGCAGCCAAAAAAGCCCGCCUGCGAACCAACCCGCCCAAAGUGCGCUUUUCCGAGCAAGUGUCCAUCAGCGACCCAGACUCAGUAAGUUCAACGAGUUUUGUCUCUCUUGACAUGGACAUGUAAACACAUGCUCUCAGCCUUCUUCCAGAUCACACUCUUUUGUUUGAUUAGAAAUUGCAGAAAGCUUCUAGUAGCCACUCUCCAUCCUCUUAUGCAAGCCCGAGCUUCUCUACUGUGUGAGCCUUUGGUUCAGCUGUUAAGCCUUGAACAAACUGCUCCUUGAAUCACUCGAGUUCUUGCAGGAGAAACUCCAUUUUACAAGCAUUCAAACCUUUUUUUAAAGCACGUACAAUAUCACAGAGAAAUGUUCAAUCAUUUGUUCAUUUCAUAAAUAAUCGAGAUCUUUUGGCAUAAAAUUUGACUUGCAUGGUUGCACAUGGAAAAUCUAUCAUAUUCACAUAUUUCUGGACUGACCAAUCAGCACAUCUACAGAUGACACCUGUGUAAGAGGACCACAAUAUCUCAUAUUGUAACCUAUUGUAACUUAACCUAACCACAGAAAGACUGUUUGCGAAUCAGUCAAUGACUGCAAAGGAAGGCAAAGAAAAGAAAUACAAUUUAUUUUCAGUAAAUGCCGUAGGUGUUUUUAAAAAGGAGAGCACUUUACUGUGUAUCUAUUAUUUGAAUUUUGUGUCAUGCAGCUAACUUUUUGGGGGAGUACCAAGUCUGCGGUGGUCAGUAAGUACCUACCAAAAGUGUCCCAAGAAAGGAAACCCAAUGCACAGUAACAAGGUCUUAGGCUGCAAAGGUUAAUUGAUACACAUGGGCAGCAAAAGCUUGUUUGCGUGGUCCAAUCCAACAGAGGAGCCACGGGACUUGGUGCUGGUUUUGAUGAAAAGUUGUCAGGACAAAGGAGCUAGUUUGGCACAGUUAAUGGAGCAGAAGUUUGAUGCACAAAGACCACAGAGUUAAAGGCUCAACUUCCAGUCCCAGGAUUAUCUGGUUCAUGUCAUAUCCUAAUAUCUCCUUACAUUCCCUGUACACCUGUACAUAGAAAAGGCUGAAAAAGCCCACAUAACUGGUCUUACAAAAAGGUGCAAGAAUGCAGAGUGCAUCACAGCUUUUCAAGGCUGUUGGAGCUGCACACCAGGUGCCCAUGCUGAUCCCUGCUCACCACUGAAAGCACCUCCAACUGGCACGAAAUCAUGAGAACUGGACUGUGGAGUGAUGGCAGAAAGAAGCCUGGAACAAUACAGCAGUGUUGACUUGGUCUUCAAAAUCACAGCUCUCCAUCUAUUCAAGCAUCUGUGUAACAGGCCAGUUAACCAAAUCUGAUCUAUGACUAUCUAAACUUUAUAUCUAUUCAGAAAACAUUCUAAUAUAUGGAUGAAAACAAAGCAGUUUAAGGGCAGGCUUGGGUAGUGUCAAACAAAUAGAGGGUCAGUGAGCCUUUACAAGAUAUAAAGGAUUUGUUGAUGUCUCGGUGCCAGAUACCACAUCCUACCUUCAGAGGGCUGCUGGAACCCAUAAUGUGGGUCAGAGCUGGUUUUGCCCUGACCUAAUGAGAAGGAGAUCCACACAAUAUUAGCCAGGUGGUGACAAUGCUAUGGCUGACUGGUGUACAUAAACGUGACACAGUGAGUGCCCGCAAAAAAAUGUUGAUUAGGAUUUAUACCAUGAUGGUGCUUUUGGAGUUCACACAGUGUUUUAGACAUAUCUCUGGUUUCUGGUUUACCUGUUUGGGGGCUUUGACCACAUUUUAUUCAAAAACUUCUUUUAAAUUCAGAAAGCAGAAAGCAUUAAUAAUCUAAAGGGUUUCAAUCAGUGCGAUCAUUUUCACUAAGUUUCCAUAGCCUGGUGGUCCAUCAAAGAUCUGUUGGGGGUUAGUCUGUAAAUAAAGUGAGAGCAUGAGAAUGAAUGAAGCAAUCAAUAUAGAAUCAGAAGUUAGAGGAUGGGUGUUUCAUCAGUUCUCUUUUUUCUAUUUACCUGGACUUAAUGGAAGAAAGUGAACAGCAGGAGAUUGCUCCUAACACAGACUAUCAGGUCUCUGAUAACCUUUGGACUGACAGCUUCAGCUGACUUUUCAUUACAGCUAACUUUACCAUUCACACUAAUCUGGCAGAACCACAAGUCUACACCAUGUGAAACCCGGGAAAAUCUCUUUAUUGAACCUAAAUUAAGACUUCAGUUAAACACAGAGAUAUUCCCUUAAACCAGUAAAGGUCAUUUGCUCAACGUAUGGCUGGGAAACUUUCAGGUGUGAGACUCUCUAUCAAUCAUCUCUCACUAUCACUAAGUAAAGUGAUUUCUCUCCCUGCUUCUCUCUUAGAAAUGUGUCCAGGAUCAAAGUGCAGAGCACAGGGCACAGUUGAAAAAAAAAUAGGAGGGAGAUCAUUUGAUUGGUAUUGAUCAAAUAGUUCAACCACCCAGCCCAUGGAAUGACAUCAAUUAAUCUCAGUCUCUGAUGAUUUGAAGCCAGAAUCUACUUUCGAACAUCAGAACGGUUAUCAUGUUGGACGCCGACUGUAGUUGGAUGUUUAUUGAGGGGCAGAGGAGGAGAAAGAGGUGAUAUCUUGACAUUAACUUGACCGCUCAUAAUUUCCUUAACAUUUAAAAAUUGAUCUUGGGCUUAGCCUCACCCACAAAAGCAAAGAGACCGGCUUAGACUGGAAAGUUAUGGACCUUUUUAUGGCGUUUCCACCGUUACACUCUCCCUUUAAUCUUGCAGUAUGGAGGAAGAUCUGCUAACUCAUAACUCAGGGUUUAGGGGCUUCCAAUCUGAACAGAAGCACAGCUUGUUUAGCUUUCUGAAUACUUAAGUUCUCCAAAAGCAGACUGUCGGGCAUCUGCUGUGGACACAGCCCUCCAUUUUAACUAAAUGUGUUUUCUGAGACAAAAUGAUGCAAUGAAUCUGCAUCUUUUUACUGUCACAAAUGAUGUCUGCAUAGUGUUCUUACAAAUCUGAUCAUAAGGACUGAUUUGGUUUCAGCCCUGACCUAUGGAUGAUUAGAUUUGGACUGCAGGCUAUUUCCCUCUACAUCCUUGACACAUGUCACAUUUAUCCCCCCAGGUCCAUCUUAUAAUAUUACGCUAUCUUCUUUCUCUCUAAUCACAGCUGUGUUCUUCGAAAACUACAUAAUGAAAACUGAGUCAUCUUCUCAAAAAGCCCUCAGAGAGAUAAAAACAGGCAGGAGAGAUGAAGGGAGGAGGGGUGACGGGAAGGGGACAAUGCCCGUCACAUCACAUCUGAGCAAGAAUGAACUGAACUGCGUAUCAUAACUUUUCUUCUGACAAGUGUUCUGUCUACAGGCUGUAACCUUGAAUCAAGACUCUCCUCUUUCAAAACAUUCAAUCCCACUGUCCAUUUUUUUUUGCAUAGCAUACUGAAUGGAUACACUGGAUAGAUUGAAUGAGACCUGACUUGAUCCAAGUACAAUCCAUCCAGCGGGCAUCCUAAGACAGAAAUGUCGGCCCUCUUGAGCUGUCCAGUUCAAGUACCUCUUCAAUGUGUAACAUAAGCUUUAUUUGUUCUGAACGCCACCCCAAAUGGACCUCCAACUUCUUCACUGACUUUUUUGUGUAGUUAGCAAAAGCAGAGUCACAGUUUAAUGGCUGAUUGUGUUCGUGUUGAACAAAUAUCCCCAGACUACCUCGUUUGGCAUAUUUUAAUCAUAGCUGUCUUCUCUCUCUGUCUCUUUCAGACGAUGCUCAAGGACGACUCCCUGCUACUCAUACCAAAUGUGUUGAAGGUGUUCUUGGAGAAUGGACAGAUUAAGUCCUUUACAUUUGAUAGCCGUACCACUGUUAGGGUAUGUAACCAAUAUUACUUUCGUCAAUUUCCCCCAAAAUAUUCUAUUUAAGGUACUGUAAGGGACUUUUUAUUUACACUGAUUUUGGCAACCUCUGUGUAUAAGGCAGUACUCUGAUCUUGUUCUGUUCUUUGAUAAAAAAAAGGUGUAAAAAUGCAUAAAAAAUAACUGAAUUGAAGUAGCCAAUGUAAAAACUGAUGGUCUUGCUUGUUUUGUAGGUCACAUUGGAGAAGUAACAUUAAUUUCAGUCUAUUAGAUAAUCGGUGAAAACUAAUAAACAAAUGCAGCAAGUGAUUGCUUUGAGUAACAAUUUUCUCUGACGUUUUCCCUACAUAUAUCAAACACAUAAAUGCUUGAAACACAUGUUAAUUAUUAUCCUUUUAACACUACUUUAGGGCAAUUUUCUCAUAAGACAUAUAUCUAAUAUGUAAUUGCUUGAAAAAUGUGUCAGCCCAGUAAUGUGAUUCAGGAUAUAGAGCAACAAAUGAAUCAGACAGAGGUCAUUGCUGUCUCUCCAUCAGGCUCCAGGAUGAGUCUGACAUAUUCCGGCAGACUCAUUAAACAGACACGAUUAGAUUUCACAAAUCUCUGUGCUACUCUGCUCAAGGAGGGGGAGCGAAAGAGAGGAGGAACAAAGCAGCACUUUAAAAGGAGCGAUGGAGGAAGCUCUCCCCUGUCAGCCUAAUUAAAUAGUAUUCACCAUAAUAAGAGGGUCCAGAUCAAUAAAACAAUGCCAUUGAUUAAAUCAGUGGCACAAAAGGAUGCCCAGUCGUGUGCACAUUAGACUCUGUCAUCCAAAGAUGCUCCCCUGCCAUAUUUUAGACUAAAAUCUGUGUUCUGUGGCUCCUUCACGUAAUUGUGUGGCCUCCCUAGGCAUCAUUUAAUGAAACCUGCACAGGUCAAUACAGCUAAAACUGCUUAGCCAUGUUUUUCACAGAGAGCUGAUGCUGAGGUUACAUCAAUGAAUGUCAAUUAAAAUGUUUAUGGAGAGCAAAUCAUUAGUGUACAUUUAUACAGCUCUUAAUGAGCUUCCAACCGAAACUUUGAAACAAACAACAUUGCACCGACCAUCAGCGGAGUUCCUUGUAAAGUCUGUCUUUCAAACAUAUACGAGGGCAAAGAAAUAAUCUCAUCCUCAGGGACAGCCUUGGGUAAGAUGUAACAGUGAAUAACCACACAGAAAGGGCUAUGUCUGUAUCACUAGAGGAGGAUUCAAAGUACAGUAUACAUCAUUUACAGAUACUGAUCUGCACAAGAGCAAAGUUUGCCCAGUGCACCGCAUGUUCUUUUUAAUAGAAUAAUCUUACUGUGCACCAAAAACGCACCUAUGAAAUCUCUUUAUAGCCCAGUAUUACUCAGGGGGGAUAUUUCCUCUAUAGACAAAACAAACAUUUCUGUUGCAAUGUCCCAGCUGUGUUAAGGUGCAUAAAGUUCUUAUUGUUUUUUAUGUUUCUUUUUUCCAGGACGUGAUGUCCUCCUUGCAGGACCGCCUCUCACUGCGCUACAUUGAGCACUUCGCCUUGGUACUGGAGGCAGGCGGACUGGACCAGAACCAGAGGUUGCAUCUGCUGCAGGAGAACCAGCCUUUGACACAUGUAAGACACUCAAACCAAUGAGUGUUAGUUAUGAGGACAAAGAAACUGAGCUUCAACUGACAAAUAUGAUGGAAGAAUGAAUUGUUUGGUUCUUUUUAUCCAAAUUAAAAAUGGCUGUAGCCCCAGAUAUGCCAUCCAUUAGUUCUGGAGGAGGCAAUAUGAAACCCAAUGGUGGCCAUGUUGGAAAUACCGACUCAUCUAGUAAUGAAAAGCACAAUUAUGAUGUGGGCAUGUGCAAUACUCACAUCAUAGGACAUGUGAUGACUGUCAUAUGAUCUGAAACAUGUCAUGCCGUCACCACUUCCUUGUUGUCCAGGAUUAGUCUACAGUAAAGGUCCAUCUAAACCAUUAAGGCCUAAUUGCAGCCUCCCACUUGAUCACAGAAAAACUGCAGUGUCUAUAUCAGUGUGUCACAUGACAGUAGAAUGCAAACAUGCACACAAGUCCUAAGCUAGUGCUGUCACAGAUUUGAGGACAGUGUUGUCUCUCAUGUCUUCAGUGCUUGUUAACAUUGGAGGAACAUAAACAGUCCACUAAACAAACAGGACCAGUUUUAACGACUACUGUGUGGUGCUCAAACAUUGUGGGGAUGUGAAAAUCAUAUACAGAGAAAGAGCACGAGUUUCCAUUUCAUUAAGUUACCAUCACUGGGCUUCUAACAUGCCAUUUUUGCAAUAUUUUUGAGAGCAUUUUUCUGAGACAGUUCACAAUUUUGAUCAACUUUAACUUAAGAAGAUGCGGCUGAAAUCACAGUGAUCUAAAUGUCUGUCCCGCAUCUGUCAAUAAAGGCAUGUUUAAGGACAAUCAUAAAAGAGCAACUCAACCCUUUAUCUAACAUUAUAGUGAUACAAUUUGCUCUUUGUAGACUAGGGAAAUAAAUUAGUGACCACAGAAAAAAAUACUUUGUUUUUAUUUGGACUAAGAAAUUCUACCACUUUUAUCUCUCUGAAACCCCUUUUCCUUACCAAGUACACUAGCAGGGACAGCAAAGCAGCAAAGCAUUGCAUUGUGAGUGAGUCUACCCUAAAUUUGCCAACUAAGGCAAGAAAUCUGGGAAAGCAAGCAAAAAUUUUGGAGAGUAAACUGUUGUUUCACAGAUUUUGAGACAUGGCACAACCAAUACAGUACAGGUUUUUGAUUGGCUAACUGAAUGAAGCACAUAUAAUGCCCUGAUCGAAAGCAAUGAGUAAAAUAUAACUUUUCAUUGACAAAAACCAGAGAUGAAAACUAUACUUUAUAUCACCAAGGUUAGCCCUACAUUGUGCCUGCCUAUAAGACCAAGUUAGCUGCACCCUUAAUUGUUAUCAAUGCAGAACUUGUAUGUGAUAUCUCCAAAAUGGAUGCGUCAUUAAAAAAAUAACUGGUACAAUAGUGGACACUGAAGGAACUGCAGUUUUUUGGCACUCCUGCAAUGGCUUCAUAUUUCAAGACUGGAGGUUACAAUGUGUUUUGGAUGCAAAUAGCAACUUUUGCUGAAUCUUCUGUUUUUACUGUUUCUAAACUUGUAUUCAUGCUCUAUUCUGAGGUUCGUUUUUUUUUUUUUUUUUUUGGGAUUUCCUCACAUAGACAAAACUUAAAUACAUGCACAUAUGGUAUUUUCAUUGUUAACAAUCAUGGUGUUGUACUUGAAUGUUAGAAUUAAGCCAACCCUGUACAAAAUGAAGCUGCAAUGUGUGACUUGUACCAAAUAUGAAGGUGGUUAUCUCCCUAAUACUAUCAUAUUCCCUCAGGUGGUGCAUAGAACCUAUUUCCAAGGGAUGAAGUGUCUGUUCCGCAUCUGCUUCUUCCCCAAGGACCCGGCCGACCUGCUGAGAAGGGACCCCGCUGCAUUUGAGUACCUCUAUAUACAGGUAAAGCACUGGAUUAAAGAGGAUUUAAGGGGGAUGUCAUUUCGUUUCAUGACACUGUCGGAGUACAGUCUCCUUCUAGAGCAGCAGCUGAGAAGAGGGAACCACUAGAUGUUCUUAAAGAGGGCUGGCUAACUUCAACAAUGUCGUUUGCAGUACGUUUGCAGUAGGAUGUGCACAUAAGAAUGUUUGACCGUGUCUUUACAGAGUCGUAAUGAUGUCAUCAAGGAGCGUUUCAGCAUGGACUGGAAAUCAGAUAUUACGUUACGACUGGCUGCACUUCAUAUCUACAUCACUGUGUCCUCUGCGCGGCCUAAUCAGAAGAUCUCUCUAAAGCAUGUAGAGUACGUCUGCAACCUUUCAAUUUUAUUAUCCAUCAAAUUAACUCAUGAGAAAUCACACAUAAAAUUGAUGUAUUACACUUUUUUCACCACAUUAACAGUUUUGUGUACCCUUUCCAGAAGUCCCAGUGUAAAAUUUGUUCAUUUAAUAAUGUCUGAAUGUUACGUGUUUUUUUUUUUUUAUCUGAAUAGAUUACAAAACUCAAAUUACCCAUGGAUCAGUUUUCCCAGCUCAUUAUGUUAGGAAGAAAUCCAUUGUUUUGUGAAAUUACCACUCUCCCUCAAUUUGCUAAUUUAUUCUACAGUACCUCAACCUAGCAAGCAAUUAGCUUCUGCUAUGACAAUCACAGAAGCAGAAUGGAUCCUCUGAGCUUGUAAUAGACUUCACAAGGCUAUGUCGGACCUUAGUUGAAAAGAGUGUGAGCUUAGCUGAUUGUAUUCCUCUUCCAAACUCCUUGGUCUUCGCAGUUGGGACAUUGCCUCUGGACUCUGAUUAUCAACUUCAUUGAUGUUCUUUCUCUAGUGUGCAUACUGAGGUUAUCCUUCUCAUUCCUUUCAAUCCCAGAAAAGAGUGGGGAUUAGAGCCGUUCCUUCCCCUUACUCUGCUUCCUACAGUCAAAGAGAAGAAUGUGUGCAAGACUCUGUCUCAGUUGCUGAAGACCUACCAGCAUCCACCACCUUCAGGCAACAAGGUACUCUGUGACUUUUCUAUGAUGUAAACAUGAGGUUACUUCUUAGUGGAUGAUUUACUACCUUGUGGUUGUAUUGCUAUAGUAACACACGUGUAAGCACUGCAAAAACACAGAGAGAGUUUGCCAUACUGCUGUACCAUUGUUUACUAUUUAGAUGUUUAAGAGGAGCUCUUAAAUUAUUAUAUCCUAUGGUUAUGUCUGUUUAAAAACUCGCCUUUAUCUUUGGACAAGCCCUGUAUCUCUAUAGAAAGAACUGUUGCAUAAGACUUUAUGAUCAAAAUCUGUGGCUCAACAGUGCCCCCAUGAGGGCAGAGAAGCAAGAUACAAAGAUGUGAACAUUUCUUGUUUUUCACUCUGUUGGCAGGUCCCUCCUCUCCAAGGAAAACUGCAAUACAUGCGUGUACUCAAUGACCUCCCACCUUUUGGUGGCAUUCUGUUCCAAACUGUAGGACUGGUAAUAUAUAUCUUGAAAUGUGGUACAGAUACAGAUACACUUUUGUUUCAUUUGUAGUUAAUCCCUGGCUGUAUUUUUUUAAGGAACUUUCUACACAGUUGAUUUUAAAUAUCAUAAUACUAUUUCAUCAGAAUAAAAUAGUUGUGAACCUUCUAUUUUCUUCAACAGGAUGACAAGCAGUCAGCUACAACAUUACUCGUAGGUCCUCGACAUGGCAUAAGUCACGUGAUUGAUCUGAAAAACAACCUCACAACUGUUCUGGCCGAGUUCAGUCGGGUUGCAAAGAUCCAGCUCUACAGAGAGAGCCAGGGAGUUGCUCGAGUGGAGGUGUCAAUUCAUGAUGCUAAGGUAUUACAAUCUCUGGACUGUUAAGACAUACCACUAUGCUACACUGGCAAUGUGUAGUAAGCAUGCCAACGUCAAUGUUCACUCUUUAACUUAGCAAAUGUGUUAGUGAUUUAAAAAACACGAGAAUUAUCUCACGGAUAUAAUUUUAUCAGGUGAUUACAAAAAGAGCAGGCAAUGCUCAUUGCCUGUCCCCUAAAAAGUCUCCUAAUUCCCCUCCCUACCACCCCUUGCAGCCCCUGGUUCUGCUUAUGGAGUGGCCUGAUGCCAGUAAUUUUGCAUGCCUGAUCUCCGGCUACUACAAGCUGUUCGUAGAUCCAAAACGGACCAUCUACUUCCGGACUCCUGGUCAGUCACAACUGACCAAGGCAGGUAUGUUAAGAGUUUUCCUGAUCUGUAGAGAUUGAUUUAUAUCAAUUGACUUCUCUGAUUAGAAAAAAAAUCAUCAAAACUUAAGUCAUUUUCAUACAAAAUUUUGUUUAUUUGAAAGAUUAACAUGGAACAGUCAUAUAACACAGGUUUAGAGCCGCAUUAUAUUUAAGUAUUUCUCUCAGCACCACACACAGUAGUGCAUGUUAGGCUGUGUUUGCCAAGCUUCAUUGUAUGUUGAGUCUACAUGAACAUUGAUUUGCUUCUCCAUUGGCUGAAACCAUUACCAAGUUGUUCUGGACCUACCAUCCCAUGGCGCCCCCUGCUGUCUCUCCUCUCAUCUCAGCCUUGACUCAUUGGAAUGGAAUACUCCAUAUUUCUUUUUUUUUUACAAUAGAACAACAUUAUGGAAUUGACAAUGAUUUGUAUUUCUAGCGGUAAUCAUUGAAAUCAACUGUUCAGACACAAACAGAGCCUCUACCAUCUGCUGUCUCAACCUGUGCUCCACCUAAGAGGAAUCAUCAUACCAUCACAUUUCACCAGAAUCUAACCCUACAACCUCCAACAAACUUCAACUUUCAACAUUCAUCUCUAAAAUAUUAAUCUCCAUGUGACCACCAGCUGUCGCCUCCUCUUUCCCAUCUGGAUACUACAUCCCCACCAGUGUCUAACACCUCAAAUUAUCCAAUGCUUUGACAAUUCUGUCCUCAGAUUACAGAAGCUCCCACCAUGCACACCCACGUUCAGGAGCAACCGGCUUGUCAAGUGGAGGGCGACGUGGAGAGGAGAGGGAAAGUUCACAUAGGGAGUCAGGAUCUGCAAGGGCCCUGGUUCCUGCUGAGCCUCAGCAUCUGGGCCUAUGCCACGUACACCUUCGUGAACAACAACAGUUUCAAGAGCUCCAAACACAAGCUGAAGCUGAACUUGACAUUAAUGAAAACUUUAUUUCCCAAGAGCCCCCUGGUCGGGGUCGAACCAAGUCAGACCCCACCCAGCAGAGUACAGAGGAAAUAGCUGGAGUUCUGGAGAGCCCAGCAGUGGACAAUGCAGGAUUCAGAAUUCGAGCCCAGACCAUGAAUCAGUCCCAGAAAAACUCAAGAUAUUUCUGUGACUCCUGUAAAGCGAGACAUAGAGCAGAGGGUCUUUCACCUGCUGUGAACAGUAGCGGGAGUUCAGGCAAGCACUGCUCCAGUGCUUGUGCAUCCCGAGAUGGAGGCGCUGUUGAUCUCACGGCCCUACCACCCCCAGGGAAUGAAGAGGAGGAUGAGGAGGAGGCAGAUGUUGGAGGGGAAAAACUACAACCACCACCACCUGCUAUUGCUGCACCACCACCCGGUUUUAGGGACAACAGCUCAGAUGAGGAUGACACAAAAAGGAGGAGGAGGGCUCGCAUCAGUGCCAGUACAGGGGUUCCUUCUGCGAAGCUGGCCCAAGCCAAGGAAGAUGUGCCGGUGACACUGAUUGAUAAUGUGGCCACUAGGACAGUCCGUGAUCAUGCUCAGGAGCUUGAUGAUGCUUUGGUGUCCACCUUACAGGCACUAGAGGCUUUGGCAGCUUCAGAGGAUUACCCCCAUCACCCUCAACAACCGACACAGACUGCAGGUCAAAAGGCUUUGUCAGGCCACAGCCCACAUCUCACACACAAAAUAAGCAAAAAUACUGAUCUGAAAAAUAUCUCUAAGAGUCCACUUGUCAAAUGGCAAGGAAAACCUUUUUAUUGUGCUAUAGCACUGUAUGCAUAUUACCUCCAAUAAUAGGUGCAAAAAACAUUUGCUUUAGGUAUAAAGUACAAAUCAAUUAAGAAUCAACAAUAGUGGCCAGUCAUUUCCAAAUAUGGUGUCUCAGAUACAUUAUUUAUUAAUACUUUAACUAGCCAAUGAGUAUCUGCCAUUCUUUCACCUAUCCCGAGCACAAACUGUUGUCUCUACAGUACUGUCAGGCAAGCUCAUUCAUUAACGGGGUCUGUGACAUCAAGAUACUGCUAAACUACAACUGUGUUUUAUAUGGGGAGUGCUGUGUAUUUUCUUUUUUUUUUUAAUUUUAGAAAAAGGGCUUUCAUGCUUUGCAAACAAUUUAUACCCUUUAUUUAAUUGUAAAAUGGUGCAAAGUAAAAAUAUAAAAUGUUGAAACCUAAAAUCACAUUGUUUCAUUCAAAAAAUAUGAUUAAUUCAAAUUUGAUGCCAGAAACACCUUUCAAAACAUCUGAGGGAUGUUAUCUCUAUAGCUUCAUCACCUCUUCUCACAACAACCCUGGAAAAGUUUGAGAACUUAAGAGACUAGUUUCUGUUUGACUGAUGAAAGAUUUCAGACACUCAACUACUCAACUGCUCAACAGUUUGAUUUUGAUGCCCUGAAUAUGUUGAUUUGCUGACAAAUCAAAAAAGUAGUCUGGCCAGUUUAACACCUCCUCACUCUUACUGAACCAUACUGUUGUAUUACAUGCAGAAUGUGGUUUGUUAUCAUCUUGCAGAAAUAUGCCCUGUCUUCCCUGAUAGAGGUUUUAUCUAGAUGGUAGCACAUGUUGUUCCAAGCCUACAUUGUUUGGCAUUCAUGAUGCCUUCCCAGAUGUAAAAGCUACUCAUGCUGUGGGCACACAUGCAUCAUGAUAUCGAUGCUGUUUCACUAUGUGCUGAUGAUAUACCGAUAUACUGAAUGACAUGCCUCUGACUACUGACUACUAGUUGUGUCUAUUUUUAGAGAAGUGCUACCUGAGGGCCCAAAGAUCACAGCUGUCUAGCACAGAUUUUUUGGCCUUGUACAAAGAUUUCCUCUAAUUCUGAGUUUUUUAAUAAUAUUUUUUUCUUAAUUAGCUGGGAAAUGUUCCUGCACACAUCUUUUUCAGAGUUUUGUUGCUCCUGUCCCAACUUUUUAAAAAAUGCGUUGCUGGUAUAACCUUAAACCUGAGCAUGGAUUUUUUUUUACCAAAAAAAAAUUCAUUUUUCUGUUUAACAUUUGAUAUUUUGUCUUUGCAUUUCCAAUUGAGUAUGGGGUUUCAGUUAUUUGCAAACCAUAAAAAUAUGAUUUUUAAAUUAAGACAACGCAACAUCCCAACGUUUUCAGAAUUGGGGUUGUAUUUUUGCUGCUAUCAUUAAAACAGUAACAUUGUUUCUUUAUAUUUACAUGAUUCAAUUAUCCUAACAUUGUGUUUUGUUGCCUUCCUUCUCAGGACUGAUUGUCUUAGCUGCCAUUACACCAGAAUCAUCACUGGACUCAGGCCACGAGACCAACUCCUCAGAGUUCACAGAUGUUUCUGAAAUGGUGUCAGCUAUGAAGCAGAACCAGAACCAGGCCUACUUGCUGGCUCACAACAUCAACAAGGAACGCAUCCUCUGCCGCCGUGACUUUCCCCUUGCUAUCCCUGGGUGCACAGCAAAGACCAUAGGGACCGGGGCCUUCUCUGUAGGUCAGAUUCGUGCUGGCUGUCCACCCAAGCAAGUAAUCCUCAGUAAGACUGUUCCCUUUAAAGUCAGUCCCAGUCAGGAAUCGGCAGUACUUAGUGUUAUGACAGAGCAGGUGGGAAAUCAAGACACUACUCAGCCAGAAAAGAAAACAGAAAUAAAGGCAAACUCUGAGUCCACAAAAACAAACACCCCUGAUCCUCCUUCUAUGUCACCUGAAGAACUUAAGGUGUCAGAUGCUUCACUUGCAGUUCAAGUUGGUAAAGAUCAGAAGCUUUCGAAUUCUUUUGGGGAGACACAGCCCCAAAACCUGUCCGAGGGUAAGAAGGGGAAGACAACAGCACCUCCAAAACUAGACCCUAGCAACAAAGCCUUACCUAUCCUCCUGCCUGUGGACAAAACUGCCUCUGCCAAGAUUUCUCCCACUAAUAUGUGCCAAGAUGCCAAGACUGCCUCUAGUGAGACCAUGAAGCCUUCAAGCUCUACAGAACUUCUGCCAGUGGAUGAUCUUUUCUGCACAUGCCCAGUGCAACAGGAGCCUGGGCCUCAACUGAGACUUAAAGACCCUCAGGUUCAGAAGGUAGUCGUGUUUCAAUCCUCCUCCCCCACGGAUGAUGAGCGUCUGCGGGCCAAAGGUCUCCAGAUGGCUAACAGUAAGGAAAAUUCAGUGAGAGUAGGAGCAGAUUCGAGUUUGGCAAAACACAGCCCUCAAAUAAAGACCAAGUACUCACCUUGUCUGCCUGCAAAAGCAGAGAGAAAAGAGGUGGCUGAAAGCAAGACUGAGGAGGCCCAGGGCAAGUCAAAUCCUGAGACUCAGAAAUGUCCCAUGAAAUCCUUGCCAAUUUUAGAUGAUCCAACAACACCUAAUCCCUCUGUGGAUAAGGUCUCCACUCUUCCAGCCAGAGAUUCAAAAAAGCAGGGCAGUGGUAAAGGCAAGUCCCCACGCAGUGCCCCUUUCUUAAGCUUUAGAAACCUGUUGUCAGCUACAUUUCCCGCAAGAAUGCGAAGAGAAACAGAUGAGCGAAGAGCUCAAUUACAGAAGGUCCGUCAGUAUGAGCUAGAGUUUUUAGAAGAGCUGUUGAAACCCAAGUCAUCCCAGGGUGAAUUUUUGCCCCAGGGAUCCUCACCUGUGCCCUCAGGCACUCCUUGUGCCUGCCAGCUCCGCACCAGCCCUGUCCUAAAGGCACCAGGCAUCUCUAGAGAGCAGAGACGCAGCUGUGACUGUAAGCGGAUGUGUAGAGGAAUGCGACUACCUGACACACCAGUUGGCUCGACAACAGAAACACAACACAGAGGCAGAGAAAGAACCAUCUCAAAAACCCCUCCAGCAGUCUCCAAAGUCCCUCACAACCAAGGUGCUACGAGGAGACCUCAGACCUUGGAGAUCAAGACCACAAGAAUACGCUCAACUAGCCUUGAGUCAAGAGAGCCAAGGGGAGAGCAGGGUUCAUGCUUGCCUACUUGUACCUCUCAAACAGACUGCAUGGGAGGUCCGCAGUACAAGAAACUCCAGAGGCGAUACAGUAUUGGAGAGCUCGAUAACAGCACUAGCACACCUGUGUAUGCUGAGGUAAAGCCCAAAGCCAAGAGUUUAGAGAAGGAGAUGGAGAGAGUGAGGGCCACAGGGCUGAGGCUACCAACCCCAAUAGAGCCAGUUCACACUCAAUCUCAUCAGGACAAGGGGAAAAAGGGUGUGUUUUUCAUUCAGGGGGAAGAUUUAGUGCGUGAAAGUAAAGACGGGCCUGGAGAGGUGCUACUGACCUUGCCCAGUGAAGACAGUGAUGACAAAGAUAAAUGCUGCUCAUUCUGUUUCUGCUACAGGAAGUGUGAAGCAGCUGAUGAAAGCAGUGAGAAGGAUGAGCUCUCUUACUCAAUACCACUCCAAGUCCUUCCAGGCAUGGAAUUGGACUCACGUACCUUUCCUGUAGUUAGCAAAACACUUCAGGUUCUUAAUGCAGAGGACUGUAGUGGGGAAGAAGAAGAGGAGGAAGAGGAGGAGGAGGAGGAGCCACAGACACAGGAGAUUGACCUAAGAGCCUGUGGUACACUGGAAGGGAGCCUGGCACGGGUACAGGCUCUACAGGGGAAAAGUUUCACUUUGCCUGAUGGCUUCCUUAAUGCCCAGUUGGAUGCUAAUGAGUUGCUUGCUAUCCUGCGUCAGUGUGCCAACAGCCCACAAGCAGAGGGUGAAGCUCGUCUUCCUCCCUCACAGAUUACAGAGUACAAACAGGAGUUGGCGGUGCGCUUCAAAGAAUUCAGAGCCUCUUGUCGGCGGGUGGCAAGUGUUGAGAAAAGUCCAACACGUAUGCUUGCUGUAGUAUCAGCCAGCUUUCAAGUGUUGUGUGAACUGACUCAAACCUUUAUUAAAUUAGUCAGGGGGGUUCGUUCCGAAACCCAAAGGCUGCAGCUGCUGAGAAAAGUUGAAGAAGUAGCUAUCAACUACACUUUGCUUCUACGUGCAGCAGAGGAAUCAAUGGGACACUCAAGCAGCCUACCAACAAAGACAGUGAGCCCUCAAGUUCCCCCAAAUACCAAUAACAUGAGCUCUCUCACUCGACCCAUUAAGACUCUGCCUGCUCAGUAAGAACACAUCUGGAGGGAAGGCAUUGAAACAGUUCCAACCGUGGGUGGCUUCUCUAUCUAAAUCAUUGUUUCUUUGUUUACAUUUUUUAAAAAGUCAUGCAAUGAAUCAUCCUCAGUGAAAAUGGAAAUGAACCUGUUCCAUCUCAUGUUUACAGGCCCUGAGGUAGCCUUGUGGAUCUCGUUUUAAAAAUGUAAAGAUACACUCAACUAAUGCACAACGGAUAAGAACCCUAUAACAGACUGGGUGAUACAGGGCUAAUCCCCUCACAUCAAUACUGAUAAUAUACAAAAGUCAUUAUAGUAUAAUAUUUUAUAUGUACUGUAUAUUUGAGUUGUGUCUACUUAGCAAAUAAUAUAAAGUUUUGUGAAGAAAAAAGUGAAGAAUAUAUUUGAAAUGUAUUGAUUUAAGAGAAGUAUAAAGAUUAAAAUAAAUCAUCAGAAAUAAAUGUAUGCUCUGGAAAAAAUAUUUCAGAGAACUCGUCAAGUAGCGACUUCUGUUAAUUGCAUAGUCCAAGGCAUUGGUUUGGCUAGAUGGUGAUGUGUUUGUUAAAUUUUCUUACUGUUGUAAUGCAAAAUGGAGAUCUCUGUUGGCUUUGUUGGCGUCUGGCAUAUCAAUAUGAGAGUGAAAAUGUAAGUUGCUGUGUCGGAAAAUGAAAAUGACUGAAAGACAAGUAUGACAUUUAAACUUAACUGACUGACAGACGCCCAUCCUCUCAUUAUACCAGUGCAGGUGUGAACACACCUGCUAAGGGCAGACAAUGUAGCAGAGACCCUAGUCACAAACUUAUCGCCAUACAGUCAUGAGUGGGGUUACUUCACUCAGCUGUAAAGAAGGAAUAUCCAUACUGUACUUUAUGACGCACAGUGUAUUUUACACCAUCACUGAUCCACGUCUUACUUGCUUCACACUGUUGUAGUUAAAAAUAUAGCUAUCCACUUGCAAGUGAGUGAACUUAUCACUAGAACUUUGCACAACCUCCGAAAUUAGCUCUGCAAGUUGAAAUGUAUCUUUUGAUGUUAAAUUUAGUGUUUUUUAUUCACUCUGCUGCUGAAUAACUGACUUGAGUCCACAACACACAUAAUCCAUCUCCUCAAAGCUAAGUCUUACCCGUUUCAAAGAAUCCUUUGUUUAUAUUCAGGUUCUCAGAUACACUAUAAACAAAUUUGCUUUCUAUGUGCUGUUACAUUGUGCAAUCUAGCAAAUAUAUAAGGAACACAAAAAGUAGUUUUCUAUGUAUUUUAAUAAAACUAACACAUCUGUUUCCUGUCUGAAAUCUUCUUUGUGUCUCAUCCUCUUGUUGUUCUUGGAAACAAUACACAGAGGCUUCAUAAGUGUGCUGGCCUAACACGUGUGCUGGACUUACUGUUAAAGAAAGAGUUGUGAAAAUUUUCAAAUUCAAAAAAUUAAAAGUGACUACUGGGCUGUCACCAUACUGAAGACAAACAGCUGACACAGCUUGGGCUUUUGAACAACCAGAACUAUGAACUUGAGUCAUGAGUUUACUAAAUACUGAACUUUUCUGACUUAAAAAAAACAAUCCCUAGUCGAAGUAUUUUCCUGCAAAUUUCCUAGCUUAAGGUAUCAGCAGAAAAAUACAAUAUUUUCAGAUUCAAAGCCAUACAGUGGACUCAAUAUCUUAAGCAUAAAAUGUGACAAAAGUCAGAAUUCUACAGCAACACAUUCAAGGACAAUAACUACUUUGCAGCCAAAUUAUGUUUAAGUUGUAAUAUAAUCUUAAGCAAUUUAGAAAGUACUAAUUUCAUGUCUAUUUUCAACCAAAAUAAUGAGUUAGUGUAAGUGGAAUAAACUGGAAAUACAGCCCCUACAUAAAAGGUUUUAUUUUUACCGGUGAGACUGUAAACGUAAAGGCAGACUUUCCUGCACGUUUUGUUGAUUUCACAAACACACAUUAGCAAUGAAAACAAACACUUUCUUUUAACAGUUUGUCCUUUGCAGUCGAUGUGGCAUUUUCCAUAACCAUGUGCAGUGUUUUCUCCUUCGCUGUACUGCAUGUUUUCCCUAACGUAUUGUACUUUCAGGGGCAGAUACUUCAACAAUUGUAGGUGAUGAGACUGUUUAUACAGAUGUUUUGCAAUUCCAAAGUGGAAAACAGGCUAAAGUAAAAGGCUGUGGUGGCAAUAUGUUAAUGUUUUGCAAAUAAUAUUCUGUAUGAAAAUGUAUUAUUCUACAUUGCAAAUGUAAAUAGUAAGAUAAAAUAUUUGAGAGAAUACAAAACACUUUUAAAAUCUUACUUGUAACAUUACAACUUAUCCAAACCCUUCACUAUUUUGUAUAAAGGAAAAGAUUAAACAUGUCUGUAAGGUAAUUAUUUAUAGUAGUAAUGUAACAUAGAGACUAAUAGCAAAACAUCUAUUUUAAUGAGUAUAUUACAAGCGUAAAGCAUGGGACAUGUUUAUUUUUAUAACCAAAAAUAUUCAGACAAUAUUCUCUCAUCAGCAGUUGAACAUUUUUGACAUUAUGAUGAGCAUUUGUUGUGGUUGUCAUUGUUCAGUUGCUUUGCUAAACUGUGUGGAUUUGUCUGUGUUUCAUUCACACGAUGAGCCCACCAUGGCUUUAUCCAUUGUUUCUUUCUGUGCACCUAUUCAUUCCUGUCUUUAUUUACUGUCAAUGAUCUUGUCGUCACUGUGGUCUUCUGUCUGUGUACAAAAUUAACUCAUGUUUUAAGAGCAAUAAAGUAUAUUGUAUAAACUCUCAGAGAAUUUGGGAAUGACAUUGCAUGCAGUUAACUUGUAGUUGUAGUGUGGGUGGGGUAAUCCAUUGAAAUGACUUCAAACAAAAUACAUCAUGUGGCAGGUAAAAUACCUGCCGGCAUCUUCCCUGCUGCUCCUAGCGUGUUCUUACUGCUAAGGUUGCCUCUGGCAAAAACUAAUGUUGACUCAACAGUGUAAACCUCUUUGACUUGACACAACUUCAAAUAUUAACAGUAAAUGUUGCAGUAUAGUUGACAGUUUAGGAAUAUUUAUAAUGUUUUUACUGUAUUCUUCUCUAUGUUACUGUUGCGCAUUCAAGGAACAAAUGAAUUCUAGCCCAAGGCC